AUGUCAACACAGGCGCCGACGUUCACACAGCCGCUGCAGAGCGUUGUGGCACUUGAGGGUAGUGCCGCAACGUUCGAGGCUCAAGUUAGUGGUUCUCCAGUUCCUGAGGUGAGCUGGUUCCGUGAUGGCCAGGUUCUUUCUGCUGCCGCUCUGCCCGGCGCUCAGAUCUCGUUCAGUGAUGGCCGCGCUGUUCUGAGGAUCCCUGCUGUGACCGCCGCACACAGCGGACGAUUUUCCGUCAGAGCCACCAAUGGCGCUGGACAAGCCACUAGCACUGCUGAACUCCUGGUUACAGCGGAGACGGCGCCCCCUAACUUCCUCCAGAGGCUUCAGAGCCUGACGGUGCGACAGGGAAGCCAAGUGAGACUGGAUGUUCGCGUGACAGGAAUCCCUACACCUGUGGUGAAGUUCUACAGAGAGGGAGCUGAGAUCCAGAGCUCCGCCGACUUUAGGAUCAUUCAGGAAGGAGACCUUUACAGUCUGUUGAUCGCCGAAGCCUUCCCAGAGGAUUCUGGGACGUACUCUGUAAACGCUACCAACAGCAGCGGACGGGCGACCUCCACUGCUGAGCUGCUAGUUCAGGGCGAGGAGGCCGUCCCGGCCAAGAAGACCAAGACGGUGGUUUCCACCUCGCAGAUCUCCCAGGCCCGUCAGACCAGAGUGGAGAAGAGGGUGGAGACCAGCUUCCAGGCCGCCGCCAUGAUGGAGAUGCAGGUGGAGGGAGGUGUGGUGAUCCAGGAACUGGCGCACAAAACCCCCCCGCGCGUUCCUCCCAAGCCCACCUCCAAGUCCCCGACGCCACCGUCGCUGGUGGCCAAGGUGGCUGCAGGCCGCCAGCAGUCGCCUUCGCCUGUCCGACAUGUGAAGGCGCCCACGCCCACACCUGUCAGGCCUGCCUCUCCCACUUCAAGACUGUCGGUCUCCCCCAUCAGGCCGGUCAAGUCACCCGUCACCACACGCAGGCAGGUGGCCGCCGGCGCCGACGUGCUGCCCCCAUGGAAGCAAGGAGACUUCGUGGCCGAGGCCAGCUACACUGCCUCCGCCACCGCCACCCACAUCAGCAUGGAGCAGCACUGGGAGCAGCAAGUCAGCGGAGUCAGAGAGGAUAAUGAUGUUAGGAGUGUGGCCGUGGCUACCUUGGUGGUGGCUGUGGAUCAGACUUGCAGCCGCGGUCCUCAUCUCAGCAACGCUGCCGGCUCCCUCGCUGGGGGUUCAAACCCUGCACAGCAUCAGGCUGAGGGAGGGAAAAAAGCCGAGGCGGUGGCCAAAGUGGUGGCCGCCGUCGACCUCGCUCGCGUCCGUCAGCCCGUGCAUGUGGAGGGCGGUCGGGCUGAAGAGGAAACUGUAGAGGUGGAGUUCAGGCAGCAGGCUGCUGCGUCUGCUGCCGAGCUUCAAGACCGGGCCAGCAGGACAGUGAGAGUGCCAGCUGGGCCGAUGCUUGCCACUACUGAGCUCGUUCCCUCUGAACCAAGCCGGCUAGUCACUCAGAUUCAGAGAGCUCCAGAAACCUCCUCCCAUGUGGACACUGGUCUCGCUCCAUCCCCAGUUCCACAUUUCACAGUUUCUAAAGUUUCUGUCCCUAAACCUGAUCCUAGCUACGAGGUGACCCGGGCGGGCUCUGCCAUCGCCACGCUGCACAAAGAGUUAUCCUCUCCCUCUGCCGCUAGACAGAUCAUCAAGCCGGUCAAGUCUCCCAGUCCCUCUCGUAAAGUUAUGGAGACAAGAGUGAUGCCCGAGCCCCUUCCUUCUCCAUUUAAAGACUUGUCUGAGAAAUAUCACGCUCACUUUGGCACUCAGUUACAGACAGGGAUGAUGUACUCAGGGGGAAUGGAGAGAAUAUAUGAGGACUGGGAAGCCCAGGUGGUGGAGGCAGCAGUCGUGCCUUCUCCUGCCGAGGGCGUCGUGCCUCCCACACUGCUGGCUGGCUUGAAGAACACGAACGUGACAGAGGGCGAAUCUGUGACGCUGGAGUGCCAGAUCAGUGGCCACCCGACCCCCGUCAUCAUGUGGUUCAGAGAGGACUACAAGAUUGAGAGCUCCAUCGACUUCCAGAUCAGCUACGAGAACGGAUUUGCCCGCCUGGUGAUCCGCGAGGCCUUCGCUGAAGACAGCGGCCGCUUCACCUGUACCGCCACCAGCGAGGCGGGAACCGUCAGCACAUCCUGCUUCCUGCUCGUCCAGGUUUCAGAGGAAAUUGAGAGCAGAGAGGAGAUGGCUGUUCACAUUGAAGCUGCUGUGGAGAAACAAGUGACUGAGGAGAUCAAAGAGGAGACCAUGUCCCAGGUCAGUGUGACCGAGUCAGAUGUGGCUGCAGCCGCCGCCCCCUUCUUCAUCAGGAAGCCCAGCGUCCAGAAGCUAGUGGAGGGAGGAAGUGUCAUCUUCGACUGCCAGAUCGGAGGAAGCCCCAAACCUCACAUCAUCUGGAAGAAGAGCGGCGUGCCCCUCACUACUGGAUACAGAUAUAAAGUUGCCUACAAGAAAGAGACUGGAGAAUGCCGGCUGGAGAUCUCCAUGACCUUCGCUGAUGAUGCUGGAGAAUACUCCAUCUUCGCCAAGAACCAGCUUGGAGAAGUCUCAGCCUCUGCCAGUCUGCUUGAGGAAGAGGAAUAUGAAGCCUACAUGAAGAAACUGGAAGCAACCUUUACGACUGAAGUGACAACCAUGGUGCAGGAGCCCAUGUUGGCGGACCUCCCUCCUGUUGUUGUAACUACAAUGGAACAAAUGACCACCACCAUCAUCUCUGGACAGGAAUUUCAUCUCUCUGCCAUUGAGCAGAGGGUCAUCCAGGAGAUUGAGCUCCGUAUCAUGAGGAUUACCUACAGAGAGAUAGUGACAGAAGAUGGAGAAUUGAUGGUGACUGCAGCAGAGCACGAGGCCGUGCAGCCAGCCUUCGAUACUCCAGUCAAAAACUACAGGAUCAUGGAGGGAAUGGGCGUCACUUUCCACUGCAAGAUGUCUGGAACCCCACUGCCAAAGAUUGCAUGGUACAAAGAUGGCACCCGCAUCAGACACGGUGGCCGCUACCAGAUGGAGGUUCUUCAGGAUGGUAGAGCCAGCCUGCGUCUGCCUGUGGUGCUGCCAGAGGACGAGGGCGUUUACACAGCCUUCGCCUGCAACGUGAAGGGAAACUCUGUCAGCUCUGGGAAGCUCUAUGUUGAACCUUCAGGAGCAGGACGACCUGAGACAUACACACCUCAGCCAGCGAUGCAGAGAAUCAGGUCCACAUCUCCUCGUUCUCUGAGUCGCUCGCCCGGCCGUUCCUCCAGCCGUUCGCCCGGACGUUCGCCUGCUCGCAGGCUUGAUGAGACAGAUGAGUCUCAGCUGGAGAGACUCUACAAGCCUGUGUUUGUCAUGAAGCCUUCCUCAUGCAAAUGUUCUGAGGGGCAGACUGCCAGGUUUGAUCUGAAGGUUGUUGGCAGACCAAUGCCUGACACAUACUGGUUCCACAACGGACAACAAGUGGUUAGUGACUACACACACAAGAUAGUUGUUAAGGAGGAUGGGACUCAGUCUCUGAUCAUUGUCCCAGCCAUGCCACAAGACUCUGGAGAGUGGACAGUUGUUGCUCAGAACAGAGCUGGGAAGUCCUCUGUCUCCAUAACUCUCACUGUUGAUGCUAAAGAAACCUUGGUGCGACCACAGUUCAUUGAGAAGCUGAGGAACAUUAGUGUGAAGCAGGGCACUCUGGUUGAGUUGGCUGUCAAGGCCAUUGGAAACCCUUUACCUGACAUUGUCUGGCUGAAAAACAGUGACAUUAUCACUCCACAUAAGCACCCACAUAUCAAGAUUGAGGGCACUAAAGGAGAAGCCAAAUUCCAGAUCCCUUCUCCCUCAGGCUCUGACAGUGCAUGGUACACAGCUACAGCCAUCAACAAGGCUGGACGAGACACCACUCGCUGCAGAGUCAAUGUUGAGGUGGACUUUGCUGAACCUGAACCAGAGAGAAAACUCAUUAUUCCCAAAGGAACCUAUAAGGCCAAGGAGAUUGCUCCUCCGGAGGUAGAACCCCUUCAUCUCCGUUAUGGUCAGGAGCAGUGGGAGGAGGGAGACCUUUACGAUAAGGAGAAGCAACAGAAACCACAGUUCAAGAAGAAGCUGACCUCUGUCAGAAUGAAGCGUUUUGGUCCAGCUCAUUUUGAGUGCAGACUGACCCCUAUUGGUGACCCAACUAUGGUGGUUGAGUGGCUACAUGAUGGCAAACCCCUAGCAGCCGCUAACAGGUUGCGUAUGGUCAAUGAAUUCGGCUACUGCAGUCUCGACUAUGAAGCUGCUUAUGCUAGAGACAGCGGUGUCAUCACCUGCAGAGCCACUAAUAAGUUUGGGGUGGACCAAACGUCAGCCACCCUGAUUGUCAAGGACGAGAAAGGCCUGGUCGAGGAAACACAGCUUCCUGAGGGCAGGAAGGGUGCACACAGAAUCGAUGAGAUGGAGCGCAUGGCUCAUGAGGGAGGACCUUAUGGAGUCAGUGCUGAGGAGGAGACUGAGAAGAUGAAACCUGAGAUUGUCCUUGUUCCCGAACCAGUCAGAGUGCUGGAAGGUGACGUUGCUCGAUUCCGUUGCAGAGUGACCGGUUAUCCAACACCCAAGGUUAACUGGUACCUCAACGGACAACUUAUUCGCAAGAGCAAGAGAUACAGACUUCGCUAUGAUGGUAUUUAUUACUUGGAGAUUGUUGACAUCAAGUCCUACGAUUCAGGAGAGGUCAAAGUGGUUGCAGACAACAACCUGGGCACAGCCGAGCACACUGUGAAGCUGGAGAUCCAACAGAAAGAGGAUUUCAGAACUCAUCUUCGCCGUGCUCCUGAGGCUAAGCCUGCUGAGGCUGUCACUGAACCUGGAAAAGUGUCAUUUGAGGUUGUGAAGGCUGAGAAACCUACAGAGGACACUCAGCUGAAAGAGGUAGUCACGCUGAAGAAAGCCCAGAGAAUUGUCCAUGAGAAAGCCACGGAGGAGUCAGAGGAACUGAGGAGCAAGUUCAAGCGCAGAACUGAAGAAGGCUAUUACGAGUCCAUCACUGCAGUGGAGCUCAAGUCUCGCAAGAGGGACGACUCUUAUGAGGAUUUGCUGAGGAAGACAAAAGAGGAUCUCCUUCACCAUGCCAAGGAGAAGGAGGAGGCUGAGAAAAAGAAGGAGGAGGAGCGUCGCAAAGUCACUGCUACACCUCUCAAACCAGAGAGGAUCAAGCUGUCAGCCAGCAUGGAAGCUCCUAAGAUCCUGGAGCGUAUUACCAGCCAGACAGUUGCCCAGGGUGAUGAAGUUAAGUUUAGAGUCAGAGUGGUUGGCAGACCAGAGCCUGAGUGCCAGUGGUUCAAGAACGGCGUUCCACUUGAGAAGUCUGAUCGUAUUUACUGGUACUGGCCUGAGGAUCAUGUAUGUGAACUGGUGAUUAGAGAUGUCACAGCAGAAGAUUCUGCGAGCGUCAUGGUCAAAGCUACGAGCACUGCUGGAGAGACUUCGAGCCAUGCUUUCCUGUUGGUGCAAGCAAAGCAAGUCAUCACAUUCACACAGAAGCUAGAGGAGGUCAAUGCCAAGGAGAAGGACACCAUGGCUACCUUUGAGUGUGAGACAAAUGAGCCUUUUGUCAAGGUCAAAUGGCUGAAGAACAAUGCACAGAUCUUCUCUGGAGACAAAUACAGGAUGCACUCUGACAGGAAGGUUCACUUCCUGUCUGUGCUGAUCAUUGAUCUGAAGGAUGAUGCAGAAUACAGCUGUGUGGUCGCAGACGAUGAGAAUGUCAGGACAACUGCCAAGCUUAAUGUUGAAGGAGCCCCACUGGAGAUCCUGAAGCAGCUGGAGAGCACCGAGGUGCCAGAGACCUACUCUGGAGAAUUUGAGUGUGUUGUGUCUCGUGAGGACGCUGAGGGCACCUGGUACUUUGGAGAAAAGGAGCUCUUUCCCAGCAGUAAAUAUGUCAUAUCUUCCCGCCGUGGAAGACAUUCCCUGUCUGUUAAGGAUGUCAAAAAGGAGGACCAGGGAAAAUAUACCUUCACAGUGGGUGAAUUCAAGACAAGUGCCUCACUGAAGAUGAAGUUGCGCCCCGUGACCCUGAUGCAGCCCCUGACCGACCUGACUGUCUGUGAGGGAGAUAUUGCCCAGCUGGAGAUCAGGUUCUCCCAGGAGAACGUUGAAGGAAGCUGGAUGAAGAACGGCCAACCCAUCUCUGCCUCAGGCCGUGUGCACAUUGUUAUUGACAGACAGAUCCACAAGCUGCUGAUUGAAGACACUCACAAGGAUGACUAUGGAAUGUACUCUUUUGUUGUUCCUGAUCAUCAGAUCUCAACCACCUCAAAGCUGGUUAUUCAGACUAUUGGUGUCCUGGUCCCACUGAAGGAUAUCAGUGCUGUUGAAGGAACCAAGGCUGUUCUGGAGGCCAAGAUCUCGGCUCAGGAUGUUAGCUCGGUGAAAUGGUACCACAAUGACAAGCUGCUGAUGCCAAAUGACAGAAUCCAGAUGGUGGCAAAGGGAGCCAAGCAGCGCCUGGUCUUUGCCAGGACCUUCGCCUCUGAUGAGGGGCACUACAAACUGGUUGUUGGCAGAGCUGACACCACCUGUAAACUUUCUGUACAGACGGUCCAGAUUGUCACACCAAUGAAGGACAAGGUGUGCUCUGAGUCUGAGAAUGUCACCUUUGAAGUUGAGGUGUCUCACCCCGGCAUUGAUGCCUUCUGGACCUUUAAGAAUCAGCCCCUCAAAGCUGGUGCCAAGCACAAGAUGGAGUCCAAGGCCAAACGCCACACCCUGACUGUCAUGAAUGCAAUGAAGGACGAGGAGGGCGAGUACACGUUUGCAGCUGGUGAAAAGACGAGCAGUGCUAUACUGACUGUAUCAGGUGGCGCUAUCAAGAGGCCCCUAUGUGACUUGGUGGUGGCUGACUCCCAGACGGCUGAGCUGGAGUGUGAAGUUGCCAACCCGGCCGCCGAGGGCAAGUGGCUGAAAGACGGCCAGCCCGUGGACCUGAAUGAGAACGUCCUGAGUGAGGUGGACGGAGCCAUCAGACGCCUCGUUAUCGUCAUCACCAAAGCCACAGACAUCGGAGAGUACACCUUUCAAGUUGCCAACUCCAAGACAACAGCCACCCUGAAGGUUGAGGCUGUGAAGGUCAAGAAGACCCUGAAGAACCUGAAUGUGGUUCAGACGCAGGAGGCCGUAUUCAGCCUGGAACUGACUCAUGAGAACGUGAGGGGAUCAAAGUGGAUCAAGAAUGGUGUGGAACUCAUUCCCAGUGACAAAUAUGAGAUCUCUGUCGAGGGCACGGUCCACACCUUGAAGAUCAAGAACUGCAACACACAGGACGAGUCCGUUUACUCUUUCAAACUGGGAAAACUGUCUGCAAAUGCCAGGCUAAAUGUGGAGACAAUCAAGAUCUUGAAAAAGCCAAAGGAUGUUACGUCAUUGUUGGGUGCCACCGUCUCGUUUGAGGUGGGCAUUUCAGAGGACAACAUCCCUGUUAAAUGGUUCUUCAACAACGAGGAGCUGAAGCCCAAUGAGCACUUCAGGAUGCUCUCUGAGAAGAAGAACCACAAGCUGGUUGUUCAGGACGUGGACACCAGCAAAGAGGGAGAGUACAUGUUUGUUGUGGGCCAUCUGCAGUGCAGCGCUCACCUCACUGUGGAGUCUCUGCGUGUCACCAAGCCCCUGAAGAGCGUGGAGGUCCCAGAGACCCACAUGGCCACGUUUGAGUGCGAAGUUUCUCACUUCAACAUCCCGUCGACCUGGCUGAAGGACGGUGUGGAGAUCGAGAUGAGUGAGAAAUUCAGGAUCGUGGUUCAGGGCAAACUGCACCAACUCAAAAUCAUGAACACCAGCAGGGAUGACUCUGCUGAGUACACCUUCAUCUGUGGGAACGACAGAGUCUCUGCAACUCUCACCGUUAACCCCAUUCUCAUCUCAACGAUCCUGGAGGACGUGAACGCUCAGGAGAAAGACUCCGUCACCUUUGAGGUGAACGUCAACUAUGAGGGCAUCACGUACAAGUGGCUGAAGAACGGCGUGGAGAUCCGCUCCACUGACAGAUGCCAGGCUCGCUGCAAACAGCUGACUCACACUCUGAGCAUCAGGAACGUCCACUUUGGCGACAGCGCUGAAUACACCUUCAUGGCUGGCUCUGCAUCCACAUCGGCUAAACUUUAUGUUGAGGCCCGUGUGGUUGAGUUCACCAAACACCUGAAGGACCUGAAGAUCACUGAGAAGAAGAGGGCCACUUUUGAAUGUGAAGUUUCUGAGCCCAACGUCCACGUGAUGUGGAUGAAGGACGGACAGGAGCUGGAGAUGUCCGACAGAUAUAAAAUGACCUCAGAGAAGUUUGUGCACCGCCUGAUCUUGUCGUCUGUCCGCCUGUCGGAUGCUGGAGAAUACACCGUGGUGGCUGGAGCCAGCAUGUCCAAGGGCCACCUGGGAGUUGAGGGACGGGACGUUAAGAUCUCGGAGCCCGCCAGCCGGGACAUCACUGUUGUUGAGAAACAGAGAGCGACCUUUGAGUUUGAGGUGAGUGAGGACGACGUGGAGGGCCACUGGAUGAGGAACGGCGUGGAGAUCCAGUUCUCGGUGGAGGAGAGGUUCAACUACGUGACCAUCAGGAAGCUCCACCGCCUCACCAUCUCUGAGACCUACAGGAGCGAUGCUGGCGAGUACACCUUCCUCGCCGGCAAGAACAGAAGCACUCUGAACCUCCAUGUCAGAAUCCCGGAGCCUCCUCAGAUCAUCCGCCACAUGGAGCCCCAGUCCGUAGAGGCUGGGAAACCGGCUCGCUUCUCUGUGCAGGUGACCGGUGUUCCUCAGCCUCAGGUCUUCUGGUACAAGAACUCCCAGGCUCUCUCUCCCGGCUUCAAGUGCAAGUUCCUCCACGAUGGAGAUGAGCACACACUGCUGCUGAUCGAGGUCUUCCCGGAGGACGCUGCUGUCUACAACUGCGAGGCCAAGAACGACUUUGGAGAGGCGACGAGUUCAGCCGAUCUCACUGUGGAAGUUCCCGAGGUAGUUUCACCCGUGGCUGCGUCUCCUGUUUCUGCUCCCGCCGUCAUCACUCCCAUCCGGGACCUGCUGGUCACGGAGGGACAGCCUGCUAAGUUCCAGUGCAAGGUUUCUGGGGAAGAUCUGCAGAUCACAUGGUACCUUAAUGAACGAGAGAUCAGACAGUCAGACAUCUACAGGAUGUCUCACUAUGGUGACACCUGCCAGUUGGAGAUUUCCAAAGCUCUCCCCGACCAGGAAGGAGAAUAUUCUUGUGUUGCCAGAAACUCGGCAGGAAAGGUCUCAUGUGCAGCAACUCUGACUAUUGAUGCCCACAGUGUUGAGUUUACUGAGACGUUCUCUGAGAGCUCCUCUAUGUCAACCACAACGUUAUCCUCAUGGAGGGCGACUGAGAUUCACAUGGAGAGUGUAAGCUCAGUGGAGAUGAUCUCUGAGAGCAGCAGUGACCUCAAUGUCUCUGCCAGUCCCAAACUGAUGAUGGAAAUGAGCGACGUCCGCGUGAGAAGUGGUGACAUGGCUGAGUUCAGCUGCUUGUUUGAUGGGCAGCCCUUCACCGGGGUGGUGUGGGAUCAUAAUGGCCAGAGGCUGGUGCUCACAGAGCGGGUGAGGAGCUCUCAGAGCGGAGGGCUGCUGUCCCUGGUCAUCCUGAGUGUUGGUCUGGCAGACCAGGGCUUGUACCGCUGCACCGCCACCAACAAACAUGGCCAGAACAGCACCUCCGCCCAACUCACUGUUGAAGCCACAGAAGCAUAUCUCAAAGCAGAAACCCCCAUUCCUACUGAUUCUGUGCAUGAAGUGUCACAGACAGACAGGGAGACCUCUAGAGAUCUCCCUGACCAAGACACGCAGGAGGCGCUAGAGAAGCUGGGAUCAUCGCCUCCAUCUUCCCAGAGACUUUACAGCCUGAUCAGCCACCUCUAUUUCCCUGACCUCGUGCCUCAUGAUGAGCGUGUUCGAGGCUUCUCCAGCCACCCUGAGUUCCUGAUCAAGCUGCCCCCUGAGCUACUGGCCAAAAACAGAGACAACAUCUCCCUGUAUUGCGAAAUGAAGGGGGUCCCCACUCCGUUUGUUGUUUGGCUACACAACUGGUUGAAUGUUGAGGAUUCUGUGUCUUACUCUCUGAAACACGACGGCCCCCUGUGCUGUCUAAAUGUUAAAAAUGUGGGGCCUGGACAAGGGGGCACAUACGCUUGCAAAAAUGUCAGCUCAGCUGGAGAUGCUGAGCGCGUCACGGUGAUGAAAGCUUUCUCUAGCUCAACCAUUGUGGUGGAAGAGGAAACCCAGGAAUCGUACUACACUGGCCUAAAGUUACCAGACAAAACCAGAACACUUGAACUCAAGCCAGAGUCCAAACGUUACUCUAGCACUUUAGAGAAGAAAAAAGAAAAGCCAGUUUUCCUGACUCAACUCUCCCCGGCAGCUGUGACUGUCGGGGAGACGGCUAGGUUUACGGUCACAGUGUCAGGCUUUCCUAAACCUACGGUUCAGUGGUUCCACAAUGGCCAAACAAUAACAAGUUCAUCUGUGUACACAAUUAUUCAGGAGAGAGAUGAGUAUAGCCUGGUCAUUAACAAAGUGCAGAGGGCAUUUGAAGGAGAAUACUCUUGCACUGUUAGCAACAGGUACGGCCAGUCGACAUGCACUUCUUAUCUGAACGUUCAUGUUAAGGAGCCAAAGAGGGACAAACAGCACGAUGGAAGAAAGUUUGUAACAACCGGCAAACCUCCUGAAUUCACUAAAACUAUAGAGUCUGUUCAGUCCUCUGAGGGAGGCCAGGCAUUCUUCAGGUAUGCUGUGACAGGAGAGCCUCUCCCAGAGGUUCAGUGGCUCAAAGGGAGCUUCCACAUUCAACCUAGCAGGGAUAAUAUCAUAGUGCAUAACACAGAUGGAUCAGGCUUCAUCAACUUUAGGAGCAUCAAGCAGGGAGACAGUGGAAUCUACACUUGCAAAGCCUCUAAUCAGUUUGGGGAAGCGACGUGCACUGCCGAACUGGCUGUUUCCAGGGAGGCGGUGUCUGUAUCUCACCAUCAUGAAGACCAUUUGUUAGUUCAGAAAGCGAAAGGUUUGAAAAUAUCUAUGACUGAACAAGCCACAGAAUCGCACUUAUAUCAGCUCAGCUUCACAGAGCAAGAAAGAGCCAGAUCCGAUCAGAUGGUUUACACCAUUGGCACUGAAGACAGGCAGAUUAUUCCCAGUGAGCAGGUGUGCACCCUUAGAGAACUAGAUAUCUCAGCUGCAACCCUUCAUCGAGAGCAGGUCACCCACCAGGCAGCGGUGCUGCUGUCUCAUGAGAUAGAGGAGAGGGUGUCUGUGGUUCCCACACAUCCACCACAGGUUUCAGCUGUUCCUGCAAAACAGCUUCACAUGGCAGCUUUUACAUCUUCUGUCCAGGAGAGCCAGAAGAUCAUGGAGCAGCACUCCGAACGGAUCCUUAGCCCUGAGGUAGUAGAGCUAGGGUUUGCUAAAGAGCAGCCGUCCAAGCUCAUGUCAGCCAUAUCUGAAGAGGUUCUACCACUUGCCACCGUGAAAGCAGAGGCCCUGACUGACAGGAAACCAGAGCAGGUUAAGACCUCUACUGAACCCAGGCAGCUUGUUAGCAGUCACCAAGUUGAGUCCGCUCUACCCAUCCUCAAAGAGACAUCGGGUGUCACUCACAAGCCAGAGGAAGAGAGGAGUUACAGAGUCACAGAAGGGGUUAAGAUUCUCUACUCAGCUCAGUCAACAGGGCAACUUCAAAUCACAGAGCAACAUUCUGAGCCUCUGCCGGCUUUAGACGCAGCCACCAAGCCACCAAUAGAAAAAGAGCAGCCUAAACCGGUCGUAGCACCUGUCAGUGAAGCUAGAAUGAUUUUAGCAAAAGAGAAGGAUUUGGAAAUACUCAGGCCAGCACAGGAGAGUAUCAGCCCGUUUAAAGACGUACUCUAUAAGUCAGCUGUAAGCACUGAGGAAAAAUAUGAGCUCCGUGCUGAACACUCAGGACUGGUACCUGGUAUAGAAUCAGCCAUGUCUCUGCAAUCUCAGCGAGAGGGAGAAAGACUCAUGCAUCUGCAGGUCAUCAGUGAUCAGGGUACUUUGCAGUCUGAGGGCCGAUUCAGCAGUGAAAAGCCUUCAGCAGAGCAGGCAGAGGUAAGGAAAAGUCCUACUUUGUUACACUCAGUAAGUCAGGAUGAGCAGAGAACUGUGGUUUGCGAGGCGACUUCAGAGUUCUCAGAAAAGACUGACUCCAUGACUGUUCAGCCAAAGAAAGAGGCAAUGCCAACACUGUAUCUUCAGUCGGUUCAUCCAUUAUCAGUUUUGCCUAAGGAAGACAUAUUUACUAUCACGAAACCCAACCAGCAGGUGGCAGCACAGAAGCAGGAGAAGGCCAGGAAGCACACAGCCACCACAGAGGAGAGGCGGGAGCUCACGGCAGAUUAUCACAAAGAGCUCAACGUAUCCGUGACUGGAGUUCAGUCACAGCUCCAAACAGAGCCCAGACCUCAGAGCAUCCUGCACCUCUCCUCCGAGACCAUGCCUCUCCCAAAGGAGACGCCUUUCACCAGUGAUGUCAAGCAGCAGCGAGCUUUAGUGCAGAAGGAGGAGCACCGGAACAUCAUGCACUCACUGAAUGUGACAGACACUCAGACACUAGAGGAGGGUCACACCAGCAGCCUAAAAGCUGAUGAGAAAUUCAAACCUGAGAUCAAAAUUGAGCCCAAGAUCCCAAAAAAGCCAGUUUUCAUAGAGGAGAAGGCUGUUGCCACUGAAAGCUGUACUGUCUUAGAGGCUGCUGAGCAGGACUUUGCAGUCCAGAUCCAGGAGGGCCAGUCAGUCCGGCAGUCGGUGCUGCUUGAAGAAAAACAGGUCAUCCUUGGAGAGCAGUCAUGCGAGAUACAUAAAUCUGAAAGCUCUGCUGCCAGUGUCAAGACUCAGCCUAGAGAAGCUAUGUUUGCCCAUGAGUCUCAAGAUAGCCAGACUUUGCCUAAGGAGCUAAUUUUUGUUAUUCAGAUCCCCAAACCAUCCAGUGUUAAUAUAAGAUGUCAGCUCAGGGACGCCCUUCAGUCUGCCGUGGCCCGUGACCAGCCGCUGUUGCUGGCUGAUGUUGUAGGGAGGCUAGAAGUCGCAGAGAUACAAGAGGUCAAGGUUCAGAGAGAGCCCAAACAUGCCGUGUUUACGUAUCUUAUCAUAACAACAGGCGCACCCAUGGAAAUCACACUGGCUUUUGAGGGUGAAUACCCGCAGACAGCUGACCUCAGGACUGAGCUCCAGGCAGCUUUCCAUUCCAUAGUUUACCAGGAGCAGCAAAGCCUUACCUCAGAGCAGCCCAGCACCAUGCUGAUUGACCGGCCCCAGAAAGCACAGGUCAGUUCCACACCUUCCAGAGAAGUGCUGUCGCCUGUGGUGGACACAUUGAUGGUAGCAGAAAGCACAGUGGGUUUUCCUCCUGCUAUUUCCCAGUCCGCUGCCAUCAAAACUGAAGUCGGGCCAUCCUUCCAGAGUGUGACUGUUCAGAGUCAGUCCGAGAUCCAUGAGUCCAUGCAUGUCAGCAGGCAGGAGAUCAGGUCUUUGAUGGUCAGGAGCCAAGGCAGGGAUUCAGGCGCUGCUGAUGUAACUGCCACAGUGCCCAUUGGCCAGGUCCCUGUCGAACAACAUGUAGACAUUUCCCUUUGCAGAGAAACUAGAGAAGAAUAUCUUUCUGAGGCCAUCAUGAUCAGUGAGUCCUCAGACAGCCUGGUAGAUUAUCCCAUUGUUGUUGAUCCUCUUGAGAAUGUUUGUGCUGAGGAAAAUGGUAAGGCUACAUUUAGCGCCACCAUUAAGUAUGUGACCAAGGUUAACUGGUUUUUCAAUGGACAAUUGGUGAAAUCUGGCAAAGACUUCAAGUGUUCCAAAGACCAUGACACAUAUACACUAGUUAUCAACAAAGUUGUCAAGGAGAAGCAUCAAGGGGAAUAUGUCUGUGAGGCUGAGAAUGAAGCCGGCAAGACCACAACAACUUCCAGGCUCACUGUGGUCUCAAGAGUGAAACCUGUGUUCCGGCACAAAAUUGUGCCUGUGGAGAUCAAUGUUGGCCAAAGUGCCAAGUUUGAAUGUGAAACGGAGGAGGCACCAAAUGUGAACUUCAAGUGGUUCAAGGAUGGAAACCAGAUCAAAGAUGGCAAUAAGUACAGGAUUAUCAGCCGCUACCACACGUCCUCUCUGGAGGUCCUGAGCCCAACCAAGGACGACAGUGGCGAAUUCACCUGCAAAGCCUCCAAUCAGCAUGGAGAUGACAGCUGCUCCGCAUGUCUCAGUGUGACCGACCUGUUCCCUCCUGCCUUUAUAACUAAACCUGACCCUCAAACGGUAUAUGUUGGAAAGAAGGCCAUGAUACAGUGUGUGUUAACAGGAUCGACUCCACUGAAUGUUGUGUGGCUUAAAGAUACCCGAGCCUUACCUAAUGUGCCCACACACUACCAAACAUAUUCUGAAAAGAAUAAGCACAUUCUUGAGAUAACACAGCUUGAAUCAAGUGACCAAGGGGUUUAUGUGUGUGAGGCAUCUAAUAACGCUGGGACAGCUGUGUGCAGCAUGGAGCUGAGAGUUAUCGACAAGCCCAGCUUUGUAAAGCCCCUUGGUUCAGUCUCUGCUGUGGUCGGAACUCCUCUGCACCUGGAGUGUGAGGUGGAUGAGGACACUGGAGUAACCAUUGUCUGGACCAGAGAUGGUAGAAGGGUUCACCAGUCUCCAGAUUGUAAACUAUCUUUUGAGGAUAAGAUGGUAACUCUUGAUAUCCUAAAGACCACACUGAAAGAUUGUGGUCAUUAUGUCUGUACUGUGACAAAUGAGGCUGGAAGCGCAACUUGCUCCACUUCAGUGAGGGUGCAAGAGGCACCAGGCUUUGUAAAAAGGCUGGAGCCCACCAUGGUUUGGAAACAAGGCAGUACUGUACGGCUGCAGUGCACAAUCAAAGGAUCUCCUGAACUUCACACCACCUGGUUCUUGAAUGAAGGCGAGUUGUCUUCUGGAGGCAGAUACAGCAUCAGUCUGAAGGAUGAUCUUGCCACUCUGGAGAUAAAGGACGUGAUGUUGGGUGAUAGUGGAAACUACACCUGUGAGGUUCUGAAUGAAUCUGGCUGUGAAAGUUGCAGCACUAAAGUUGCAGUCAAAGAACCACCCUCUUUCAGAAAGGAGUUACACUCUGUAGAGGCAGUGAGAGGAUCUGUAGCCAUAUUUGAAUGUGAGCUUUCGGGCUCUGCACCAUUUGAAGUUGCCUGGAAAAAGGACAAGAAACGCCUGUCCUCUGAUAAGAAGCACAGAAUAGUUUCUCAGGGUGCCAUGACCUCUUUGGAGAUUGUCUCGUUUGAAAGCACUGACGUUGGCGAAUAUGAAUGUGUCGUAUCAAAUGAGGUUGGCUCAGUAUCAUCAAAGUCGGUGGCUAAACAGAAAGAGGCACCACUAUUCUCAAAGAGGGUUGAGAGUGCUACAGCGGUGUUGGGAAAUACAGUGAAACUACAGGGAACCAUUAAAGGCUCAGCUCCUAUCACUGUUAAAUGGCUGAAGGACUCUGAGAUACUAAGAGACGAUGAUCCAAAGGUGAAAAUGGCAUUUGAGAACAAUGUUGCUAGCCUUGCGUUCUCAUCUGUUGAGAUAAGACAUGGUGGCAAGUAUACUUGCCUGGCUGAAAAUGAGGCAGGACAUCAAAAAUGUGAAGCUAUUUUAACAAUUCAAGAACCUGCUAGAAUCUUAGACAAAGCAGCAUCCAUCAGCGUGACUGCAGGAGAUACAGCCACUUUGGAGUGCACAAUUGCCGGAAGCCCAGAGCUCAAAGUGAAAUGGUUUAAAGACGGGAAGGAGAUGAUGAGUGGCCGUAAAUACAAAAUGACUCUUAAGGAGAAUACCGCCACCUUAAAGAUUCUUACAGCAGAGAAAGGAGACACUUCUGAGUACAAGAUGGAGGUGUCCAAUAAAGUUGGAAAGGACGAGUGCACAUGCUCGGUCACUGUUUUAGAUCAAGCAGUCCCACCAUCCUUCACCAAAGCUCUAAAGAAAGUUGAUGGAAAUAUCGGUAGUAAUGUUACCAUGGAAUGCAGAGUAUCUGGAUCCCAGCCAAUGGCUGUUUCAUGGUAUAAAGAUGAUAAAGAAAUCCAAAGUGAUGACAAAUAUAAGCUUGACUUCAGUGAGAGCACAGCCUCAUUGAUGAUAUUCAGCCUGGAGCAAAGUGAUGGUGGAACUUACACAUGCCGAGCAACUAAUGACGCCGGAUACAAAGAGAGCAGUGGUACUUUGUGUGUUAAAGAAACACCAGUCUUCACAAUGAAACCUGAAUCCCAGGAUAUCUCGGCAGGAUCAAACGUUAUCUUCAAAUCAGCCUUCACUGGAACAGCGCCUCUGACCGUUAAGUGGUUCAGAGAGGAAAAAGAACUUUUCACUGGAGGAAAAUGUUUCAUAAAGAAAGAUCCCUCCGCAAGCUCCUUGGAGCUUCACUCUGUGAAACCCUCUGAUUCUGCUAAAUACACAUGCCAGGUGUCCAAUGAUGCUGGGAAGGUGGACUGCACUGCGGUCCUCUUUGUAAAAGAACCACCAACAUUUACAAUGAAGCUUGAGCCUUCACAACUGGUGAAAAAUGGACAGCCUCUGAAGUUGUCCGGCAAGGUGCAAGGCAGCCCUGUGAUUAGCAUCACAUGGUUUAAGAAUGGCUCAGAAAUCAGUUCAGAUAACAGGCACGCAAUAUCUUUUGACAACUCAGUAGCCUCUCUGGAGGUUGUGAACUGCAGCGUAGAAGAUAGUGGAGAUUACGUUUGCGUGGCUUCCAGUGAGGCCGGUAGCGACCGCUGCAGCAGCACAGUGACAGUAAAAGAGCCUCCAACAUUUGUGAGGCCUUUUGAAUCCACUCGGCUUGUAAAGGGAUCUGAAAUUAUCUUGGAAGGAAGUGUUUCAGGCACUGCUCCUUUUGAAAUAACCUGCUACCACAAUGAUAAACUCAUCAGAAAUGACAAAAGGCAUAAGAUUGGUGUUGAGAACGGCACCAUAACCCUUCAGAUCUCAAAGUGCGAGGCUGGAGAUGCCGGGAAGUACCAGUGCACUGUAGCAAAUGAUGUGGGAGAGACGUCUUGUUGCUGUGAUGUAUCACUGAAAGAGCCACCUUCAUUUGUUCAGAGACUAGAGGAUAUGACCUCCCUGGUGGGCUCUGAGGUCUCUAUGAAGUGUAUGUUGUCUGGAUCACUGCCCAUGACUAUCUCCUGGAUCAAAGAUGAUCGAGAGCUCACAGAAGAUGAGCACAUUAAGAUGACCUAUGAAACCAAAGCUUCUGUGUUGAAUUUGAAAAAUGCUCAGCUCUCACACGGUGGGAAAUAUAUCUGUCAGGCACAGAAUGAAGCCGGGACUCAGAGAUGUGUUGCUGUACUCACAGUCACAGAACCAGCGAAUAUCUCAGAGCAGGCAAAGUCUGUAAGUGUAACCCAGGGCGAUCCAGCUACUCUUGAAUGCAGAUUCUCAGGCACCAAACCCCUGAAGGCCAGAUGGUUGAAGGAUGGCAAGGAGCUGAAAUCAGGCCAGAGAUAUAAAGUACAGAGCACAGACACCAGCUCUGUUCUUAAAAUACUUAGAACAGAGAAAUGUGAUGGUGGUGAAUACACCUUUGAUGUUUCAAAUGGUGCUGGCCACAGUUCUUGUGAAGCAGCAGUUACAGUCCUAGAUCAGAUUAUUAAACCGUCUUUCACAAGAAAAUUGAAGCAGUUGGAGGGCAUCAAGGGAUCAUUUGCCCAUUUGGAGUGUCUUGUGUCUGGCUCUUUGCCUAUAACAAUACACUGGUACAAAGAUGAAAAAGAGAUCCAGGCUGAUGAGAAACACAAAAGCACAUUCUUUGAAAACGUUGCUUUCCUGGAAAUCUCUCGUCUUGAUAGUAAAGACAGUGGCAGCUAUACCUGCAUUGCUAAAAACAAGGCUGGCACCGUCCAGUGUUCUGGCGUCUUGUUUGUCAAAGAACCACCAUGUGUUCUUGAAAAGCCCGAAUCCAUGAAUGUGUUGCCUGGGUCAAAGGUCCAGUUUAAUGUGCUUGUCUCUGGCUCGCCACCACUGACUAUAAAGUGGUUUAAAAACAACAAGGAGAUUGUAUCUAGCUCUGACUGUUAUGUGAUCAAAGACAACACCUCUAGUUCACUGGAGCUCUUCUUUGCCAAAGCCUCCGACUCUGGAGACUAUGUCUGUGAAAUACAGAAUGAUGUGGGGUCCACUUCAUGCCAGACAACACUCUUUGUCAAAGAACCCCCUCUUUUCCUUGAGAAACCUGAGGGUGUGUCUGUAGUGAAAGUAGGAGAUAGCAAGGUGUUUGAGUGCAAGGUUGUCGGUACUCCAGAAGUCUCUGUGCGCUGGUUCAGAGAUGGGGCCGAGAUUCAUCAGAGUGUCAAGCACAAGAUGUCAAUUGUUGACUCCUUAGCCUGCUUACAGAUAUCUUGUGCUGGUAAAAAUGACAGUGGGAAAUACUUUUGUGAAGCCUGUAAUGAAGCAGGCAGUGAGAGUUGUAUGAUCGAGCUAGAAGUGAAAGAUCCUCCUUCAUUUGUCGAAGAGCUGAUGCCUCUUGAGGUUGUUAAGGGUUCCAUGGCACUGUUUGCAUGCAAAGUAGCAGGGACUGCUCCAUUUAAGGUCACUUGGUACAAAGAUCAUACACGAAUCACAUCUACCCAAAAAUACAUUAUUACUGAUAGUCAAACUGUCAUGAGCUUGAAAAUCCAAGAUUGCGAAUCCAAAGAUGUUGGUUCUUAUCACUGCACGAUAGCCAAUGAGAUCGGAAGCUGCGCUGGCUUUGCAGCUUUAUCCAUCAAAGACCCACCGGUAUUUGUUAAGAAGACAGAGAAUGUCUCCACUGUUCUGGGAGAUGUUGCAGUCUUUCAGUGUGCUGUGGAAGGUUCUCCCACUCUGUCUGUGCAAUGGCAAAAAGAUGAGAACUGGAUCUUGGAGGAUCCAGAGAUUGAAAGGACUUUUGAGAACAACGUGGCCACGCUCAGGAUUCCUGCCUGUGAGGCAUGUCACAGCGGGAAGUACACUUGCCAGGUUGUAAAUGAAGCAGGAAAGGACAAGUGCUUUGCAACCCUCAUGGUGCAAGAGCCACCUUAUAUUCAAGAGAAGCCAGAGCUAGUAGAAGUGACUCUCGGAGAUCCAGUUAGGCUGGAGUGCAGGGUAGCUGGAGCUCCUGAGAUCAGUGUAAAAUGGAUCAAAGAUGGCCAAGAGCUCUUCUCCAGCAGAAAGUAUCAGUUCUGCUAUGAGAACAACAUCAGCAGUUUUAAGAUUCAGUCCUCUCAGCUGCAAGAUGGAGGAGAAUACCUGUUCGAGGCUACAAACUCUGUUGGAACAUGCAGUUGUAAAGUCACGUUGGUUGUCUUAGAAGAAGUAAUUCCUCCUACUUUUAUUAAGAAAUUAAUGAAUGUUCAGGAGAUUUGGGGUUCAGUGGUUACGAUGGAGUGUAAAGUCGCUGGUUCGCUUCCAAUGUCAGUCGAGUGGACCAAAGGAAGCCGAAAGAUUACCACGAGCUCCAAACACAAACUUUCACACGUUGAUAACACUGUAUCACUGGAGCUGAAACUGGCUGAAAGUGGGGAUACAGGAGAGUAUUCCUGUAAAGUAACCAACAAAGCAGGCAGCUGUAUGUGCAGUGGAGUUCUUACAGCCAAAGUGCCACCAAGCUUUGUAGCUGAGCCAGAGCCCCAGGCUGUUUUUCCAAAGUCCACUGUACACUUCAGAAGCAUCUUUCAAGGAACUCCUCCUUUUACGGUGAAAUGGUUCAAGGAUGACUCCGAACUCGUAACUGGUCCAACAUGUACGCUUGGACUGGAGAAAUAUUCUUCCACCCUGGAGCUCCACUCAGUUGGGCCUUUGCAAGAUGGGAUUUAUUCUUGUCAAGUUAGCAAUGAAGCAGGCACAGUGAAAAGUGCAGCAGAAUUGUUGGUGAAAGAGCCUCCUCAGUUUGUCCUGAAACUGCCUCCCACUGCCUUUGUGAAGCAGUGUGAGGGACAUCGUUUCGAAUGCAAGGCUACCAGCUCACGUUCCCUGAAAAUGUGCUGGUACAAAAACGACCAAAAGAUAUCAGAUGGAGACAACUAUAAAAUAAUGUUUGCUGACUCAACGGCGUACCUCCAGCUACGCACCACAAAGUUUGAGGACAAUGGCGUCUACACCUGUGAGGCUCAUAAUGAUGCUGGCAGUGCAAGCUGCAGCACUAUUCUCACAGUGCAAGAGUCACCAUCCUUCCUCAAAACGCCACACCCAGUGGAGGGCGUUAGAGGUAAAGAUGCCAGCCUGAACUGUGAGAUAUAUGGCACCCCACCUUUCCAGGUUAACUGGUACAAAGACAAAAGGCCACUAAAGGAGAGCAGGAAAUAUACAAUGGUCAGCGAGGGCAGCUGUGCCACACUUCACAUUAUGAAACUGGAGACAGCUGAUGCUGGCCUUUAUGAGUGCAGGGUGUCCAACAAUGUAGGAAGUGAGUCCUGCCGUACCACAGUUAGCCUAAAAGACCCACCAGCAUUUGUGAAGAAACUGGCCAACCAGUCAGUGACAGCGGGUCACGAGCUGACACUGACAGCUACAGUGAAAGGCUCAGAGCCCCUGACUGUGUCAUGGGUUCAGGACAAGGAUCACAUUCUCAGAGACGGUGACAACAGGAAAAUCACCUUUGAGAACAAUGUGGUCACCCUUAUAGUCCCCAAGGCUGAUUCCUCCACAGCUGGCAAAUACACUUGCCAGCUGAGGAAUGACUCUGGGAUUGUGGAGUCUGUCUCUCAAGUGACCAUUCUAGAACCCGCUGCUAUUGUGGAUAGCCCCGAGUCUUUCAAUGUGCAGUCAGGAGAGAAUGCAGCUCUUGAAGUCACAGUUUCUGGCACUCCAGAAUUGAAAACUAAGUGGUUCAAGGAUAACAAAGAGCUCUCCUCUGGCGCCAAGUAUCAGAUGUCCUUCUCAAAGAAGGUUGCCACGCUGAAGAUACGGUCUGCUGACAAGGCCGAUGCUGGAGAAUACAAGUUAGAGGUUAAAAAUGAAGUUGGCACGGCAUCCUGCAAAACUAAAUUCUCUGUCUCAGAUAAGAUGAUUCCACCAACUUUCAUAAGGAAGCUGAGAGACACCCAUCUUGUUUUGGGUAAACCUGGUGAGAUGGAGUGUAAGGUCACAGGCACCGCUCCUUUCACCACUUCCUGGUUCCACAAUGGUCAGGAGAUCAAAAGUGGGCCAAACUAUGACAUUAGCUGCACUGAUAAUACUUGCAAAAUGAGAGUUCCGACUAUCAAGUUGUCUGACUCUGGGAAAUACACAUGCAAAGCUGUCAAUGCUGCAGGAGCCAGCGAAACACGCGCUUCAAUGACUGUGACAGAACCUCCAUCCUUUGUGGAAACACCUGAGAUGAUAGAAACACUGCCAGGCAAAAAUGUAACUUUCUCUGCCAAGCUGAAAGGCAGCGCCCCCCUCAAAGUCAAAUGGUUCAGGGGAGCCAAGGAGAUGCUGCACGGGAAGGGCUGUGAAAUUGCCCUGAAGAACGAUGUAGCGACUCUGGUGCUUCACAGAGUUGACAAAUCCCACGCCGGAGAAUACACAUGCCAGAUCAUUAACGAUGCAGGGAAGGAAAGCUGCCCAGUUAACCUGUUUGUGAAAGAACCUGUCCACUUUGUGAAGAAGCUGCGGAAUAUUUCCUCUGAAAAAGGCAAGCCUCUGAGGCUUGAGGUAACUUUUGCUGGAACUCCCAGGGUAAACGUGACCUGGAUGAAGGACGGUAACUUCAUCUGGGCUUCCUAUCAGUACAAUGUGAUCACCACAGACACCUCCUGCAUUCUAGAGAUCCUUAACAGCGACAGGAUGGAUGCAGCUGGUAGAUACUCUUGUGAAGUAGACAAUGGAGUCGGAACUGACAAAUGUGAAGCACAAGUGUCAAUUCUAGAACGACCGUACUUUGUUGAAAACAUGGAGCCAGUGGAGGUAACUAUGGGUGAUCCUCUUACCCUGAGAUGCCAGAUUGCAGGAACGCCUGACAUCUCAGUAGCUUGGUUUAAAGCUGACGGAAAGCUGCGCAAGUCCAACACCUGCUCAAUGGACUUCUCGAAUGGCAUUGCAACUUUGAAACUCAGCCAAACAACCAAGUUUGAUCAUGCUGAAUACAUCUGCAAGGCUGAGAACCGUGUGGGUCCAGCCUCUGCCAGCUGUAAUGUGACAGUGAAAGAACCCGUGCACUUUGUCAAGAAGCUGGAUGAUACUACGUUCAUAGUCGGUCAACCUCUGAAACUAGUGUGCACAUACACUGGAAGUCAGAGGGUCAACGUCACCUGGAAGAAGGACAACAAGCUCAUCUGGGCCUCUUACCAGUAUAAUGUGAUAACUACCACUUCGACCUGCAUUCUGGAAGUCCUCAACAGCGACAGGCCAGAGGCGGCGGGAACAUACUCUUGCGAAAUUUCCAAUGGAGCUGGAACUGAUGUCUGCCAUGCUCGUGUCUCAUUAGCAUUACCCCUCUCAGAGCCUGCACGUUUUGUGAGGAAGCUGGAAGACACGUACUUCAGACUUCGUGAACCUUUGACUCUCAAGUGCACAUACACUGGUAGUCAGAGAGUGCAUGUGACCUGGAAGAAGGAUGGCAAACCAAUCUGGGCAUCUUAUCAGUACAAUGUCAAGACCACUGAUGACACCUGCAUCCUGGAAGUCCUCAUCAGCGACAGAGAACGGGCGACUGGAAAAUACACAUGUGAAAUUUCUAAUGCCGGAGGAACCGAUAUCUGCCAUGCUAAUGUCACACUAGAACCUGCUCGCUUUGUGAGAAAACUGAGAAACACCUUCUUUAAAAUUGGCCAUCCUUUGACACUGGAGUGCACGUUUACCGGGAGCCAGAGAAUCCAUGUCAGCUGGAUGAAGGGCGGCAAACCCAUCUGGGCGUCAUACAAGUACAACGUCAAAACUACCAACUUCUCCAGCACUCUGGAAGUUCUCAACAGUGACAGGCGCGAAGCAGCUGGGAAAUAUUCAUGCGAGAUUUCCAAUUCUGAACGCACUGAUAUAUGCCAUGCUAUGGUUAUAAUAGAACCCGUGCGCUUUGUGAAAAAGCUGGAAGACAUUACCUUUAGGGUGGGCCAGCCUCUGAAGCUCCAGGUCACAUACACAGGCAGCAAACAUGUGUCUGUAAGCUGGACCAAAGAUGGAAAGCCAAUCUGGUCUUCCUAUAAGUACAACGUCAAGAUUACAGACAGUUCCUGUGUCUUGGAGGUCCUCAACAGUGACAGGGUGGAGGCUGCUGGGAAAUAUUCUUGUGAAAUUUCCAAUGCUAGCAGCUCUGCCAUCUGUCAUGCUCAUGUCAGACUAGGAACAGAACGCAAAGUGCCUCCAAACUUCACCAAGAAGCCUUCUGAAUCCAUGCAGGAUUCAGAAGGUAAGGUGGUGAAGAUGGAGUGUCGCGUUUCUGGCUCUCAGCCUCUGACCAUCACCUGGUGCAAGGACGACCGUGAAAUCUACAGCUCUGACAAGUAUGACAUCAGCUUCAAGAACAACAUGGCUGUACUGUGUGUCAGAGACUCUGCCGCCUCUGACACUGGCAUUUACUCUUGUGAGGCCACGAAUGACGCUGGCAAAGCUUCUUGUCAGGUGUCUCUCACCAUCUCAGAGGCUGGCAUGGCGCCAAAGUUUGACAUUCCUCUCAAACCAGUGACGGUGAAUGAGGGAGACAAACUGAGCCUCAGUUGCCAUGUGUCUGGCUCUCCUCCUCUGAAGAUUCAGUGGAUGAAAGACAGGAAGGAGUUAAAACCCGGUGGAAACACCAGAAUCACGUUUGUAGGUGGCACUGCCUGCCUGGAGAUCAGCCAGGCCUCCAAGACUGAUGCAGGGGAUUACCUCUGCAAGGCCAGCAAUGCUACCGGUAGUGAUUUCUGCAAGUCCAGGGUGACUGUGACAGACAAAGGAGCUGCACGCGCUGCCCCCGAGGCUGCCGCCCCAGCCGCCCCAGCUGCUGUCAAAAGACUGGACAACCUGUUCUUUAUCGAGGAACCCAAGAGCAUCUCUGUCACCGAGAAGGGCACCGCCACCUUCAUCGCCAAGAUUGGAGGUGACCCUAUUCCCAGUGUGAAAUGGAUGAAGGGCAAAUGGAGGCAGAUCACCCCUGGUGGUCGUAUCACUGUGGAACAUAAAGGCCAGGAGGCCAAGCUGGAGAUCAGAGAGGUUACCAAAUCUGACUCUGGCCAGUACAGAUGCGUUGCUUCCAACAAACAUGGAGAAAUUGAAUCCAGUGCUGAUAUGGAAGUCACCAAAAAGGAGGAAGUGGAAGGUGUAGGAGACUUCAGAGCUAAGCUGAAGAAGACUCCUUCCAAGCAGAAGAGUCCCAAGAAAGAGGAGGAUGUUGAUAUUGUGGAGUUGCUGAGAGGUCAUGAUCCCAAAGACUAUGAAAGGAUCCUGCAAGAACACCAGAUCUAUGACUACCGAGCCAUUCUCCAGGCCAUCGAGUUCCUGAAGAAGGAGAAAGAGAUGGAGACUGGAAAAGUGGAGCGUGGAGGCAGAGUUGAGGAGGAGGACAUGGCCAGACUCAUCGAACAGCUUGAGGGACGAGUUGGCUCUGAGCCUGUCACUGUAGUGAGUGACAUUUCAGACCAGACCACUGCUGAGAACCAGACGGCUGUGUUUGAGUGCGAGAUCAAAAUUAAUUACCCAGAGAUCACCCUGACCUGGUACAAAGGCACCCAGAAACUGGACAAAAGCGACAAAUAUGACAUCAGCGUAGUGGGCGAUCACCACUACCUGAAAAUCAAGAACUGUGGAGCUAAAGACCAGGGCAACUACCGCGUGGUGUGCGGCCCUCACAUCUCCAACGCCAAGCUUACAGUUUCAGAAACGUCAGUCUAAACUAAUUUUAAUUAUGUGGUUUUAGCUGAGCAAAUUCAAUUCACUAAACGCAUCCGGAGCAUCGAGGUCAACGAGCGCCAGUGUGCGACCUUCGAGUGCGAGUUGUCUUUUGACAACGCCACCGUCACAUGGUACAAAGACACAUGGGAGCUUAGAGAGAGCCCCAAAUACAACUUCAGGACCGAGGGACGACGACAUUAUAUGAUUAUCCGCAAUGUAACCGCUGAGGACGAAGGCGUUUACUCUGUGAUAGCUCGGCUGGAGCCCAUGGGAGAGGCCAAGAGCACAGCUGAGCUUUACCUGUCAGGCAAAGACUUUGUAUGUAUGGCUAAAUCUGUAGAUGUCCCAGACACGUCAAUUCAAGUACCUGACGCAUCAUCUAUGGUGGCAUACAGAGUACCUGAGGCAAAGAAGCCGGAGCCCCCGGUCACUGUGGCUGCUGUGCCUGAGCCAGAGGAAACGCCGGCCCCAGAAGUGGCCCUUAAGGAGUCAACAUAUACCCCUGAACAGCCAAGCCAAACUGUUGUGCCAAAACCAACUCCUGAGGUUGCAAAACAUGUGCCAAAGACCCCAAAGCCAGUCCCUGAAGUAGCAAAGCCAGUGUAUGAGAAGGCCAGACAUGCUACUGAAGAGUAUGUCCCGGAGGAAACAAGUCAUGUUCCUCAAGUAACAAAGCCAGUCCAAGAAGCACCAAAGUAUGUUCCUGAAGUACCAAAGCCACUCCAAGAAGCACCAAAGUAUGUUCCAGAAGCACCAAAGAAUGUUCCAGAAGCACCGACGAAGGUUCCAGUAGCACUGACGAAGGUUCCAGAGGCACCGAAGAAGGUUCCAGAGGCACCGAUGACUGUUCCAGAACCAGUGAAGAAGGUUCCAGAAGCAGCAGAAAAGGUUUCAGAGGCACUGCAGAAAGCACCAGAAGCACAGAAGAAAGCUCCGGAAGCACUGAAGAAGGUUCCUGAAGCACCAAAGAAAGUUCCAGAGGCACCAAAGAAGGUGUCAGAAGCCCCAAAGAAAGCACCAGAAGCACAGAAGAAUGUUCCAGAAGCACUGAAGAAAGUUCUAGAAGCACCACUGGAGGUUUCAGUUGUGCCAGAACAAACUUCAGAGGCACCAAAAUUGGUAGCAGAGGAUGUGGAGGCAGGCCACCAAGCACCAACACAACUACAACAGGAGAAGAAACCAUCUCCACCAACAAAGCCCACACCUCCUCCUGCUCCAGAACAAAAAGUCACUCCUCCUGCAGAGGAGAAGAAACCAUCUCCACCAACACCAAAGCCCACACCUCCUCCUGCUCCAGUGCAAAAAGUCACUCCUCCAGCAGAGGAGAAGAAACCAUCUCCACCAACACCAAAGCCCACACCUCCUCCUGCUCCAGAACAAAAAGUUGCUCCUCCUGCAGCUAAAGUUGCACCAGUGGAGAAACCACAGCCUACACCGGUGAAGAUACCCUCUCCCCCAGCCGCAAAGGCUGAACCUACUCCUGUAACAGAGCAAGUCUCUCCUCCAGAAGUGCCUCCUAGUAAGCAAAAGGGUAAGAUUCCUGUUCAGGAAUCAAAGACACCUGAAUCACUCAAGUUGAAGAGCAGGCUCGCCAAAGUACCCAAAGAGAAGGAAACAGAACCAGAGGUCAUCAAACUAAAGAAGAUUCCGGUGAAACCUCCAGAGCCUGAGAAGGAAGUCAUCACUCAUAAAGCAGAAGUGACAAGACAUUAUGAUUCAGAAAUGAUGGUUCAUGGCCUUCAUGGUAGAGAUGAUCGAGAGAUAAUAACGCUUGGAAGAACUGAACGAGUCUUCACUGCAGAAGAAGAGACAGUUCAGCUGGGCCAAUUUGAGGAACCCGAAAGACUUGAAGUUCAACAGGAAAUGGAGAAAGAAAAAUGGACACGAACCCCCAAAUCACAGAAAGAUGAGGAACCUGAGCAACCAAGUUCAGAUAAAAAGAAAAUAAGUAAAUUACCAAAAGCAGAUAAGCAGCAAGAAUCAGUUAAACUGAAACCAGCUGAAAAACUUGCGAAAUCAGAGGAAGAACCACAGAAAAUCAAGCUGAAAAAGGUGCCAACCAAGCCCAAAGAGCCUGAGAAGGACAUUAUAACUCAUAAAGUAGAGGUGAUGAGGCAUUAUGAUACAGAAUUGACAGUUCAUGCACUUCAUGACAGAGAUGAUCGAGAGGUAAUAACACUUGGAAGAACUGAACAGGUCUUCACUACAGAUGAAGCAGCAUCUGAACUGGACUAUACGGAGAAACCAGAAAGGCUGGAAGCAGAGGAUGAAAAAUCAAGAUGGGAAAGAACCCCUAAAGUGCCGAAAGAUGAAGAAUCUGAACCAGAUUUAUCUAAAAAGAAAAUUAAGAAACUACCAAAAGCAGAGGAGGAACAAGAAACAGUGAAACUGAAACCAUUUGAAAAACCUCAGAAACCAGAGGUAGCUGAGCCACCAAAAGAUAAGAAAGGAAGUGAGGCAAAGAAAGAUACUGAAGUAACACCGUUCCAGAGAAGUGAGAGACCACAGAGAGAUCAACCCACUGCUGCUGUUACACAACGAAAAGAUGAGCAUCCCCCUUCCACAAGUCCAGACACAGCCCCUGGUGUUGCUAAAGACCAGGAGGAGACUAAGCAGAAGAAGCCGGUUGAGAAAGUACCUAAAGAAGAGGAACCUACAGAUGCUGACAAGCUGCGGACCAAGGCUAAAAUCACUCCCACUCCAGAUAAAGAAAAGGAGCAGGUUGUAUUGAAGCCUUUCACCAAAGUCCCUAAAGCUGAAGAAAAGCCAGAAAGGGCACCUGAAGAAGAGAAAAAGAAGCCCGGGGACACAAAAGUACCCAGCCGAACUCCAAGAGAUGAAACUCCCAAAGAGCCCACAGCACAGGAGCUUAAGAGAGUUGAAAAGACCUCAACACCUGCGAAAGAGGCUGAGAAACCUCAGGAGAAAGAAGGGCCAGCUGUUCCUGCCAAAAAGCCCAGUCCUCCAGGAAAGAUAUCCCCAGUCAAGAAAGAAGCAACACCAGAGAAAGAGGCAGGAGAAAAAGACAAAGAAAUUUUACAAAAACCCACAGAGACCCCAAAGAAAGGUAUAGAACACAAAAAGACAUCUUCACCUAGAGUGGGUAAGGAACAGGAAAAAGAUGAAAUAGCUUUGAAGCCCGUAGAGCAGCUCAAGAAGGUUGAGCUAAAAAAGACCCCAUCACCUAAGGUGGAGAAGCCUAAAGAACCAGAGCCAUUUUCUGUUGAGAGGAAACCAAGUGCAGGAAAGAUGAAAAAGCUGCCUAGUGCACCUUCACCAAAAGACUCCAUUGAAGCUGUAACCCUCAAAAAGGUCCCGAAGAAGCCUUCACCAGAGGAGGAGAAGGCUGCAGAACCGGAGAAGCGGGGUAAAGGGAAGAUUCCCAUGGUAAAGGAGGUUUCUCCUGGAGCAGUGCAGAUGAGGAAGGUGCCCACCCAGCCUGAGGAGGAGGUGUAUGAAGAGGAGUUUGAGGGCCAAGUAGGUGAAGGAGAGGAAGAGGAAGAGGCCUGGGGUUGGGAGUUGGUUCCUCCAGAGGACUGGCAAGGUGAAGGAGAGGAUGGGGCAUUGGAGACUCCAGGCAUGCCUGGUGCCAAACGAGAUGGAAAACCAUCAGAAGAGCCACCUAAAGGCAGAGGCAGAGGACUUGGGGCAAGACAAACCCCGUCCCCUGGAGAGGGCAGGGGCAGGGGCCUGAGGCCUGGUGGAAAAGGCCCAUCGCCACCAGAGGAGCCCUUCGGGGGAUUCAAGCUCAAAGCUGUCCCUCUGAAGUUCAUCAAGAAGCUCCAAGACAUUGUCUUACAGGAGGCUGAGUCUAUCGGCUCAUCUGCUGUGUUUGAGUGUGAGGUUUCACCUUCUACCGCCAUCACUUCAUGGAUGAAGGACGGCAGCAACCUCCGUGAGGGCCCCAAACACAAAUUCACUGCUGAUGGCAAAGAUCGCAAACUGAAUAUUAUUGAUGUGCAGCUGUCUGACACCGGUGAAUACACUUGUGUGGCCAAGAAUGCUGGCAAGGAAAUAACAUGCACAGCCAAGCUUAUUGUUGAAGAGCUGCCUGUGAAAUGGAUCAAGGAACUAGAACCAGAAACAUCAUGUAUGAAAGGUCAACCCAUGUACCUGACCUGUGAGCUGAAUAAGGAGAGGGAUGUGGUCUGGAGGAAGAAUGGUGAGGUCCUGAAGACAAAGGCUGGCAAGGUGGCCAUCAAUAUCAUAGGGAUGCAGCACGCUGUGACCAUACAGAAUGCCACGGAUGACGACGCUGGUGUCUACACGUGUGAAGUGGCUAACCAGGAAGAUUGCAAGACUUCAACCAAUGUCAAAGUGAUUGAAAUCAUCAAAGAUUGGAUUGUGAAGCCACUGAGAGACCAGCAUGUAAAACCCAAGGCUAAGGCCACAUUCAAGUGUGAGCUCUUCAAGGACACACCCAACUGGAAGUGGUUCAAGGGAGAUGAUGAGAUUACUCCUUCUGAUAAGGUGGAGGUUGAUAAGGAUGGAAAGAACAUGACUCUCACCAUCAACAACUGUCAGCCUGAUGAUGUGGCAGAAUAUACCAUUGAAGUUGAGGAUCGCAGAUAUUCAGCCAAACUAACCCUUGGAGAGCGCGAGGCUGAGGUCCUAAAGCCGCUCUCCAGUUUGGAGGUGGUUGAGAAGGAGGAAGCCAACUUUGAUACUGAGAUUUCUGAGGACGAUGUGCCUGGAGAAUGGAAACUGAGGGGCCAGGUCCUUACAAGAUCCCCGACUUGUGACAUCAAGGCUGAGGGCAAGAAACGUUUCCUCACCAUAAAAAAUGUUCAGCUGGACCAGGCUGGUGAAGUGUCUUAUCAGGCUCUGAAUGCCGUCACCAGUGCUAUGCUGACAGUCAAAGAAAUCGAAAUGGGCUUCUCUGAGCCUCUGAAAGAUGUUUCCGUGCCUGAAAAGAAACAGGCUAAGUUUGAAUGCACCAUCACAAAGGAUGUGUCUAAGGUCAUGUGGUUGAGGGAGUCUGAGAUCAUCACCCCGGGACCUAAAUAUGAAAUUAUCGAUGAUGGAAAGAAACACAUGCUCAUCAUAAACACCUGUGAGUUUGAUGACGAGGCACAGUACACUAUUGAAGUCUUGGGCCAAAAAUCGACUGCACAGCUUUCAGUGGAAGGCAUGAGGCUCAAAUUUGUCCAACCGCUCCAGGACCAAACAAUAAAAGAAGGUAAUACGGUAAAAUUCGAGCUUGAGCUGACACACGAGAACGUCCCGGUGGUUUGGUACCGAAAUGAAGUUAAACUCCACGUGAGCAGAACAGUGCUCACCUAUGUUGAUGGAAAGAAACACACUCUAGAAAUGAGGACGUUGUCUCUAGAUGAUACAUGCCAGAUUAAGGCAGAAGCUAAAGGGAUUUACUCCAUGGCAAAACUGACGGUCAUAGAGGGCGAUGCGGUCUUCACUGUGAAGCUGCAGGAUUACACUGCCACAGAGAAAGACGAGGUCAUUCUGGACUGUGAACUUAGCAAGGAUGUGCCUGUUUUGUGGUAUCACAACGAGAUGGAGGUCACUGCCUCCAAGAUGAUUGUCAUGAGAGCCGAGGGCACUCGCAGAGCUCUGGUCCUCAGGAAAGUGGAGGAUAAAGAUAAAGGAAAAUAUGUAUGUGAUUGUGGAACAGACAAGACAUCAGCCAACCUCAAUAUUGAAGCUCGUGACAUCAAGGUGGUCCGCCCAAUGUAUGGCGUUGAGCUCUUUGAUGGAGAGACCGCUCGUUUCGAGGUGGAGAUCUCUGAGGAUGACGUGCACGGCCAGUGGAAACUCAAUGGCGAAGUUCUCAGCCCUUCUUCUGAUGUUGAUAUUAUCGAAGAGGGUGGCAAGCACACUCUGAUCCUGUACAACUGCAAAGUGGCCCAGACAGGCGAGGUGGCCUAUUCUGCCGCUAACGCCAAGUGUUCUGCUAAUCUGAAGGUCAAAGAGCUUCCACUUAACUUCUUAACGCCACUGAGUGAUGUACAAGUGUACGAGAAGGACGAGGCGAGGUUUGAGGUGGAGGUGUCCAGAGCCCCCAAGAGCUUCCGCUGGCUCAAGGGCUCUCAGGAACUAGCAAGCGACGACAAGUAUGAGCUUGUCCAGGAGGGAAACAUGUACACUCUGGUGAUCAAAUCAGCCGCGUAUGAAGAUGAAGCCAAGUACAUGUUUGAGGCUGAGGACAAGAGAACAGUCGGCAAGCUUGUCAUUCAAGGUAUCCGCCUUGAGUUUGUCAAGCCGAUCAAGGAUGUGACUGUGAAAGAACGUGAGACGGCGGAGUUCAGCAUUGAACUCUCACACGAGAAGAUCCAGGUGUCUUGGUACAAGAACGACGUGCGGCUGCACCCCAGCAAGGUGGUGCACAUGUCCGAUCAAGGAAAGAUCCACACCCUGGCCUUCAAGGAGGUCACCAUCGAUGACACAUCCAUGAUCAGAGUGGAGGCCAUGGACAAGGCCGUGACCGCUAUGCUCAACGUGAUUGAGGGAGACCUGUACUUCACCACCAAGCUGCAGAACUACACGGCUGUGGAGAAGGACGAGGUGACUCUGGUCUGCGAGCUCAGCAAGGCUGUCGCCGACGUCAAAUGGUUCAAGGAUGGAAAGGAGAUCACUCCCUCCAAGAAUAUCACUGUCCGAACAGACGGCAAGAAGCGCAUGCUGACCGUCAAGAAGGCGGAGAAAUCCAACAUCGGAGCGUACACCUGCGACUGCGGCUCCGACAAGACGACAGCGAACCUGAACAUUGAAGAGCGGGACAUUAAGGUUGUGCGUCCACUGUACAGCGUGGAGGUAACAGAAACAGAAACCGCUAAGUUUGAGACAGAGAUAUCCGAGGAGGACGUCCAUGGAAACUGGAAACUGAAAGGAGAGGCCCUGCACCAGUCUGCUGAUGUUGAGAUCAAGGAGGAGGGAACCAGACACAUGCUGAUCCUCUACAAUGUCCGUAUGGACAUGGCAGGAGCUGUGGACUUCUCAGCCGCGAACGCCAAAUCCAACGCCCAGCUCCGAGUGAAAGCCCGUAAAAUCAGCUUGUUCAAGCCUCUGAAGGACGUGACCGUGACCGCUGGGGAGACAGCCACCUUUGAAUGUGAGCUUUCAUAUGAAGGCAUUGUGGUGGAGUGGUUCCUGGGAGGGAAGAAGAUGGAAGCAAGCGACAGGGUGAAGACUCGUGCUGAGGGCAAAGUUCACGCUCUGACCAUCAGAGACGUCAAGCUCGCAGAGGCUGGGGAGGUGAAACUCACCGCCAAGGACUUCCAGAUCCAGGCUCAGCUCAUUGUCAGAGAGCCGCCAGUGGAGUUCACGAAGCCUCUGGAGGACCAGACGGUUGAGGAGGAGGCCACUGCUACCCUGGAGUGUGAAGUUUCCAGAGAAAAAGCCGAGGUCCGUUGGUUCAGAGACACAAAGGAGAUUCACAAGACGAAGAAGUACGACCUGAUCGUUGACGGCCGCAAGAGAGCGCUCAUCAUCCACGACUGCACGCUGGAUGAUGCAAAGACGUACACCUGCGACGCGCACGAGUUCAAGACCUCCUGCUUCCUGGACGUUACACCUCCUUACGUAGAGUUCUCCAAGCCUCUCCAUGACGUGGAGGUCGCAGAGAAGGAAUCCGCCAAGUUUGAGUGUGAAGUGUCCCGUGAGUCUGCCAAGGUACGCUGGUUCAAAGAUGGCAGUGAGAUCAGAAAGGGAAAGAAGUACGAGAUCAUUGCCAAGGGAGUCCAGCGUAUCCUCAUCGUGCACAAGUCAGUGUUCGAUGAUGAGGCUGAAUAUGAAUGUGACGCCAGGACCUCCAAGACUUCUGGCAUGCUGACUGUCAUUGAGGAAGCAGCUAGGUUCACGAAGAACCUGUCCAAUGUUGAAGGAACAGAGACAGACAGUGUUAAGAUGAUCUGUGAAGUGUCGAAGGCCAGUGCUGAGGUGACAUGGUACAGGGGCGAUGAAGAGCUGCCCGAGGGCGGCAGGUAUGAACAGAUCAUGGAUGGAAAGAAGAGGAUCCUCAUCAUCCAGGACCUGAGGAUGGAGGAUGCUGGAGAGUACAACUGCAGGCUGAGUCCCAGCGUCAAGACAUCAGCUACACUGAAGCUGAAUGAAUUGGCUGCUGAGUUCAUCGCCAGGCCUCAGAGCCAGGAGGUGGUGGAGGGCGAGAAGGCGGAGUUUGUCUGCUCCGUCUCCAAGGACACCUACGAGGUCAAAUGGUUCAGAGGUGACAAGGAAAUUGAGAUUGGAGACAAGUAUGCCAUUGUCAGUGAAGGAAAGAGAAGAGCACUUAUUGUGAAAAACUGUGAGCUCAAGGAUGAGGGAGGCUAUGUUGCCGUCAUUGGCAACGUUAAAGCCUCAGCCGAUUUGUAUGUGAUUGAGAAACUGAGGAUUGUCACACCCAUUAAAGAUACAGAGGUGAAGGAGGGAAGUGAGAUGGUGUUCAACUGUGAGGUGAACACAGAAGGAGCCAAGGCUAAGUGGUUGAAGAAUGAAGAGACCAUAUUUGAGAGUGGCAAGUACAUCAUGGUUCAGAGAGACAACGUCUUCUCUCUGAGGAUCAAGGAUGCCCAGAAGGGAGAUGAAGCAAACUACACCAUCAACCUUACCAACCACAGAGGAGAGCAUGCCAAGUGCACUGCGAGUGCUAAAGUCGCAGAGGAAAAGCUGAAGUUCCUGGAUCCCAUAGAGGAUGUUGAGACCCAGGAGAAGAAGACCAUCAGCUUCAUGUGCAAGGUCAACAGGCCUCAGGCCACUGUCAAGUGGAUGAAGGCCAGCGAGGAGGUCACCCUCAGCAAGCGCAUCAUCUACAGGGUGGACGGACUCAAACACACCCUGACCAUAAAGGACUGCGUCAUGGAUGACGAGGGAGAGUACACCGCCAUGGUUGGCGAUGACAAGUGCGCAGCUGAGCUGAUCAUCAGUGAGGCACCCACUGACUUCACCACACAGCUCAAAGACCAGACCAUCACUGAGUUCGAGGAUGCAGAGUUCACCUGUAAGCUGUCCAAGGAGAAGGCAGCUGUCAAAUGGUACAGAAAUGGACGUGAAAUCAGAGAAGGACCAAGAUACCACAUGGAAAAGGAUGGAAAGACAUGUAAACUAAUCAUCAAGGAGUGCAGACCUGAUGAUGAGUGUGAAUACGCCUGUGGUGUGGAUGAAAGGAGAUCUAGAGCCAGGCUCUUUGUUGAAGAGAUCCCAGUAGAGAUCAUCAGACCUCCACAGGAUGUGUUUGAACCUCCAGGCUCAGACGUUGUGUUUGAGGUGGAGCUCAACAAGGACAGAGUGGAAGUUAAGUGGAUGAGAAAUAACAUGAUAAUUGUCCAGGGAGACAAAUACCAGAUGAUCAGCGAGGGCAAAAUCCACAGGCUGCAGGUCUGUGAGAUCAGGCCUCGCGACCAGGGAGAGUACAGGAUCGUGGCCAAGGAGAAGGACGCCAGAGCGAAACUGGAACUGGCAGCUGUUCCAAAAAUCAAAACCACCGACCAGAACUUGGUGACCGAUGCCGGCAAGCCCUUCGUCAUGGCUGUGCCCUACGACGCCUACCCUCGUGCAGACGCCGAGUGGUUCUUUGACGGCAACAGUCUGCCCGUUCAGAACAUUGACACCUCCACUGACAAGACCGAGUACCGCCUGAAGAGCCCCACCAAGGAGGACCAGGGCAGGUACAAGGUGAUCAUCAAGAACAAACACGGAGAGGGAGAGGCUUUCAUCAACCUGGAUGUCAUUGACAUUCCUGGACCCGUCAAGAACCUCAGGGUGAUCGACACUGCUGACGGGGAGGUCAGCUUGGCCUGGGACGAGCCCGAAAGUGACGGAGGAAGCAAGAUUAUUGCCUACGUGGUUGAGAGACGUGACGUGAAGCGCAAGACCUGGACAAUGGCAACAGACCGUGCCGACAUUCCAGAGUAUUGUGUCAGUGGCCUCCAGAAAGAGUCCAUGUACUUGUUCAGAGUCUGUGCCCGUAACAGAGUUGGCAGCGGCCCCUCAGUCACCACUGAUGAGGCUGUGCAGGCCAAGAAUAAGUUUGAUGUGCCUGAUGCGCCAGAGAAUGUCAUGGUUGGUGUGGUGAACAGGUUUGGCGCUACCGUCACCUGGGAGCCUCCCAAAUUUGACGGUGGUUCUGAGAUCACCGCCUACAUCAUCGAGCUUCGUGAUAGGACCUCUGUGAAGUGGGAGGCAGCCAUGGUGUGCGGUGCCAACGACCGCUCUGCCACCUUGAACGAUGUGGUGGAGAACAAGGAAUACAUCUUCAGAGUCAGGGCUGAGAAUAAGGCCGGCAUCGGCAGACCCAGUGCUGCCACCGACCCCGUCAAGAUUAUGGAUCCCAUUGAGAGGCCAAGCCCUCCUCUAAACCUGAACUACAGUGAACAAACUAAGGCGGGAGUCACUCUCACCUGGGAGACACCUGCCAGCAACGGCGGCAGCAUGAUCACCGGCUACAUCAUCGAGAAGUGUGACGAGGGCAGUGACAAGUGGCUCCGAUGCAAUGCCAGACUCUGCCCGGACCUCUCCUACAGGGUGUCUGGCCUGAAGCCUGGGCAGAAGUACCUCUACAGAGUUUGUGCUGAGAACGCAGCUGGCGUCUCAGAUCCAGCUGAGCAGCUUGGACCCCUGCUGGCCGAUGACCCUCAUGUUGGUCCUACCUUGGACCUAAGUGCCUUCAGGAAUGGCCUGGAGGUCAUUGCUCCUCAGCCUCUCACCAUCCGAGUUCCCAUCACUGGAUACCCGACUCCCACCGCCAAGUGGAGCUUUGGAGACAAAGAGCUGACCACCGGAGAUGAACGUGUCUCCAUGGUGACCAAGCCCACUUACACCGAGCUGACCAUCGCCCCAAGUGUUCGUCCAGACAAGGGCACCUACACCCUGCACCUGGAGAACGAUGUCACCUCUGUCUUUGGAGAGAUUGAAGUCAAUGUCAUUGCAUCCCCAAGUGCUCCUAAGGACUUCAAGGUUGCUGAGGUGUCCAGACACCAUGUGCACCUGAUGUGGGAGGCUCCAGAGCACGAUGGAGGAAGUCCAGUCACGCACUACCAGAUCGAGAAGAGGGAAGUGUCCCGCAAGACCUGGGUCAAGGUGGCCACAAGUAUUCUGGACCUGGAGCACACAGUGACUGAUGUGAUUGAAGGAAAGGAGUACCUGUUCAGCGUCGCAGCCUGCAACAAGUGUGGACCUGGAGAGCCGGCCUACAUCGACGAGCCUGUCAACGUCUCUUCUCCUGCCACUAUUCCUGAUCCUCCUGAGAACCUGAAGUGGCGGGAUAAGAGCGGCAAGAGCAUCUUCCUGUCCUGGGAGCCACCCAAGUAUGAUGGUGGUUCCCACAUCAAGGGCUACGUGGUGGACAAGUGCCAACGUGGUACCGAUAAAUGGGAGCCCUGUGGAGACCCUAUCCCUGAGCUGAAGUUCCAGGUGACCGGUCUGAUUGAGGGCCAGUGGUACGCCUACAGGGUCAGAGCCUUGAACAAGCUCGGAGCCAGCCGACCCUGCAGGGCCACUGACGAGAUCCAGGCUGUUGAUGCCAAAGAGCCUCCAGAGAUCCAGCUGGACGUCAAGCUGCUGGCUGGUCUGACUGCCAGGGCUGGAACCAAGAUCGAGCUUCCUGCCGAUGUCAAAGGAAAGCCUGAUCCCAGGGUGAAGUGGACCAAGGCCGACUUGGUUCUGAGGGGAGAUGACCGCAUCACCAUCGACACCCAGCCGGGACACUCCAAGCUUUCCAUCGGCAACACAACUAGAGGAGACACUGCCACAUACAUUAUUGAGGCAGUCAACGUCUGCGGACGCGCUACUGCCACUAUCGAUGUCAACAUCCUUGAUAAACCCGGUCCUCCUGCUGCCUUCGACAUCUCUGAAAUCACAAAUGAGUCCUGCUUCCUGGCCUGGAACCCUCCCCGAGACGACGGAGGUUCUCCCAUCACCAACUACAUUGUCGAGAUGCGACAGACAGACAAAGAGGAGUGGGUGAAGCUGUCAGCCACGGUGAAACACACCACCUUCAAAGCCUGCAAGCUCACCCCUCUGAAAGAGUACAUCUUCAGGAUCAGUGCUGAGAACCAGUAUGGCAUCGGUGAACCCGCUGAGCAUGUGCCGAUCAUUGCCAAGUAUUCCUUCGAUCCUCCUGGUGCUCCAACCAGAGUGACACCCUCUGACAUUGCCAAGGACGCUGUUACUCUCACCUGGCUUGAGCCAGAUGAAGAUGGCGGCAGCCCCAUUACUGGAUACUGGAUCGAGAAAUUUGACCCAGAGAGCGACAAGUGGAUCAGAUGCAACAAGCUGCCCAUCAAGGACACUACCUUUAGAGUGAAAGGCUUACCCACCAAGAAGAAGUACCGCUUCCGUGUUCUGGCUGAGAAUUUGGCUGGACCUGGAAAACCCAGCGUGGAGACCGAUCCCAUCCUCAUCAAAGAUCCAAUUGAUCCACCAUGGGCUCCUGGCAAGCCUUUUGUCAAGGAAAUUGGCAAGACCACAGCUUUCCUGAUGUGGACCAGACCAGAGCAUGAUGGCGGAGCCAAGAUCGAGGGCUACAUCAUUGAGUUCCAGAAAACGGGAAGCGAGGAGUGGAUCCGCAUCGCUGAGGAUGUUCCUCAUACAGAGCACCAGCUGAAGGGUCUGGUGGAGAAGCAGGAGUAUUCCUUCAGGGUCAAGGCCGUCAACAAGGCCGGGGAGAGUGAACCCAGCGACCCAAGUGACCCCGUGGUCUGCAAAGAGAGACUAUAUCCUCCAUCAGCUCCUCAGUGGCUGGAGGUCGCUAACGUCACCAAGGUCAGCACUGACCUGAAGUGGCAGGCUCCCAGCAGCGACGGCGGCUCCCCCAUCACCAACUACGUGGUGGAGAAGAGGGACGUCAGGCGGAAGACCUGGCAGACGGUGGACACCACCAUCAAGGAGCUGAAGUACACCGUGAGCGCGCUCAACGAAGGCUCACUGUACGUGUUCCGCGUCGCCGCAGAGAACGCUGUGGGAAUGGGCGAGUUCUGCGAGCUGGAGGACGCUGUGCUGGCAAAGGACACUUUCACUACUCCUGGACCUCCUUAUGCCCUGACGGUGGUGGAGGUCACCAAGAGACAUGUGGAGCUUAAGUGGGAAGCACCCAAGAGCAACGGUGGAAGACCCAUCACCAAGUAUGUGAUAGAGAAGAAGGAGAAGCUGGGAACUCGCUGGCUGAAGUGUUGCAAGACCCCAGACAAGCAGACCCAGUUCAAGGUGACGGAUGUGGACGAGGGAACAGAGGUCCAAUUCCAGGUCCGGGCUGAGAACGAGGCCGGAGUCGGAGAUCCAAGUGAACCCACUGAGUUCAUGACUAUUGAAGAUGCCACCAGUGCUCCAUCUCCUCCUCAGGAGGUAGCCAUCCCGGAUGCCAGCAGGGAACACAUCAAUGUCACCUGGAAGCCUCCUGCAAAGGAUGGCGGCUGCCCCAUCACCGGCUACCACGUGGAGGUGGCUGAGGCCCGUCCUGAGCUGAAGUGGCUCAGGGUCAAUACCAGACCCAUCAAGGAGCUCAAGUUCAGGAUUGAUGACGGAAUCAAACCAGAGAAGAAGUACGUGAUCCGAGUCCGCGCCAUCAACUCCGUCGGUGUCAGUGAUCCGUCCGAGGUCUCCGACAAAGUCUUCACCAAGGAUCCCGACUGCGCCCCCACCAUGGAACUGGAGGCCCAGGAUGUGGUGGUGGUGGAAGGAGAGAAGCUACACCUGAACAUCCCGUACAGAGCCAUCCCCACGCCCAAGAUGGUGUGGCAGAAGGACACGGUGGAGUGUAAGGCGGACGACCGGCUCUCCAUGACUGUGGAGAUGAACAGUGCUCACCUGGAGCUGCUGAAGUGCACCCACGUCGAUGCCGGAGCCUACGUCAUCACCCUGGAGAACAGCCUAGGAACCGCCACCGGGACCAUCAACGUCAAAGUCAUCGGUCUUCCUGGUCAGUGUAAGGACAUCAGCUCCAGUGACGUCACUAAGAACUCUUGCAAGAUCAGCUGGGAAGCCCCGGAGAAUGAUGGAGGCACCCCCAUUGUCAGUUACACCCUGGAGCGCCGCGAGGCCUCCAAGAAAACCUACAUGCCCGUCAUGUUCGGUGAAAACGUCCUGACCUACGACGUGAAGGACCUCUACCUGAACUGCGAGUAUCACUUCCGGGUCAAGGCCGUUAACAAGGUUGGCGCUGGAGAAUACCUGGAGCUGCGCAACCCAGUCAUCACUGAGGAGAUCAAGCAGAAGCCAGACCCGCCCAUCCAAGUGGAGGCGCAUGACCCAACAUCCAAGUCCAUCACAGUCACAUGGAAAGCUCCCGACUACGACGGCGGCUGUCCCAUUCAGGGCUACGUCCUGGAGAAGAUUGAGAAGGAUGGAGACCGCUUUGAGAGGAUCAACCAGAACCUGGUGCCAGGUUUCUCUUUCGUGGUGACAGGCCUGAAGGAGGACAUGGAGUACCAGUUCAGAGUCAGAGCCGAGAACGCCGCCGGAGUCAGCGAGCCAUCCCGCAGCACACAGCCCAUUAAGGCUGCAGACCCUGUCGAAAAACCAAAGGUCACCCUCCAUGCCCGUGUGCAGUCUGGUCUGUGCAUUAAGAAGGGCGAGGAGAUCAGAAUCGACGCCUAUAUCUCGGGUUCACCUUACCCCAAGGUCACCUGGCUGAGGAACGAUGAGGAUGUGACCAAAGAGCCCACAAAGAAGAUCGUCCCUAUCGUCAGGAAGAAGAAGACCAAGGCCAAGCCAGAGGAGGAGUUUGUGACUCCCAUGCGUGAGCGCCUAGGUCUGGACCAGACUAAGAGGGGUGAGGCGGCGCUGAUGAUCCGAGACGCCGUUAGAGUGGACCACGGCACCUUCACCAUCCAGGUGGAGAACACCCACGGUGUCGCUACCGCUUCCUGUGUUGUGAAUGUCCUCGACAAGCCUGGCCCCCCGAUCAACUUCACCUUCGACGAGAUCAGGAACACCUCUGUGAUUUGCAACUGGGAGCCUCCCGAGGAUGACGGAGGCUCUGAGAUCCUGAACUACAUUCUGGAGAAGAAGGACAACAAGAACGACGAGAUUGGCUGGAUCACUGUUACCUCAACCCUGAAGGGCACCAGCUGCCCCGUCUCCAAGCUGAUUGAAGGAAAAGAGUACAUCUUCAGAGUCACCGCUGAGAACAAGUCCGGUUGUGGUCUUCCCUGCAUCUCUGAGCCGCUGGUUGCCAAGAACCAAUUUGAUCCUCCUGAUGCUCCCAACACGCCCAGAGUCCACGAGGUGACGGCGAGCACCGCCCACAUUUCCUGGCACGAGCCCAAGGACAACGGCAGCCCCAUCCUGGGCUACUGGAUCGAGAGGAAAGAGGUGAACAGCAAGCACUGGACCCGGGUGAACCGUGCACUGCUCAACUCCUUGGAGGUGAAGAUCACAGGCCUGAUGGAGGGACUCACCUACAUCUUCAGGGUGUGUGCUGAGAACCUGGCCGGGCCCGGACCUUUCAGUGACCCCACAGACCGCACCAUCGCCAUGGAUGCCAUCCUGCCCCCUGGCCCCCCAACUCCGUGGAUCGUGGACACUGGGAAGGAGUCAGUCAUCGUGGCCUGGACCCCCCCGCUCUACAACGGCGGAGGAGACAUCUUGGGCUACCAUGUUGAGAAGGUGUUGGCCGGAGAGAAGGACUGGACUCGCAGCACAGAGUUCAGGUGCAAGGAGCUCACCUACACGGUGACAGGACUGACGGAGGGAGCGGAUUAUUACAUCCGAGUCAUCGCCGUCAACGACGCCGGCCCCGGAGCUCCAGGCGUGACUGAGCCCGUCACCGUCAGGGAGCCGCAAGAGCCUCCUGCGGUGGACUUUGACGACUCGGUGAAGAACGGCGUGAUCAUCAAGGCCGGCGAGCCGCUGAGGCUUCCUGCUGUGGUGACCGGCCGACCGCAGCCGGAGGUCAAAUGGGCCAAAGAUGAAGCCGAACCUGACAAGGAAAGGAUGAUGAUCGAGACGGAGGGCAAGAACAGCGUUCUGUUCAUCAAGAAGGCUGUGAGGGCGGAUCACGGAAAGUACCAGAUCACUGGUACCAACACCAGCGGAACCAAGACAGCCGAGACCAGAGUGGACGUCAUGGACGUCCCUGGACCGGUGGUCGACCUGAAGACAGUGUUGGUGACCAAGAAGAACAUCACCCUGACCUGGAGCGACCCACUGGACAACGGUGGCAGUGACAUUAUCGGUUACGAGGUGCAGAGGAAGGAUGCCAAGAUGAAGCUGUUCCGCCAGCCCAUCGAGACGGCCUCCUGCAAGUGCGACAUCCAGGGCCUGCUGGCUGAGGAGGAGUACGACUUCAGGGUCAUCGCCCGGAACAAGUUCGGAGACGGAGCCCCGGCCGACCUGGGACCCAUCCUGGCUGUGGAUCCUAAAGGCACUCCCUCUGCCCCCGAGAAGCUCCACUACACCAGCAGAGGCAAGUCGACCAUCACGCUGGCCUGGCAGCCGCCCCGCAGCGACGGCGGCAGUCCCAUCAGAGGAUACUACGUGGAGAAGAUGAGAUCCGACAGCAACGAGUUCGACGUGGCCAACCGCAAGAUCUUCCCAGAGUGCUGCGGCACCAUCGAGAACCUGUCGGAGAACAUGGAGUAUGAGUUCCGCGUCAAGGCUGUGAAUGAGGUCGGCGAUGGAGAGCCUUCAAAGCCUAUCUCUGCCAAGAUCCAGGACGAUGAAAUUCCUCCAGCGAUCACGAUCCUGAAGUUCUUCAAGAGCAACGCCAUCAUCGUGAAGAAAGGUGAGGCCAUCGACAUCCCGGCGGAGGUGGUGGGUCUUCCCCUGCCGACGCUGCAGUGGAUGAAGGACGAUGCCGUGAUCGAAAAACCCGAUGAGGAGAAGAUGACGCUGGAGACCGAGGAGGUGAACAGAACCACACUGAGGACCAAAAUUGCCAUUCCUGAGACUGUCAGGCAGGAUAAGGGCAACUACAAGAUUCUGGCAGAGAACUGCUACGGAAAGGCGAAGCACGUUAUCAGGGUAGAGAUCCUCGACCGUCCCCUCCCGCCCAGGAACGUCGUGGUGUCCGACAUCAAGGCCGAGUCCUGCUACCUGACCUGGGACGCCCCCGAGGACAAUGGCGGCAGCGAGAUCACCAACUACAUUGUGGAGAGGAGAGACGCCAGCAAGAAGAAGUCUGACUUUGAGGUUCUGACCAUCAACCUGAUUGACAGAAGAUACGGGGUCUAUAAACUGAACCUCAACGGCACAUACCAGUUCAGAAUCAAGGCGGAGAACAAGUUCGGUGUCAGCGAUGGCUGUGACUCCGAGAAGGUCCAGCUGAGGGAUCCGUUUGGCCUCCCUGGACCCCCACGCAACCCCAAAAUCAUUGCCGCCACGGCGACAACCAUGACCCUGACCUGGGAGCCUCCUCUGGACAAUGGUGGCUCCACCAUCCAGGGCUACUGGCUGGAGAAGAGGGAGCGUGGUGCCGUGUACUGGGGCCGCGUCAACAGAGCACCAGUCACCAAGCCGGCGGUGAAGGGCCUGCAGUACACCGUGCUGAGGCUCAUCGAGGGAACCGAGUACCAGUUCAGAGUGGCGGCCUGCAACGCUGCCGGCAUCGGACCGCACAGCGAGGCCACCGAGUGCCGCUUCGCCGUGGACCCGUGCAACCCUCCCACCUCGCCCACCGACCUCGUGGUUAAAGACAAGACCAAGGACAGCGUCACCCUCAGCUGGACGCCGCCGGACAAAGAUGGCGGCAGCCCUAUCAAGGGUUACAUCAUCGAGGUUCAUGAGGAAGGCUCUCCUGAUUGGAGGAGGGUGAACCCUGCCGAUAAGCUCCACCCAUUGACCGAAUUCACAGUUCCCGACCUGAAGGAGGGGAAGAAAUGCAAGUUCAGGGUCUACGCUGUAAACAUGGCAGGAAACUCUGAGCCUGCCAAGACCGCCGACAUCCUGGUUCAGGACAUCCUGAUCGAGCCGACCGUCACUCUGGACGUCAGCGCUCAGGAUCUGAUGAACUGCAGAGCCGGCACCACCAUCAGGAUCCCUGCCACCAUCACGGGACGUCCCGUGCCCAAGGUCACCUGGACCUUCGACGGAACCGCCGAGACAGAGAAGAAGAACGACCUUCACACCUUACCUGUCGACUCAGAGAUCCACUCCACAGACAUAACCUCCGUGGUCACCAUCCCAGAGAGCAAGCUGAGCCACGCCGGCCGUUACAUCAUCAACGCCGAGAGCGCUGCCGGACACAAGGUGGUCAAAGUCAGAGUCAACGUGCUCGACCUGCCCGGACCUCCACGCGACCUUAAGGUCAGUGACGUCACCAGAGGAACCUGCAGGCUCACCUGGAAACCUCCUGAGAGUGACGGAGGAGAGCGAGUCAAGAGCUACUUCAUCGAGAAGAAGACGGUGGAGGGCAAAGCCUGGACCAAGGUGAACCCGGCCUGUGCGGCUCAGUCUCUGGUAGUUCCAGACCUGAUCGAUGGACAGGACUACCUGUUCCGCAUCCGGGCUGAGAACCGCUUCGGGUUCGGGCCAUACGCGGAGACGAUCGAGAGGACCCGGGCCAGAGAUCCCAUCCAUCCUCCUGAUCCUCCGACGAGGCUGAAGAUCCAGAGCGUGAGGAGGGGCACAGUGACUCUGACCUGGAAGGCGCCCAAGAAUGACGGCGGUGCCCCCGUCACGCACUACAGCGUGGACCUGCUCCGCUGGGAUGCCAGCGGCCAGCGGGAGGACUGGGCCAGGUGCAACAGGAGAGACAUCGAGACGACCACCUUCAAGGUGGAGGACCUGAAGGAGGGAGACGAAUACGAGUUCAGAGUGAGGGCCUUCAACGAGGCCGGGGGCAGCAGACCUUCCUCCACCGUGGGACCCCUCCUCAUCCAGGACCAGACCUGCGCUCCUUCCAUUGAGCUGAAGGAGUUCAUGGAGGUGGAGCAGGGCUCCGACAUCAACGUUGUGGCCACCAUCCGCGGCUGCCCGUUCCCCACCCUCACCUGGUACAAGGCUCCUCCUCACAAGCCUGACAACAAGGUGGAGGUUCAGUAUGAUGAGCACAUCAACAAGAUCGUGUCGGACGACAGCUGCACGCUGCUCAUCCAGCAGGGCAAGCGGCCGGACACCGGCCUCUACACACUGGUGGCCUCCAACAGCCUCGGCAAGGCCUCCAAGGAGAUGAGGCUCAAUGUGCUCGGCCGUCCUGGACCCCCAUCCGCUCCCAUUAAAUUUGAGGAGGUUGGGGCAGAGAAGAUCACCCUGUCCUGGCUGCCUCCGAAAGACGACGGCGGCUCCAAGGUCACCAACUACGUCAUCUGGAGGCGCGUGGCCAACAGGAAGACGUGGGUUCCCGUGACCAGUGAGCCCAAGGACAGGAUCUGGACCGUGGAGAACCUGAUGGAGGGGCACGAGUAUGUGUUCCGCAUCAUGGCCCAGAACAAGUACGGAGUUGGAGAGCCUCUGGACAGCGAGCCCGAGGUGGCCAGGAACCGCUACACUGUUCCUGGUCAGUGCGAGAAGCCAACCAUCUCCAACAUCACCAUGGACUCCAUGACAGUCAGCUGGGAGGAGCCUGAGGAUGACGGAGGCACCCCGAUCACUGGUUAUUGGCUGGAGCGUAAAGAGACCACGUCAAAGCGCUGGGCCCGUGUGACCCGCGACCCGAUCCGCCCCAUGGCGCUCGGAGAGUCCCACGUGGUGACCGGACUCAUCGAGGGCUCCCAGUAUCUGUUCAGAGUCAUAGCUAUCAAUGCCGCCGGACCUGGACCCGCCAGCGCUCCCACCGACCCCAUCUUCGCCAGAGACCCCAUCUCACCCCCUGCCCCUCCUACCCCGAAGGUGGCUGACUGGACCAAGUCCACUGUGGAUCUGGAGUGGAUCCCUCCUCUGAAGGACGGAGGCUCCAAGAUCAUGGGCUACUGGGUGGAGUACAAAGAGGAGGGCACUGAGGCCUGGGUGAAGGCCAAGGAGAAGGAGAUCAGAGGCACCAGGUUUGUGAUCACAGGCCUGAAGACCGGAGGACUGUACAGGUUCAGGGUGAUCGCCUUCAACGCCGCAGGGAACAGCGAGCCAGGCGAGGUGCCUGAGGCCCUCGAGGUCAAAGACAGAACCAUCGCCCCCGAGGUGGACCUGGACGCCUCGGUGAAGGAGAGGAUGGUGGUCCACGCCGGCGGAGUGAUCCGCAUCAUCGCCUACGUGUCUGGCCAGCCAGCGCCGGAGGUAAUCUGGAACCGUGACGGAGCGGCGCUGCCUCCCGAAGCCAAGGUGGAGACGACCACCAUCAGCUCGUCUCUGGUCAUCAAACCCUGCACCCGGAGGCACCAGGGCGUCUACUCGCUGACCGCCAAGAACGCCGCGGGGGAGAAGAAGAAAACCAUCACCAUCGAAGUUCUGGACGUCCCAGGCCCGGUCGGCAUUCCCUUGACGGCCGCCAACCUGACCAGUGAGUCCUGCAAACUGAACUGGUUCUACCCAGAGGACGACGGCGGCUCCGCCAUCACCAACUACGUCAUUGAGAAGCGUGAGGCCGAGCGCCACGCCUGGACCGCCGUGUCCUUCAGCGCCGGCAGACACAGUGCUGUGGCAACCGGCCUGGUGCUGGGCAAGUCCUACUUCUUCAGGGUGGCUGCUGAGAACGCCAUCGGGGUGGGACCCUUCAUCCAGACCGCUGCCGACAUCAUCAUCAAGGAACCCAUGACUGUGCCCGACCGUCCCGAGGAUCUGGAGGUCACUUCUGUCACCAAGGAUUAUAUCAGUGUUGCCUGGAAGCCGCCCAAGAACGACGGCGGUUCCGAGGUCACCAUGUACAUCCUGGAGGCUCGCAUGAUCGGCAAGGACAAGUUCACCAGACUGACUAAGGAGAAGCUGCUGGAGAGGAGGUACACCUAUGACGGCCUGCGGGACGGGGACACCUACGAGUUCAGGGUCCUGGCCGUCAAUGAGAUCGGGCCCAGCAAACCAUCCUUCUGCACCAAGCCCAUCACCUGCAAGGACGAGCUGGAGCCGCCGACCAUCGAGCUGGACUUCCGCGAUAAGAUUAUCAUCCGCGUGGGCGAGAGUUGCCUGCUGCAGGGCCGCUACACCGGCAAGCCUUCGCCCUCCAUCAUGUGGUACCGCGACGACGAGGAGCUGAAGGCCGACCAGCACAUCAUGUUCAAGAACACGCUGACCACCAUGUCGCUGGGCCUGAUGAAGGCCAAGCGCGAGCACAGCGGCAGAUACGUGGUGGUGGUGGAGAACAGCACUGGCUGCAGGAAGGGAGUCUGCAACCUGACCGUUGUCGACCGUCCCACUCCUCCCGUAGGCCCUGUGGUCUUCGAGGAGGUGCACAGGGAGUACAUGGUGAUCUCCUGGAAGCCUCCUCUGGACAACGGAGGAGUGGACAUCUCCAACUACAUCAUCGAGAAGAGAGACACCAACAGAGACAUGUGGACCACUGUCACGUCCGCCUCUACCAAGACCACCUGCAAGAUCCCCAAGCUGACCGAGGGCAGGGAGUACAUCAUGAGGAUUUCAGCGGAGAACAUGUACGGCAUCAGUGACCCUCUGGAAUCCGAGGAGAUGAGAGCCAAGGAUCUGUUCAGAGUCCCCGAGGCCCCGGAGAUGCCCACGGUCAGGGAGGUGUACGCCACCAAUGCCCUGGUGCUGUGGAACAGGCCUCGCGAUGGCGGCAAGCCUAUCACCAACUACAUCCUGGAGAAGAAGGAGCCGUCAGCCAAGAGGUGGUCCCGCGCCACCAGAGAGCCCCUGUACCCCGCCACCCAGUUCAGGGUGCAGGACCUGGUGGAGGGCUGCGAGUACGAGUUCAGGGUGAUGGCAGAGAAUGAGCUGGGAACUGGAGACCCCAGCGUUCCCUCCAAACCCAUCCUCGCCAAAGAUCCCAUUGUGCGUCCAAGCCCUCCGGUGACGCCUGAGGCCUACGACAAGACCAAGGACUCUGUCAGUCUGAAGUGGCAGAUGCCCCGUCAUGAUGGAAGGGGCAAGAUCUUCGGUUACCUGGUGGAGUACCAGAAGCCUGGCUCCGUGGAGUGGAUCCAGGCCAACGAAAAGCCAGAGGACUGCCCCGACCUGCACUAUGUGGUGACGGGCCUGACCGACGGACAGGAGUACUCCUUCAGGAUCUUCACUGUCAACGCUGCUGGCAAAUCUGACCCCGCCUACGUCAAGCAGAACAUCAAAGUUCAUGACAGACUGGAGGCACCAGAGCUGCUGCUGGACGCCAACAUGGCCCGGGAUCACCUGGCCAUGCUGGGCACCGACAUCACCCUGAGUGCCACCAUCAAAGGCAUGCCGGCUCCCACCGUCAGCUGGAAGAAGAACGACACUGACGUUCCGUCUCACACCACCAUCGCCGUCACUGCCGCUGGUAGCAAGCUCUUCAUCCCCAAGUGCGUCCGUGCCGACUCUGGAAACUACACCAUCACUGUGGAGAACGCCGCCGGAAAGAAAUCGGCCACGGUUGUCGUUCUUGUCCUGAACAAGCCGUCUCCUCCCAGAGAUCUGGUGAUCUCCGAGGUGACCAGUGAGUCCGCCUACCUCACCUGGAAGGUUCCCGAGGAUGACGGCGGUGCCGUCAUCUCUCAUUAUGUGGUGGAAAAGAAGGAUGUGGCCUCUGAUAAGUGGGUCCCCGUCUCCGCAGCCAAUAAGAAGCCAAGUCUGAUGGCCAUGUACCUGAUGGAAGGCAUCCAGUACCUGUUCAGAGUGGCUGCUGAAAACCAGUUUGGCAGGAGCGACUAUGUAGCAACAAAGACUCCCAUCAAGGCCCUUGAUCCUCUCUAUCCUCCCGGCCCACCCAAGAACCUGCACCACACUGACGCAGACAAGACAGAGGUGUGGCUGCAGUGGGAGUGGCCCGACCGCACUGGAGGAAGCGAGAUCACUGGCUUCAUUGUUGAGCACCAGGAAGAAGGCCAGACCGACUGGGUCACUUUCAAGACAGUCUCCAACAACCACUCCCAUGUCACUGGCCUGGUGGAGGGCAAGACCUACCGUUUCAGGGUCAAGGCUCAGAAUGCCAUUGGCGUGAGCCGACCCGACACCAGCGUUCCUGUUACCUGCCAGGAGAAGACAUUACCACCAACUAUCGAAGUUGAUGUGAAGCUUAUUGAGGGUCUUGUUCUCAAAGCCGGAAGCACUAUUGUCCUCCCAGCCAAGAUGAAAGGCAUCCCUGCUCCCACUGCCAAGUGGAUGAGCGACGGAAAGGAGAUUGCAUCUGAGGGCCGCUUUAAAAUUGAAUCUGAUGAAUCCUCCACCACCCUCAGUAUCCCUGAGUGUCUGAGAGGAGACACUGGAGAGUACAUCCUCACUGUAUCUAACCCAGCAGGCAGCAAGACUGUCGCCCUGCAUGUCACCGUACUUGAUGUUCCUGGUCCACCCAUUGGACCCAUCAACAUCUUGGAGGUCACCCCAGACCACAUGAUAGUCCAGUGGAGGGCACCUAAGGAUGAUGGUGGCACGCCUAUCACCAACUACGUAGUAGAGAAGAAGGAUGUGAAGAAGCCAUGGGAACCCUGGUCUGUCGUCAGCUCUGGCGGCAUUAGCACAACGGCCAAGGUGUCCAGGCUGGAGAAGGGUCGUGAGUAUAUUGUGCGUGUCCGCGCUGAGAACAAGAUUGGAAUUGGUGCUGGACUUGAGAGUCCACCCACUAUCGCCAAGCACAUGUUCAAUCCUCCUGGUCCACCAGGCCUGCCUGAGUGCUCUGACAUCACAGAAAAUGCUGUGACAGUAGAGUGGACUCUGCCUGAUUAUGAUGGCGGCAGCCCUAUCAGUGGCUAUGUGAUUGAGCGCAGAGAGAUGACUGGAAAGUGGAUUCGUGUCAAUAAGACCCCUGUGCUAGACCUCAGAUACAGAGUCUCAGGUCUCUUUGAGGGCAACACUUAUGAGUUCAGGGUAUUUGCUGAGAACAUUGCUGGCAUCAGUGAGCCUUCUCCCAUCUCUGAUCCCGUCAAGGCUUCUCGUGCCAUUACCAAACCUGGACCCCCUGGCAAUCCCAAGCUCAAGGACUGGAGCAAGUCCUAUGCUGACAUCUGCUGGACCAAGCCAACCAGAGAUGGAGGCAGCCCCAUCCUUGGAUAUGUGGUUGAGGCACAGAAGUCAGGCAGCGCCCAGUGGGAUAGGAUCAACAAGGACCUCAUCAAGAUGUGUGCUUACAGGGUGCCAGGCCUCAUUGAGGGGAUGGAGUACAGGUUCCGCAUUAGAGCAACUAACAAGGUUGGAGACAGCGAACCCAGGGAGCUAACAGAAACCAUCUUAGCCAAGGAUAUCCUGGUGCCCCCAGAGGUCGUUGUUGAUGUGUCAUGCCGCGACUCUCUGACAGUUAGAGCAGGUCAGAUCAUCAACUUGAUUUCCAGAGUAAAGGGAAGACCCGACCCAGAGAUCACAUGGACCAAGGAUGCCAGAGCCCUUGGCAGGGACAAGCGCACUGAGAUGAACAACAAUUACCCUAUAUGUGAGCUGGUCAUCUCUGACGCAGUUAGGUCAGACUAUGGUAAAUAUGCUAUCGUUGCCAAAAACAGCAGCGGACAGGCACAGGCCACGAUCAUUGUCAAUGUGCUUGACACCCCAGGGCCUUGCCAGAAUUUGAAGGUGGCCUAUGUAACCAAGAACUCCUGCAUGGUGUCCUGGGAGAACCCCGAGGACAAUGGAGGCACUGAGAUCACACAGUACAUCAUUGAGUGCCGACAGCCCAGCCAGAGAGGUUGGACUGUGGUCUCCAGUGACUGCACCAAGCGCCUGAUGAAGGCCCCUCUCACCGAGGGCUGUGAGUACUUCUUCCGUGUGAGUGCAGAGAAUAAGAUUGGUGCUGGUUCACCCACUGAGACCAAGACACCUGUGCUUGCUGUUGAUCCUAUUGAGAAGCCUGGUGAACCCAUUGACUUCCACAUCUCUGAGAUUGGCAAGACCUUCUGCUUCCUCAAGUGGAAGAAGCCUGACUAUGAUGGUGGUAGCCGUAACCUGGCAUACCAUGUUGAGAAGAAACCAAAGGAAGCUGAGGAGUGGGAGAGGCUGCACAAGGGUGCCAUAAAGGAGACUUACUUCAUGGCCGACAGGUGCAUUGAAAAUCAAAUCUACCAAUUUAGGGUUCAGACCAAAAACGAGGGAGGUGAGAGCAACUGGGUGACCACAGCUGAGGUCUUGGUUAAGGAGCAACUAGUGGUGCCAGAAAUUAAGAUCAAACUGGAUGGAACCCUCGUGGUCAAGGCUGGAGACUCCAUUCCCAUUGAGGCAACAAUCAAGGGCAAGCCCCAGCCUGAUGUCAAAUGGACAAAGGAUGAUAGCACAGAGGAGAUCAAGAAGAGCCCUAGGCUUCAGAUUGAAGCUGGUACUGAGUUUUCCAAGUUCCUUCUUACAGGUGCCAGGCGCACUGACAGUGGAAAAUAUGUUGUUACUGCCACUAACAAUGCAGGAACUUGCUCUGCUCAUGCUAAGGUCAGUGUACUGGACAGACCUGGUCCCAUCAGGGAUCUCAAGGUGUCUGGCAUCACCGUUGACAGGUGCCACCUAGCUUGGGAAGUCCCCGAGGAUGAUGGUGGCUGUGAGAUCUACAAUUACAUCAUUGAGAAAUGCGACACAAAGAGGGGAGUCUGGACUGUCCACUCCAAUGCGGUCAUCACCAACAAAGCUAAUGUCACCCGUCUUACUGAGGGCAACCAGUACAUCUUCAGAGUCCGUGCUGAGAAUAAGAUGGGCCCCGGCCCUGCAGUGCAGAGUGAAUCCAUUGUUGCUGGCACCCAGUUCAGUGUACCUGGGGCUCCUGAUGCACCAGAGGUGACCAAGAUUGCCAAGGAAGAGAUGACAGUGCAGUGGGCCGAGCCUGACAAAGACGGUGGAAAGCCAAUCACAGGUUACCUCCUAGAGAAGAGGGAGGAACACGCUGUUCGAUGGUCUCCUGUCAACAAGGAUCCAAUCCCCGGAACUCGCCUGACUGUUACCGGACUCCUGCCUCUUCAUGACUACCAGUACAGAGUCAAGGCUGUCAACGAAAUCGGCAUUGGCAGCGCAAGCAAGCCUUCGCGUGCCGUCACUGCCAAGGAUGCAGUUGAGCCUCCUGCACCUCCUACCAACAUGAAGGUUCUGGAUAGCACCAAGUCCACCAUCACCUUGGGUUGGACCAAGCCUGUAUCCGACGGUGGAGCUCCUCUAAUUGGCUAUGUGGUAGAGAUGAGGAUAAAGGGAACUGCUAAGAAGGGAGACGAGGGCUGGAAGAGGUGCAACGUAGCUGCCCAGCUGGUUGUGUGUGAGUUCACUGUCACCAGCCUGGACGAGAAGCUCGAGUAUGAGUUCAGAGUGUCGGCUCAGAACCAGGUGGGCAUGAGCCUGCCCUGUGACCUGGAGGGAGCUGUGAUGCCCAGGGAGAUUCUAGAGGCACCAGAAAUUGACCUGGAUGCCAACUUGAAGCAGGGCCUGACAGUGAGAGCUGGCUGCCCCAUCAGACUCUGCGCCACCAUCCGAGGCAGACCUCCACCCAAGGUCACGUGGAGGAGGAUGGGCAUAGACAACGUGGUCAGGAAGGGACAUGUGGACAUCAUCGACACCAUGACCUUCCUGGUCAUCCCAGACAGCACUCGCGAUGACUCUGGCAAAUACUCUCUGACCCUGCAGAGCGCUGCCGGGGAGAAGGCUGUGUUUGUCAACGUCAAGGUUCUGGACACUCCGGGGCCUGUGGUCAACAUUGAGGCUUCAGACAUCUCUCAGACAUCUGUCAAGCUGAACUGGUCCCCUCCAGAGAUCGACGGCGGCAGCGAGGUUACUCACUACAUUGUUGAGAAGCGUGAGAUUGACCGCAAGACGUGGGCGACUGUCAAGUCCGAGUUGGACAAGGAGAAGAUUCCCUUCAAGGUCACUGGUCUGAUGUCAGGCACCGAGUACUACUUCAGAAUCACGGCCGUCAACCAGUACGGUCCUGGAGUUCCCAGGGUGUCACCAACAUCCUACUUGGCAUCGGAUCCUGUCAGUAAGCCUGAUCCUUGUCAGAAGAUCGAGGUUCUGGAAAUCACUAAGAACAGCGCUGUUGUGGGCUGGGUAAAGCCCAUGAGGGAUGGAGGAGCCAAGAUUGACGGUUAUGUGAUUGAGUACAUCGAGGAGGAGGAGCCUGAGAAGGAGGUGUGGAACGCCUACACCACGGUGAAGGGCCUGUCCAUCUCUAUCAGCGGCCUGAAGGAGGGCAAGAGGUACAGGUUCAGAGUGGCAGCCAAGAACAUCAUGGGAUGCAGCUUGUUCACCGAGACCCGAGAUCCGGUCGAGAUCAAGGAGCAGAUGUUGGAGCCUAAGAUCGUCAUGCAAGAGACGGUGAGCGCCCGAGCCGGUGCCAAGCUCAGGGUCGAGGCGCUGGUCUCCGGGAAGCCGAUGCCCACCUGCCAGUGGAUGCGUGGCGAGAACAAAGUGGUGCCGUCCAGCCGCCUGGCUGUGCACAAGUCCGGCAACCUGUGUGUGCUCAUCAUCAAGGACGUGUCGAGGACGGACAGCGGCGAGUACAGCCUGGUGGCUGAGAACAGCUCCGCCAAGGUGGACCAGGCGCUGAAGAUCAUCAUCCUAGACAUUCCCGGUCCUCCUGAGGGUCCCGUGGAAAUCAGCGACAUCGACUCCGACGCCUGCUCACUGUCCUGGAACAAGCCGCUGGAGGACGGCGGCAGCAAGAUCACUAACUACGUGGUGGAGAAGUGCGACAUCAGCAGAGGCGACUGGGUCACAGCUGCCUCCUCCAGUGGAAAGACCAGCUGCCGGCUGGGAAAGCUCAUCCCCGGGAAGGAGUACGUGUUCCGCAUCCGUGCAGAGAACCGCUACGGCAUCUCCGACCCCAUCCAGUCGGACAGGAUGGUCGCCAAGUUCCCCUUUGAUGUGCCGGGCGAGCCGCUCAACUGCCGCAUCAACAAGACCAACAAGGACUGCAUGUUUGUGGCCUGGGACAAGCCGGAGAGCGACGGCGGCAGCCCCAUCACCGGCUACUACAUCGAGCGGAAAGAGAGGAACAGCCUGCUGUGGGUGAAGGCCAACGACACUGUGGUCCGCACCACCGAGUAUCCCUGCGCCGGUCUCAUCGAGGGCCUGGAGUACACCUUCAGAGUGUCUGCCAUCAACCGAGCCGGCCAGGGCAAACCCAGCAAGAAGACUGACUUUGUCACCGCCAGGACCCCCGUCGACACGCCGGGUAAACCGGACAUCCUGGACGUGACCAAGAACUCCGUCACGCUGGUUUGGACGCGUCCCAAGAACGACGGCGGCAGCAAGAUUGUCGGCUACUACGUGGAGGCCAUGAGGCUGCCAGGAGACACCUGGAUGCGCUGCAACACCAGCAGCCAGAACGUCCCACGGGAGGAGUACACAGUGACGGGCCUGGAGCGUGACCUACAGUACCAGUUCAGGGUCAUCGCCAAGACUGCCGUCAACAUGAGCAAACCUUCGGAGCCAACGGACCCCGUCCUGGUCUGCGCUGAGAACGUUCCUCCAAGAGUGGAGCUCAAUGCCAAGAUGCAGAAGGGUUUGACGGUGAAGGCCGGUGCCACAGUCCUGCUGGAGGCCGAGGUCUUUGGAAAGCCUAUGCCCAAGGUGACCUGGAAGAGAGGAGAUGACAGCCUGAAGUCUGCUGAGGGUCAGGUCAUCAGCCACCAGAGACACCAGUUCCAACUGGAGAUGAUGGGCGUCACCAAGGAGCACACAGGAACCUACACAGUCCACGCCGAGAACGCCAGUGGAUCCAAGACUGCAGACAUCGAGGUCAAGGUUCUGGAUGUCCCUGGUCCUCCUGCCAGCGCCAAAUGCGACGAGGUGUUCGCCACCAGCAUCAAGGUGGUGUGGGAGCCUCCACUGAACGACGGCGGCGGCCCCAUCAAGAGCUACAUCAUGGACAAGCGUGAGACCAGCAGAGCCAACUGGGCCCAGGUUUCCGCCAAGGUCAAGGGAGACGUCCACGAGUUCAAGGUGGAUAAGCUGAUCGAAGGUCAUGAGUACCAGUUCCGUGUCCGUGCUGAGAACAUGUGGGGUGUGGGAGACGCCAUCAUCACCAGCCCCGUCAUCGCCAAAAACCCAUUCACUGUCCCUGGCCCCUGCGAGGCCCCGCUGAUCACUGACGUGAAGAAGGACCGCAUGACCGUGAGCUGGAAGGAACCUGCGGACGAUGGCAAGUCCACCAUCCUGGGCUACCUGCUGGAGAGGAAGGAGACCAAGGAGAUGAACUGGACCAAGAUGAACAGGAAGCCCAUGAUGGAGAGGAGCUUGGACGCCACAGGCCUCACCGAGGGAACUGAGUACGAGUUCAGAGUGACUGCCGUCAACCUGGCUGGGCCUGGCAAAGCCAGUGAGCCUUCUGCUGCCACCUACGCACAGGACCCCAUCACUCCUCCCGGCCCCGUGCUGAACCCCAGUGUCACUGACACCACCAACAGCACCAUCAGCCUGACCUGGACCGCCCCCACCAACAAUGGAGGAAGCCCCAUCCUGGGAUACCUGGUGGAGUGCAAACGGACUGAUGCCACAGACUGGAUCCGCUGCAACGUGCCCAAGAACCUCCAGGACACAAACUACACCAUCCAGAACCUCAUCAACAAUUCUGAGUAUCAAUGCCGCAUCACCGCCGUCAACAAGGUCGGCUUCAGUGAGCCGUGCGAGGUUCCCGGCACACACAUGGCGAAGGACAUCAUUGUUGCUCCAGAGGCAGAGCUGAGUGCAGAGCUGAAGGACGUGCUGGAGCUGCGCGCAGGCUCCAUCAUGAGGCUGCAUGCCACCAUCAAGGGCCGCCCCUUUCCCAAGAUCACCUGGGCCAAGAUGAACACCAACAUCAAAGACCGCCAGGGCAUCAUCAUUAAGUCCAGUGACAAGGACACUCUGGUGGUGGUGGAGAGCGUCAACAGAUAUGAUGCGGGCAAGUACAUUCUCAACCUGGAGAGCAUCUCCGGCAUGAAGAUGUACACCAUCAUCGUCAAGGUUCUCGAUACCCCUGGUCCGCCAGUCAACUUGAUGGUAAAAGAGACAAGCAAGGACAGUGCCUCCAUCCUGUGGGACGCUCCUCUGAUCGACGGUGGCUAUGCAGUGACCCACUACAUCGUAGAGAAGCGUGAUGCUGAGAGGAAAGCUUGGUCCAUGGUGUCCAAUAACUGCCCCACGACGUCAUUCAAGGUGUCUGACCUGGAGGCUGGAAGGUCCUACUGCUUCAGAGUGUCUGCAGUCAACCAGCUAGGUGUUGGAGAGUCCUGUGAGACUGCUGACUCAGUCAGAGCUUCAGAGGAGCCUGGGCCUGUCAUGGACUUCAAGACCCUACUGGUUACAAAGGACUCCUGCACCCUGAGCUGGAAGAAACCCCUCACCGAUGGUGGUAGCCGCAUCAUCUGCUACGUGCUGGAGGUCCUCAAUGGUGAAGACAAGUACAAAGAGCUAAUGAGGUCCAAGAACAUGCAGUACAGUGCCAAGGACCUGGUGGAAGGAAGAGAGUACAAGUACAGAGUCAAGGCUGUCAACGAUACAGGAGAUGGUCCCGUUAAGGAGCUCACAGUGGUGGCCAAGGACCAGAUCAUUCUUCCUAGCUGUGACCUGCGGGAGCUACCCAACAUGUGCUACAUUGCCAAGGAAGGCAGCACAGUACGCCUGAAGAUUCCCAUCAUCGGCAAGCCUACCCCCAAAGUCUCCUGGAAGAAGGGAGAGGAUGAGGACCUGACGGACACCGGCCGGGUCUGUGCUGAAUCGUCUGCUGUCAACACCACCUUGUUGAUCAGGGACUGCCAGAGGAGUGAUGCAUCCAAAUACACCAUCACACUGAGGAACAGUGCUGGAAGCAAGGAGUCCACCAUCUUCAUCAGGGUGGUGGGCAAACCUGGUAUCCCUGUUCAGCCCAUCAAGUUCAAGGAUGUGACUGCUGAUGGUGCUACACUGAAGUGGGGUGCUCCCAAGGAUGAUGGUGGCUCAGAGAUCACCAACUACAUCCUGGAGAAGAGGGACUCCAUCACCAACAUGUGGGUGACUGUCUCCUCUGCUGUGGAGACCAACACCAUGAGGGUGACUGGUCUCCACGAGGGAACAGAGUACAUCUUCAGAGUCUGUGCCGAGAACAAGUAUGGCAUUGGAGAAGGCCUCAAGUCUGAGCCCAUCGUUGCCAAACAUCCAUUCAACGUUCCUGAUGCCCCUCCUCCACCUCAGAUAAUAAGCAUGCGUCAUGACUCCGCCUACCUAGCCUGGAAUGACCCCAGGAAGACUGGAGGAUCUCCCAUCACAGGGUACCAUGUUGAAUUUAAGGAGAGGAACAGUAUGUUGUGGAAGAGGUCAAAUCAGGCUGCCCUGAGGAUGAAGGAGCACAAGGUGACUGGGCUGACUGAGGGCCUGGAGUAUGAGUUCAGGGUCUUGGCCAUUAACCUGGCUGGUAUUGGCAGACCAAGCGCUCCCACUGACUCCCAUGUUGCUCUGGAUCCCAUUGAUGCCCCUGGUAAGCCAGAUGUAAUCAGCAUCACCAGGAGCACCGUGACCCUCCACUGGACUGAGCCACAGUUCGACGGCGGUCACAGGCUGACGGGCUAUAUCGUUGAGAGGCGUGACCUACCUUCAAAGAUCUGGGUGAAAGCCAACAAUGUCAACGUUGUGGAGCCUGCAUUCACUGUAAAGGAUCUGCAGGAGGGCUGCAAAUAUGAGUUCAGAGUCAGGGCCAAGAAUGCUGCUGGCGCUCUCAGCCCACCCUCCGAACAGACUGACACUCUAAUCUGUAGAGAUGAAUACCAGGCACCAGUCAUCAUCAUUGACUCUCAAGUGAAGGAGGGUCUGACAGUCCGGGCUGGUGAUACAAUUGUCAUCACUGCCACUAGUAUUCUGGGCAAACCUGCUCCAACAUCAUGCUGGUCUAAGGGAGGAAAGUAUUUCAAGCCCUCUGACAUUGUUCAGAUUGAAUCCACUGCUACUUCAUCCACACUGUCCAUCAAAUAUGCUAGUAGGAAGGACUCAGGGGAGUACACCAUCACUGCCAGCAACCCCUUCGGUGUGAAGGAGGAAAAUGUCAAGGUGAAGGUCCUGGAUGUUCCUGGCAUUCCUGGUCCCAUUGAGUGUAGUGGUGUUUCCUCUGAAAAGGUCACCUUGACCUGGACAGCUCCCACUGAGGAUGGAGGCUCUCCUAUCAAGUACUACACCCUGGAAAAGAGGGAAACCAGCCGGCUGCUCUGGACUCUCCUGGAAGAGAGGGUGAUGGACUGUCAUUACGUGGCUAACAAGCUCAUCCAGGGCAAUGAGUACAUCUUCAGAGUCUCAGCUGUCAACCACUACGGUGCCAGUGAGGCAUCUCACUCUGAGCCUGUCAAGAUGGUUGACAGAUUUGGUCCCCCUGGCCCACCAUCCAAACCAGAGGUUGAUAAUGUCAGUGGACAUUCAGCUACUGUGACUUGGAAGAGACCAGCUGAGGAUGGAGGAAGUGACAUCAUAGGUUACUGUGUUGAAAAGAAAGAGAAGAAAGCCAUGAGAUGGGUCAGGGCAUCUAAGAAGUCCAUUGUUGAGCUCAGCUAUGAAGUUAAGGGUCUCACUGAGGGCAUCGAAUACGAGUUCCGCGUUCUUGCUGAGAACAGAGCCGGCUUUGGAGAGCCAAGUGAACCAUCUAUGCCUGUUACAACUAAAGUUGUUGCCUAUGUGCCAGGACCUCCGGUUAACCCAAGAGUUACAGACACAACCAAAACCACUGCCACUCUGAACUGGGGCAAACCCCUUGAGGAUGGUGGACUUCCAGUCACUGGAUAUGUGAUUGAGCACCAGAAGGACGGAACAGAGGAAUGGGUUAAGGACACCCCAUCCUCUCCACUUAGGAUCACAGAGUUUGUUGUACCUGAGCUGGAAACUGGAGCAAAAUACCACUUCAGAAUCAGUGCUGUGAAUGCUGUGGGUGUGGGUGAAGCUGCUCAGACUCAGGAACUGGUUGAGAUUGUGGAACGUGCAGCAGAGCCUGAUCUGGAGCUUGAUGUUGAGUUGAGAAGAACUCUGGUUGUCAGGGCUGGCUGUUCCAUUCGCCUCUUUGUGCCAAUCAAGGGGCGCCCUACUCCUACAGUCACCUGGACCAAGGAAGGUGGUCCUGUCCCGCGGGCCGUCAUUGACAGCACUGAGUCAUUCACUAUGCUGAUCAUCCCUGACAGUUCAAGAAUUGAUGCAGGCAAAUAUGAGUUGACCCUUGAAAACUCAGCUGGAAAGAAGAGUGCCUCUAUUAAUGUGAGAGUUUUGGAUACACCUGGACCUCCACUUAAUCUGAAGCCAGUGAAGAUCGACAAGGAGAGCAUCACUCUUAAGUGGGAGAUGCCUCUCAUUGAUGGUGGAGCCAAGAUCACAAACUAUGUUAUUGAGAAGAGAGAAUCAACACGGAAAGCUUAUGCAACCAUUAUUACAAAUUGCCCAACCACUUCUGUCAGGAUUCCUGAGCUGGGUGAGGGCUGUGAAUACUACUUCAGGGUGUCUGCUGAGAAUGAGUAUGGCAUUGGUGAGGCAGUUGAGACAACUGAUCCAAUUCGUGCAUCCCAGACACCUACUGCUCCAGAGAGUAUCAUUCCCACUGACAUCACCAAAAACUCUGUAAGUCUAGCAUGGACCAAACCUAAGCAUGAUGGUGGAAGUAGAAUUACUGGAUAUGUUCUAGAAGCCCAGAAGAAGGGAACUGAUCAGUGGGCUCAUGUAACCACAGUCAAGACCAUGGACUUCACAGUGAAGAAUCUCAAUGAGAAUGAAGAAUAUAUCUUCCGUGUAAUGGCUGUCAACCAUUCUGGCAGGAGUGCUCCUCGUGAAAGCAAGCCCAUUGUUGUCAAGGAUUCCACUUCCCUGCCAGAGUUUGACCUGCGUGGUGUGUGCCAGAAGACUGUCAUUGCCAAGGCAGGAGAUGACAUCAAGGUUGAGAUUCCCAUCAUGGGACGUCCUAGGCCAACUGUCUCUUGGCAGAAGGAUGGCGGAGCCCUGAAACUUACUCAGAGAACCAAUGUGGAGAGCACUGCUGCAACUGUUAUCCUCACCAUCAAUGAAUGCAUCAGAGCUGACAGUGGCGUAUACACUAUGACAGGAAAGAACAUCAUCGGCUCGGUGUCAGACAACAUCAUCGUCAAAGUACAUGAUGUUCCUGGGCCACCCAAGGGACCAGUUAAGAUUGUGGAGAUAUCUCGAACCUAUUGCAUCUUUGCAUGGGACCCUCCUGAGAAUGAUGGAGGUGUUCCCAUCAACAACUAUGUAAUUGAGAUCAGAGACACUACUACCCAGACAUGGACUGAGCUAUCCUGCACUAUCAUUCGUACCAUGUUCAAAGCCAUACGUCUGACUACUGGAUCAGAAUACCAGUUCAGAGUGAAGGCUAAGAACAGAUAUGGCGUUGGACCUCCCAUCACCUCAGAGUCAGUGGUUGCUGCUUAUCCAUUCAAGGUUCCUGGACCUCCUGGUACUCCUAAGGUUGUUGCCUUUACCAAGGACACAAUGACAAUUGGUUGGAAUGAGCCUGUGUCUGAUGGUGGAAACGAGGUUAUUGGAUAUCAUGUUGAAAGAAAAGAGAGAAGCAGUAUCAUGUGGCAGAGGGUCAGUAAAGCAUUAGUGAAAGGAAACAUUUUCAAAUCCACAGGGCUUGAAGAUGGAGGUGCCUAUGAGUUCCGUGUCAUGGCUGAAAACAUGGCUGGAAUUGGUAAGCCAAGCAAAGCCUCAGAGCCAGUGCUGGCCUUGGACCCUGUAGACCCACCGGGUCAGCCUGUUCCCAUUUAUGUCAACAAGAACUCCAUCACCAUUCAGUGGACAAAGCCUGAAUAUGAUGGUGGCUUUAAGAUCACUGGCUACACAGUGGAGAAGAGAGACCUGCCUGCUGGUCGCUGGAUCAGAGCCAACUUUACCAACAUCAUUGAGACAACAUUUACUGUCAGUGGAUUAACUCAGGAUGCCUCCUAUGAGUUCCGUGUCAUAGCCAGAAAUUCAGCUGGUGCAAUCAGCAUGCCGUCUGAGCCUUCAGAUCCAAUUAUCUGCAAAGAUGACAUUAUUGAGCCACGUAUUAUGGUUGAUGCCAUCUUUAAGGAUGUUGUCCUUCUGAAAGCAGGGGAAACCUUCAAGCUUGAUGCUGACAUUGCUGGUCAACCAAUCCCAUCCAUGGUUUGGACCAAGAAUGGAAAAGAGAUUGAGAACACAAUGAAACUUGAGGUUAGGUUCACUGAACUUACAACUACUCUGAUUAACAAGGACUCUGUCAGAACAGAUGGAGGAGAAUUUGUUCUGACUGCUACUAAUGUUGGUGGAUUUGCUAAGCACAUCUUUAAUGUUAGAGUGCUGGACAGGCCUGGACCACCAAGCGGACCUCUGAAGGUGUCUGAGGUCACAGCUGACAACUGUGUACUAACGUGGGCUCCACCUGCUGAUGAUGGCGGUGCCAAGAUUGAAGGAUAUGUGAUUGAGAAGCGUGAAUCAAGCAGGUUGGCAUGGACCAACGUUGCUUCAGACCUGCAAGGCAUGCAAUACAAGGUGACUAAGCUUCUCAAAGGAAAUGAAUACAUCUUCAGAGUGAUGGCAGUAAACAAAUAUGGACUUGGUGAGCCUCUUGAUUCAGAGCCCACUAUUGCAGACAACCCAUACGUGGUUCCAGAUCCUCCACAGAAUCCUGAAGUGACAGCUAUCACUAAGGACUCAAUGUUUAUUAUGUGGCAAGCACCUAAGAGUGAUGGAGGCAGCCCCAUCACUAGCUACAACAUUGAAAGAAAAGACAGAAUUGGCCUCCGCUGGGUGAAGUGCAACAAGAGGAAGGUUAAAGAUCUACAGUUCAAAGCAACAGGUCUUGUUGUGGGGCAUGAAUAUGAAUUCAGAGUAAUUGCUGAGAAUGCUGCUGGAUUGAGUGCACCAAGUGCCCCAAGUCCAUUCUAUAAGGCAACAGAUACACUGUAUCAACCAGGACCUCCAUGCAACCCCAGAAUCCUGGACACAACCAAGUCCUCGAUUACUGUCGCCUGGAACAAACCUGUAUAUGAUGGUGGCUCUGACAUCACUGGCUACAUUGUGGAAACCUGCAUCCCAUCUGAAAAGGAGGAAGGGGAGGAAUGGACCAUUGUGACACCUAAAGAGGGACUCCUUGCCACCUCAUUCACCAUUAUAAACCUUAAGGAAAACCAGGAGUACAAGAUUAACAUCUCUGCUGUCAACAGUGAAGGAAUUGGAGAGGCAGCAUCUGUGCCUGGGAACCCUAAGGCUGAGGACAGACUCCUCCCACCUGAAAUUGACUUGGAUGCUGAGCUCCGAAAGGUUGUCAGCCUUAGAGCCUGCUGCUCACUUAGACUGUUUGUACCCAUCAGAGGCAGACCAGCACCUCAGGCAAAAUGGACUAAAGAGGAUGGUGAGCCUAUUGAGAGAGCAACCAUUGAGAGCACAACGUCAUUCACAUCACUUGUAAUUGAAAAUGUCAACAGAUUUGACAGUGGAAAGUACAACCUCACAGUUGAGAACAGCUCUGGAUCUAAGGCAGUUACUGUCCAGGUCAAGGUGCUUGAUACACCAAGUGCCCCGCAGAAUCUGAAGAUUAGUGCUGUCACAAAGGAAUCUGUCACUCUUAUCUGGGAUCCUCCAGUAAAUGAUGGUGGCGUUAAGAUUAAGAACUACAUUGUUGAAAAACGGGAGUCUACAAGGAAAGCAUAUGCCACUGUCAAUGCUAACUGCCAUCAUACCACCUUCACAGUUGAUCAGCUUCAGGAAGGAUGCAACUAUUACUUCAGAGUUCUGGCUGAGAAUGAAUAUGGCAUUGGCCUGCCUAUUGAGACAGGAGAAUCAGUCAAGGUUUCUGAGAAACCACAACCACCAGGCAAAAUUACUCUGAAAGAUGUUACCAAAAACAGUGUCACUCUGUCCUGGGAGAAACCAGAACAUGAUGGAGGCAGCAGAGUGGGCUGUUAUGUUGUUGAGAUCCAGCCCAAGGGUGUUGAAAAGUGGAGCCAGGCUCUAAUUGUGAAAGAAACAGAAGCUACUGUAAGUGGACUCAAUGCAGGUGAAGAAUACAUGUUCCGUGUAUCAGCAAGAAAUGAGAAGGGAACCAGUGACCCACGACAAAUUGGUGUACCUGUGAUUGUCAAGGACCUUGUGAUUGCUCCAGCUGCCAAGCUGCUGUUUAACACAUUCAGUGUGCUGGCAGGAGAGGACCUGACAGUGGAAGUUCCAUACAUUGCACGUCCUAAAGCAGCUGUCUCCUGGGUGAAAGAUGGUCAGCCUUUGAAGAGAACUACGAGAGUGAACUUUGGUGCCACAGACAAAAUGCUGAACCUUACUAUUAAAGAGGCUGCUAAAGACGAUGUUGGCCACUAUCUUAUCACUCUCAGCAACACAGCAGGAGAGACUACAGCAGACAUUGGCAUUGUUGUUCUUGACAAACCAGGUCAGCCAGGUGGUCCAGUUAAGGUGGAGCAGGUCACUGCUGAUAGUGUAACCAUUUCCUGGAACCCACCAGAGUAUGAUGGUGGUUGCACCAUCAACAACUAUAUUGUAGAGAAGAGAGACACAUCUGCCACUAACUGGAUGGUUGUAUCUCCUAACCUAGCCAGGACCAAGACCAAGAUAGGCAGGCUCAAGACCGGCUCUGAGUAUCAGUUUAGAAUCACAGCAGAAAACCGUUACGGAAAAGGUCCAGUUUUGGUCUCUGAGUGUGUUGUUGCUCAAUACCCAUACAAACUCCCAGGACCUCCAGGAACACCCUCAAUUGCAGCCUCCACCAAAGACAGCAUGGUGGUGGUAUGGAAUGAGCCUGUGAAUGAUGGUGGAAGCACUAUUCUGGGCUAUCAUCUUGAACGCAAAGAGAGGAAUAGCAUACUGUGGAUUAAACUUAACAAGUCUCUCAUCACUGACCAAACCUUCAAGACUACUGGCCUAGAACCAGGAAUGGAAUAUGAAUACAGAGUUUAUGCUGAAAACAUUGUUGGAAUAGGCAAGGUGAGCAAAGUGUCUGAGGGUCACAUUGCUAGAGAUCCUUGUGAUCCCCCUGGCACUCCUGAGGCCACCAAGAUUACAAAAGACUCUGUGACUAUUGUCUGGACCAAGCCUGAGUAUGAUGGUGGUGCAAAGGUCACAGGAUAUGUUGUGGAGAAGAAGGAGCUGCCUGAGGGUCGCUGGUUGAAGGCUAACUUCACUAAUGUCAUUGAGACAGAAUAUGUCGCCACAGGGCUUGUGGAGAACCAGCAGUAUGAGUUUAGAGUCAUUGCCAGAAAUGCUGCUGGUGUUUUCAGUGGUCCUUCUUACAGCACUGGGCCCAUCACUGCCAAAGAUGAGAUUGAGCCACCACGCAUUAGCAUUGACCCAGAAUACACACAGACUAUUGUAAUCAAUGCUGGAGACAGCUUUAAGAUUGAUGCAGAUGUCCAUGGUAAACCAUUGCCCUCUAUUCACUGGAUGAAAGGAGAGCAAGAAUUGGGUAACACAAUUCAUAGAGAGAUUAAGAACACAAGCACACAAGCAUGUAUCACUGUGAAGGAGGCUAAACUUGUUGAUGGAGGCCAGUACACUCUACUGCUGAAGAAUCCAGGUGGAGAGAAGGCUGUACAGAUUAAUGUGGUUGUUCUAGACAAACCUGGAGAACCACAAGGCCCUCUGGUUGUCACAGGCAUUACUAAAGAUAGAUGCUGUCUUGCUUGGAAACCACCACUGCAAGAUGGUGGCAGCAAGAUUUCACACUAUAUUGUGGAGAGGAGAGAGACAAGCAGAUUGAUCUGGACUGUUAUUGAUCCCAAAGUGGAGAAUAUCUGUCUGAAGGUUUCUAAGCUCCUGGAGGGAAAUGAGUACAUCUUCAAAGUCCAUGCUGUCAACCAGUUUGGUGUGGGUGCACCAAUUGAGUCUGCUGCUGUCAUAAUCAAAGAUCCAUAUGUACCACCUGAAUCACCAAAAGGGUUGGAGGUAUCAAAUAUAAAGAAGGAUUCAAUGGUGCUCACCUGGGAAGCUCCCACUGAAGAUGGAGGCAGUCCUAUCACUGGAUAUAUCAUUGAGAAGCAUGAUAAGGAGGGUGUGAGGUGGACCAGAUGCAACAUGAAGACAGUCACUGACUUAACUUUCAAGGUUGCUGGACUUCUGGAAAGCCAUUGUUAUGAAUUCAGAGUUGCAGCUGAAAAUGUCGCAGGAGUUGGUGAGCCAAGCUCCCCAACCGUGUACUACAAAGCUCUUGAUCCCAUAUUUAGGCCUGGCCCACCACACAACCCUAAAGUUACUGACACAACCAAAUCAACAGUAUUCCUGUCAUGGGGUAAGCCCAUCUAUGAUGGUGGCUGUGAGAUUCAGGGAUACAUUGUUGAGUGCUGCACAACUACAGUGUCAGAAUGGAUAAUGUGCACACCACCAGCAGGCAUCAAGAAAACCAAAUUUGAAGUUGUAAACCUGAAGGAAAAUCAGGCAUACAAGUUUAGAGUCUGUGCCAUUAACAAGGUUGGAGUUGGCGAGCAUGCUGAUGUCUCUGGAGCCAUUGUUGCCCAAGACAGGACAGAGGAACCAGACCUUGACAUUGACCCAGAGCUGCGGAAGAUUGUGACUAUUAAGGCUGGAGCCUCUCUGAGACUGUUCAUUCCCAUCAGAGGAAGGCCCACUCCUAGCAUCAAGUGGGACAAAGAUGAAGCUGUACUCAAAGAGACUGCUCAGGUUGAGGUGACCAGCAGCUACACCUCUCUUGUAAUUGACAAGAUGAGCAGACAUGACAGUGGAAAAUACACAGUCACUGCAGAGAACUCCAGUGGAACUAAGUCUGCUUUUGUUGUUGUUCGUGUUCUUGACACACCAAGUGCUCCAGUCAACCUGAAGGUCACAGAAGUAACAAACCACUCCGUGACACUGGCAUGGGAAGCUCCUCAGUUAGAUGGUGGAUCCAAGAUCAAAAACUACAUUGUUGAAAAGAGAGAAAGCACACGUAAAACUUAUGCAGCUGUGGUAACAAAUUGCCAUGCACUUUCAUGGAAGAUUGAGCCACUUCAGGAGGGCUGCAGUUAUUACUUCAGAGUCCUUGCUGAAAAUACACAUGGUGUGGGCAUACCUGCUGCAACUGUUGAUCCUCUAAAGGUAUCAGAGGUGCCUCAGUGCCCAAAGAGCUUGAUUGUUACAGACCAAACCAAAUCCAGUAUCUCUUUGGCCUGGGAGAAGCCUGAGUAUGAUGGUGGUAGCAGAGUCAUUCAGUACCUUCUUGAGGUGCAGCUUAAGGGCCAGGAAAAGUGGUCUGGUGUUAACACGUUCAAGACAAUGGAGGCCACUGUUUCCAAUCUGAACCAGGGAGAAGAGUAUUUGUUCAGAGUCACAGCCAUAAAUGAUAAAGGAAAGAGUGACCCCAGAGUCCUUGCUAGUCCAGUGAUGGCCAAGGACUUGGUCUUUGAGCCAGAAAUUAGACCUACAUUCAGCAACUACAGUGUCAACGUGGGAAAAGAUCUGAAUGUUGACAUCCCCAUCUUUGGACGUCCUAAACCAACAAUCUCAUGGACUAAAGAUGGCGCUCCUCUGAAGUUUACUACCAGAGUCAACAUUAUUAACACACCGACACAUACAACACUGAGCAUUAAGGAGGCAGCAGGUGAUGAUGGUGGCAUGUACUGUAUAAGUGCAACUAACUCAUCUGGAAAGAAGGAUGCCACAGUUGAAAUUGUUGUUCUUGAUAAGCCUGGCCCUCCAUCAGGCCCAGUCAGGUUUGAUGAAAUCACAACAAGAAGUGUGACUAUUUCAUGGGACCCACCAAAACACAAUGGUGGUUGCCAGAUCUCUAACUACAUUGUGCAGAAGAGAGAUACUACUACCACAACAUGGGAGAAUGUCAGCAUCAACUGUGCCAGAACGUCAAUCAAAGUGCUUAAACUAAAGACUGGAGCCGAGUACCAGUUCAAAAUCAUUGCUCAGAACCGCUAUGGAAAGAGUUAUGGUCUGGAUUCAUCUGCUGUGGUGGCCCAGUACCCAUACAGAGAGCCAGGUCCCCCAGGCACUCCCUUCAUUUCCUCUCUGUCUAGGGAUCACCAGAUUGUUGAAUGGCACGAGCCUGUCUCAGAUGGUGGCAGCCCUGUCCUUGGUUACCAUCUUGAAAGAAAAGAAAGAAACAGCAUUCUCUGGGUCAAAAUAAACAAAACACUCAUUCAUGAGACUAGUUUCAAGAGUUACCCCUUAGAAGAGGGUGUUGAAUAUGAGUACAGGGUUUAUGCUGAGAAUAUUGUUGGCAUUGGCAGGUGCAGUAAGAUCUCUGAGGGCUGUGUUGCCCGUGACCCAUGUGAUCCUCCUGGCACACCACAAGCCAUCCAUGUCACCAAAGACACUAUUGUCAUUCAGUGGACCAAGCCUGAAUAUGAUGGUGGCAGUAAUAUUACUGGCUACACUGUGGAGAAGCGAGAUCUGCCAGAGGGCCGCUGGAUUAGGGCAAACUUCACAAAUAUCAUUGAGACCCAGUUCACUGUCACUGGCUUGACUGAAAACGCACAAUAUGACUUCAGAGUCAUUGCUAAGAAUGCUGUUGGUACCAUUAGCAAGCCAUCUUACAACAGUGGACCAAUUAUUGCAAGUGAUGCCGUGGAAGCGCCCAAAUUCUCCAUUGACCCAGCAUUCACCAAGACAAUUGUCAUCAAUGCUGGCGAGACAUUCAAGCUGGACGCUGAUGUCCAUGGCAAGCCACUGCCCACAAUCCAUUGGUUCAAGGAUGAGAAGCCAGUUGAGAAUACACUCAGACUGGAGAUCAAAAAUACAGAAAACCAUGCUAUGAUUGUCAUUAAGGACUGUGUCAGAGUUGAUGGUGGACUUUACACUCUACAGCUGACAAAUGUUGCUGGAACUGAAACAGUUCCAUUCAAGGUUGUGGUCCUAGACAGGCCUUGCCCAUGUGAAGGACCCCUCCACAUCACCGGAGUAGCUGAGGAUAGAUGCACACUGGCAUGGCGGGCCCCUCUGCAUGAUGGAGGCAGUGCUAUUACACACUACAUCAUUGAAAGGAGAGAGACCAGCCGUCUAGCUUGGACUGUUGUUUCCAACAGCUGUGACACCACAUGCUACAAAGUCACCAAACUGCUGGAAGGCAAUGAGUAUAUGUUCCGUGUCAUGGCAGUCAACUGCUAUGGUGUCAGUGAGCCUCUGGAGUCUGGUGGAGUAAUCAUGAGGACUCCAUUUGUUCCUCCUGGUCCACCUCAUGUUGAGGAUGUGUCUAACAUUGCCCAUGAUGGUAUGACCAUCACCUGGUCUGCCCCUGAGAGUGACGGUGGCAGUGAGAUUACCAGUUACAUUAUUGAAAAGAAGGACAGAGCUGGAAUCAGAUGGACAAGAUGCAACAGGCAGAAGGUCACUGACCUCUCCUUCAGAGUUACAGGUCUCACCACUGACCAUGAGUAUGAGUUUAGAGUUGCUGCUGAGAAUGUGACUGGAGUGGGAGAGCCAAGCCUGCCAACAUCAUACUACAAGGCCUGUGAUCCCAAGUACAAGCCUGGUGCACCAGCACAUGUGCAUGUGAUUGACUCCACAAAGAGCUCCAUCACAGUGUCAUGGGGCAAACCCCUGUCUGAUGGUGGCACCACCAUCCAAGGAUACAUUGUAGAAGUCUGCAAGGCUGAGGAGGAGGCGUGGACUAUGGUUACUCCAGCCACUGGCCUGCGUGUCAACAAAUAUGAAAUUACCAAACUCACUGAGGGUCAGGAAUAUAAGAUCCAAGUGUGUGCUCUGAACAAAUUGGGAGUUGGUGAGCCAGCUUCCAUCUCAGGAACAGCUAAGCCUGAGGAAAGGACAGAACCACCACAGAUCCAUCUGGACUCUGAGCUGAGGAAGGGUAUCAUUAUGAAAGCCAAAGGAUCUGUCAGAAUCCAUAUUCCAUUCAAGGGCAGACCAACUCCUGAGAUUAAGUGGACUAAGGAUGAGGGUGACCUGCCUGAAAAAGCAGUGGUUGAGAAGACUCUCCACUUCACACAGCUAUCCAUUGAUUCAUGCGACAGGGCCGAUUCAGGAAAAUAUAACCUGACUGUAACCAACAGCAGUGGCUCUGUUUCUGAAUUUGUCACCGUUAAAAUCUUAGAUACACCUGGGGCCCCUCUAAACCUUGUUGUGAAAGACAUCAAAAGGGAUUCUGUCACUCUUGUCUGGGACGCACCACUGAUUGAUGGAGGUUCCAAGAUCAAGAACUAUGUCAUUGACAAACGUGAGUCAACCAGGAAGGCAUAUGCCAACGUAUCCACCAAAUGCACCAAGACAACAUUCAAAGUUGAGAACCUGGUUGAAGGUGCUAUGUACUACUUCAGAGUCAUGGCUGAGAAUGAAUAUGGAAUUGGUCAGGCUGUUGAAACCAAGACAGCCUCUAAGGCCUCUGAGGUGCCUCUGCCUGUUGGAAAAGUCUUCCUCACUGAUGUCACCAAAGUCAGUGCCUCUCUGGCUUGGGAGAAACCAGAGCAUGAUGGAGGCAGUAGAAUUGCUGGCUACCUGAUCGAGAUGCAGCCUAAGGGCACAGAUAAGUGGGGAGUUGCAACAAAUACUAAGACAUGUGAGGGCACUGUCACAGGCUUGACUGCAGGAACAGAAUAUCAGUUCCGUAUCAUUGCUUACAAUGAGAAGGGAAAGAGUGAUCCCAAGCCACUUGCUACACCUGUGAUUGCCAGUGACAUGACCAUUGAGCCCAGCAUUAAGAUGCAGUUCAAUACUUAUAGCGUAUUAGCUGGAAAGGAUUUGAAACUGGAAUUCUCUGUGCUUGGAAGGCCAAAACCUAGAGUUACUUGGACCAAGGAUGGUCAGCCUCUGAAGGUAACAUCAAGAGUUAAUGUCCUUAACACUCAAACAACAAGUGGCAUUCAGAUUACUGAGGCAAGCAAGGAGGACUUUGGCAAAUACACCAUUACUGCAACUAAUUCUGCUGGCACAAUCACAGAGGAUGUAGGCAUCAUUAUCCUUGACAAACCUGGCCCAUCAACAGGCCCAGUCAAAGUUAUUGAGGUGAGCAACACCUUUGUCCAUCUCUCCUGGGAGCCCCCUGAGUACACAGGUGGAUGCCAGGUAAAGAACUAUAUUGUGGAGAAGAGAGAUACCACCACCACAACAUGGCAGACAGUCACUACACAGCUUGCUAGAACAGCUUAUAAGGUCACCAAGCUGAAGACUGGUGCAGAAUACCAGUUCAGAAUCAUAGCUGAAAACAGAUAUGGAAAGGGCGUGCCUCUUGACUCCAAGGCUAUUGCUGUGCAGUACCCAUAUAAACCACCUGGGCCUCCAGGAACACCUUAUGUCAAAUCUGCAACCAAGGAGAUGAUGAUAAUUGAAUGGAAUGAGCCAGUCAAUGAUGGUGGUAGUGCAGUUAUUGGUUACCAUCUAGAAAGCAAAGAGAGGAGCAGCAUUCUGUGGAACAAACUGAACAAGAUUCUUAUUGCUGAUACUCAGUUCAAGAUCUGCAAUCUUGAGGAGGGUAUUGGAUAUGAAUUCAGGGUCUAUGCUGAAAAUAUUGUUGGCAUUGGCCGAUGCAGCAAAGUAUCUGAGUCCUUUGUUGCUCGUGACCCUUGUGAUCCUCCUGGUGCUCCUGAAGCUGUAGCAAUCUCUAAAAAUCAAAUUAAGAUUCAGUGGACCAAGCCACAGUAUGAUGGUGGCAGCAAGGUGAAUGGAUAUGUGGUUGAAAGGAAAGAUCUAGCCUCUGCUGAGGGCCGCUGGGUAAGGGCAAAUUUCACUAAUAUAAUUGAGACUGAAUAUACCAUCACUGGCCUGACAGAAAACGAGCAAUAUGAAUUCAGAGUCAUUGCCAGAAAUGCAGCUGGAGUCUUCAGUGAGCCAUCUGACAGCUCUGGGCCUAUCACUGCUACUGAUGAAAUUGAACCACCAAGAGCCUCAAUGGAUCCCAAAUACAAGGAUGUCAUUGUGAUCAAUGCUGGAGAAAACCUACUUCUUGAUGCAGAUAUCUAUGGCAAACCAGUCCCUGAUGUUCUUUGGCUAAAGGAGGGCAAGGAGAUGGAAAAGGCCCUGCGUUUUGAAGUGAAAAACACAGAGAAACGUGCAGCCAUAACCAUCAAGGAUGUCACCAAGCUUGAUAGUGGUCACUAUGACCUUAGCCUCAAAAACCUUGGUGGUGUGAAGACCUUCCCCAUCACUGUCAAGGUCUUGGAUAAACCAGGUCCUCCUACUGGACCUAUUAAGGUGACUGGAGUCAUGGCUGACAGGUGCAUCCUUUCCUGGUCUGAACCAACUCUAGACGGUGGAGCUAACAUCACUCACUAUAUCCUGGAGAAGAGAGAGACCAGCAGGUUGUCCUGGACAGCAGCUGCACCUAAGAUCCAGGCUUUGUACUAUAAAGUAACCAACUUGAUGGCUGGAAACGAAUAUAUCUUCAGAGUAAGGGCAGUCAACAAAUAUGGUGUUGGUGACUAUCUUGAGUCUGAGCCCAUUAUAGCACGCAAUCCAUACAAGCCACCUAGUGCUCCUGGAACGCCAGAGGCAAGUCAGAUCACAAAGGACUCUAUGGUUCUGUCAUGGACCCCACCAGAGCAGACUGGUGGAACCGAUAUUGAGGGUUACCACCUCGAGAAGCGUGACAAAGAUAGUGUUAGGUGGACCAAGUGCAACAGGCAAAAGCUGACUGACACCCACUUUAAGGUCACAGGUCUCAUGACAGAUCACUUCUAUGAAUUCCGUGUUGCUGCCGAGAAUGAGGCUGGAAUGGGAGACCUUAGUGAACUGUCCUUAUUCUACAGAGCAUGUGACGCCACCACACCACCCGGACCUCCACACCAUCCCAAAGUCACAGACUACACUAAGUCAUCUGUGUCUCUGUCCUGGGGAAAACCUGACUUUGAUGGUGGUGCCUAUAUCAAGGGCUACAUUGUUGAAAUGAGGGAGUAUACACCAAAGGAAUGGACCAUGUGUACUCCACCCACUGGCAUUCAAGCCACUAAACUCAAAAUCGCAGACCUCAAGGAAGGUGGAGAAUACCAGUUCCGUGUCUGCGCCAUCAAUUCAGAGGGUGUAGGAGAGGCUGCUAAUGUCCAUGGCACUGUGGUCACUUCUGAGAGGGUAGAAGCACCAGAAAUUGAGCUGGAUGCUGACCUCAGAAGGGUGGUAUCUGUACGUGCAGGUGGAACUCUGCGUCUGUUUGUCACCAUCAGAGGAAGGCCCGAACCUGCCGUGAAAUGGGAGAAGCUGGAAGGUGUUCUCACUGAGCAUGCUGUGAUUGAAGCCACAAGUUCAUACACUAUGCUUGUCAUUGACAAUGUCACCCGCUUUGACAGUGGCAAAUACUCACUGACCUUGGAGAAUGCCAGUGGUACCAAAUCUGCCAUUGUUGCUGUAAGAAUUCUGGAUACACCAAGUGCACCACAGAACUUUGCUGUCAAGGAGGUCAAGAAGGAUUCAGUGACUCUUGCCUGGGAUGUCCCACUCACUGAUGGUGGCGCUAAAAUCACAAACUACAUUGUAGAAAAGAGAGAGUCUGUCAGGAAGGCCUACACUACUGUGACCAGCAAUUGCACAGCCAACUCAUUCAAGAUUGAAGAGCUACCUGAGGGUGGCAUUUUCUACUUCAGAGUCUGUGCUGUUAAUGAAUUUGGCCAAGGACAGAUGGUUGAAACAAAAGAAGUUAAAGUGGCUGAGGUGCCUCUGCCACCAAGUAAGGUUACUUUGACUGAUGUCACAAAGACCAGUGUGUCAUUGGCAUGGGAGAAGCCUGCUCAUGAUGGUGGAAGCAAAGUCAUAUGCUACAAUGUCGAGUUUAAGCCUAAGAAAGGUGAUAAGUGGGGCACAGCAUGCACAGUUAAGGUGCCUGAAGCUACAGUUUCUAACCUAAAUGCUAAUGAAGCCUAUUUAUUCAGAGUUGUUGCAAUUAACGAGAAGGGAAAGAGUGAGCCUAAGGAUCUUGGUGUGCCCGUAGUUGCAAAGGAUGUUGCAGUUGAGCCCUCUGUCAACCUGCUCUUCACCACAUACUCUGUAAAAGCCGGCAAGGAUCUGACUAUUGAGGUUCCAGUAAGAGGUAGACCUAAGCCUGUUGUAUCCUGGAAAAAGGAUGGCCUUCCCCUGAAGCAAACCUCAUCAGUGACCAUUUUGAACAAUGCAACCUCAUCCAAGAUUAUCAUCAAGGAGGCCACAAGAGAACAUGUUGGAAAAUAUGAGAUCACCCUGGCCAACACAGCUGGCACAGUCACAGCAGACAUUGGAGUUGUUGUCCUUGAUAAACCAGGUCCACCUAAAGGUAUUAAGGUGGAUGCUGUGACCUCAGACAGCAUCACACUGUCCUGGUCUCCACCAGAUUAUGAUGGUGGGUGCUCAAUUAGCAACUACAUCGUUGAGAAGAGAGAUACAAACACACAAGAAUGGCAAAUGGCAGCAAGCAAUGUUGCUAGAACAGCUUUCAAGGCUGGCCGUCUGACACAUGGAGCAGAGUACCAGUUCCGCAUCUAUGCUGUCAACCGUUAUGGAAAGAGCACAUAUCUUGAUUCACCUGGAAUCACUGCCCAGUACAACUUCAAACAACCCGGGCCUCCUUCCACUCCAAUAGUUAAAUUGGCGACCAAAUCUUAUAUGGUGGUUACCUGGAAUGAACCUGUAAAUGAUGGUGGUAGUGCUGUUCUGGGAUACCAUCUGGAGAGGAAGGAGCGUACCAGCAUCCUUUGGACAAAGAUGAACCGUGGUAUGAUCAAGGACACAGAGUACAAAGUCAACAACAUUGAGGAGGGCAUGAUGUAUGAGUAUCGUGUCUAUGCUGAGAACAUUGCUGGUAUUGGUAAAUGCAGUAAGGCCUGUGAAGCAGUAGCAGCCAGAGAUCCAUGUGAUCCUCCAGGCACACCUGUGGUCACCGCUGUGACCAGGACAUCUGUCUCCUUGUCUUGGGCUAAACCUGAGUAUGAUGGUGGAGCCAAGGUUUCUGGCUACAUCAUUGAGCGCAGAGACCUUCCUGAAGGUCGCUGGACAAGGUGCAACUUCACCAAUGUGCCAGAGACUUACUAUGAUGUGACAGGCCUCACAGAGAAUUGCCAGUAUGAUUUCCGUGUUAUUGCUAAGAAUGCAGCUGGAUUGUUCAGUGAGCCAUCUGACAACACUGGUUCCAUCACUGUGAAGGAUGAUGUAGACCCACCGCGCAUCAUGAUGGAUGUCAAGUUCAGAGACACAGUGGUGGUAAAGGCAGGAGAAACUCUGAAAAUCUAUGCUGACCUUGCUGGACGCCCUGCUCCUGUCAUUUCCUGGACUAAGGAUGGCAAGGAGAUUGAGCUGAGGGCAAGAAUCCAGAUUGUUUCUACAGACACCAGCACCUCUGUCAUUGUGAAGGAUUGCAUCAGAAGAGAUUCUGGCCAGUAUGCCUUGACUCUACAGAACAUUGCCGGCACAGUCACCAUGCCAGUCAACUGCAUGAUUCUUGACAAGCCAGGGCCGUCUGCAGGACCUUUGCAGAUCACAGGUCUCACAGCUGAGGAAUGCACUCUGUCAUGGGGUCCACCUCAGGAGACUGGAGGUGCUGAGAUCACUCAUUAUGUUGUUGAAAAACGCGAGACCAGCCGCCUGGCAUGGACAUUGGUGAAGGGAGACCUCACAAAAACAUACUACAAGGUCACAGGACUACUCAAGGGCAAUGAGUAUAUAUUUAGGGUUUUGGCUGUCAACAAGUAUGGACUUGGAGAGGCCCUAGAAAGUGAAGCUAUAAAGGUUACAGAUCCAUACACAUUCCCCUCUGCUCCCACUAGUGUUGAGGUCACUGCUGUAACUGGGGAUUCUAUGACCCUAACCUGGUGCAAGCCAGUCAAUGAUGGUGGUAGUCCUAUCACAGGAUAUGUGAUUGAGCGCCGUGAGAAGACAGGAAUGCGCUGGGUCCGUGUGAACAGAGAACCUGUUGUUGAAUGCAGCACAAUAGCAACUAAACUGCGCAAGGGUUGUGAUUAUGACUUCAGAGUCUUUGCUGAAAAUGCUGCUGGCCUGAGUCCUCCAAGUGACACGUCUGCAUCUUUCAGAGCAGAGGAUGCGCUUGUUGUUCCUUCACGCCCAACCAAGCCAAAGAUCCUCAAUUCAACCAAAGACACUGUAACCAUUGCCUGGAAACCACCAACAGCUGAUGGUGGUGCUCCCAUUCUCGGAUACAGUGUAGAAUAUAGAGACUACAUCCACAAACCAAAACCAGAGCUAGCAAGAUGGGUCGAAGUUAUUCCUCUUACAAAAAGCCUGGAGUUCACAAUCACUGGAUUGAAGACAGAUGCAGAAUAUGAAUUCUGUGUAAAGGCAAUCAACAAAGUUGGCAGCAGCCCACGUAGCCCAUAUUCAGAUGCAGCUGUGGCUAUGGACAGAACUGCAGAACCAUCAUUUGAUGCUGACAUUGACAUGCGCAAGAUCCUCAUGGUCAAGCAUGGCACAGCAUUCACUCUUAAUGUACCGUUUAAGGGCAAACCUGUGCCAUCAGUGGCAUGGGCUAAGGAGGGUGUUGAUCUCAAGGUCAGAGGAACCAUUGAAUCAACAGAAUGCAGUACUUCACUGACAAUUGAGAAGUCAACAAGAAAUGAUUCUGGAGAGUAUUCAGUGACCAUUGAGUCACCGUUGGGAACAGCAACAUUGCCCAUGGUUGUCAAGGUGCUUGACAGUCCUGGACCCCCUGUCAAUGUGAAAGUUACAGCAGUGACCCGGGACUCUGCAACCCUCACUUGGGAAGCUCCCGAGAAUGAUGGUGGUGAUGCUGUAAAAGCCUACCAUGUUGAGAAACGUGAGGCAAGUAAGAAGGCUUGGGUCUCUGUGACCAGCAACUGCCAUGCACUGACAUACAAAAUAGAAGAUCUGCAAGAGGGAGCCUUCUAUUACUUUAGAGUUAUUGGAGAAAAUGAGUAUGGAGUGGGUGUCCCUCAGGAGGCCAAGAGUGGCACAAAGAUCACAGAGGUGCCAAGUCCACCCAUGAAACUUGGCGUUGCAAAUGUUACCAAGGAUAGCAUUACAAUUGCAUGGACCAGACCAGAAUAUGAUGGUGGAAGCAGAGUGACUGGUUACCUCAUUGAUGCCCUUGAGAAAGGACAAAACAAGUGGGUGAAGUGUGCCACGGUGCGGACCAUGAACCAUACCAUUAAAAGCCUUAGGGAGGGUGCAGAGUACUUCUUCAGAGUCCGUGCUGAGAACCACGCUGGACUUAGCGAACCCAAGGAGAUGAUUGUACCUGUUCUCGUCAAGGAAAUACAUGAGGCUCCAGAGUUUGACUUGAAGAACUAUCCCAAGAACACUGUUUAUGUGAGAGCAGGUUCUAACCUGACAUUUGAGAUUCCUCUUACUGGCCGGCCAAUGCCAAAGGUGACUAUGUCCAAGAACAAUGUCGUCAUUAAGGGAUCCAAGAGGCUCCUGACUGAAGUAACUCCUGAGAGCCUUCUCAUCACCCUCAAUGAGAGCACUGCAAGUGAUGCUGGCAAAUAUGAAGUGACUGCCUCAAAUGUAGGUGGUACCACCAAGAUCUUCAUCAUCUUUGUUGUCCUGGACAGACCUGGACCUCCUGUUGGUCCAGUUGAAGUUGGGGAGGUUGGAGAAACCACAGUUUGUCUGAAAUGGGCACCUCCAGAGUAUGAUGGCGGCAGUCCUGUUACCAACUAUGUUGUCCUCAGGCGUGAGACCAGCACUCCUACCUGGACAGAGGUCUCCUCUAACAUUGCCAGAAGUGCUAUUAAGGUGACCAAACUGACCAAGGGAGAGGAGUAUCAGUUCAGAAUCAAGGCUGAGAAUCGCUAUGGCAUCAGCGACCACAUUGACACCAAACCAAUCACAAUCAAGCUUCCAUACACCAUCCCUGGACCUCCAUCCACACCAUGGCUGGGCUUCGUAUCCAGAGAGAGCUUGACUGUCUGCUGGAAUGAGCCAGUGGUUGAUGGUGGAAACCCUGUGAUUGGAUAUCACCUCCAGAUGAAGGAGAGGAGCAGCAUCCUCUGGCAGAAAGUCAAUAAGACAGCCAUCCCAGCGACCCAGUGGAGAGUCACCAACAUCUGCCCUGGCCUCAUCUAUGAGUUCAAGGUGGCAGCUGAGAAUGCAGCCGGUAUCGGUAAGGUCAGCAAGACAUCCGAGGAGGUGCUGGCUAUUGAUGCCUGUGAGCCCCCAGCAAAUGUGCGCAUCACAGACGUCACCAAGAACUCUGUCAGCCUGGCCUGGCAGAGGCCUCCAUAUGAUGGUGGAAGCAAGAUCACUGGCUACAGUGUGGAGAGGAGAGAGGCUCCCAGUGGCAGAUGGGUGAAGGCCAACUUCACAAACAUAAUUGAGAUGGGCUUCACUGUAUCUGGACUGAACCAGGAUGAAUCAUAUGAGUUCAGAGUUUAUGCAAAGAACGCUGUUGGGUCAGUCAGCAACCCAUCUCUUAUUGCUGGUCCAGUCACAUGCAUGGAUUCAUGUGGUGCCCCCACCAUUGACUUGCCCCCUGAGUAUCUGGAUGUGGUUCAGUACAAGGCUGGAGCUUCUGUCAAGCUCAAAGUGGGAAUCAUUGCCAAACCUCUGCCAGUGAUUGAGUGGUUCAAGGAUGGAAAGGAACUGAUAGCUACGUCCACCGUUUCUGUUGAGAGCACAACUGAUUCCUCUGGUGUCUUGAUCAAGGAUGCAACUCGCCUCAACACAGGCACAUAUGACAUUAAAAUCAAAAAUGCUCUGGGCACAGCAUCUGCAUCCAUCAGGAUUGAAAUCCUAGAUAAACCCGGACCCCCACCUGGAAACAUCACCUUUAACUCCGUCACAGAAGACAGGAUCAUCCUCAGUUGGGAGCCUGUGCCUGAAGCUGACCAUGGUGGUUCCAAGGUGACCCACUACAUUGUUGAAAAGCGUGAAACCAGCAGAGUUGUCUGGUCCACAGUUUCAGACAACCUGGAGACAACCCACGUUAGUGUCAGCAAGCUGGUGCGAGGAAACGAGUAUGUGUUCCGCGUCAUGGGUGUCAACAAGUAUGGAAUUGGAGAUGCUCUGGAAUCUGAACCAGUCAUUGCUAAGAACGCCUUUGUAACUCCUGGGCAGCCUCAUACUCCUGAAGUGAACAUUAUCACAAAGACCACCAUGGUGGUAGAAUGGGACAAACCAGGUGUAGAUGGAGGCAGCCCUGUAACAGGCUACUACCUGGAGAGGCGUGACAAGAAGAGCCUUCGCUGGAUCAGAGUUUACAAAGAUCCUGUCACUGACAUCAAACAGACUGUCUACCAUCUGACAGAAGGAAAAGAAUACCAGUACCGUGUCUGUGCUAUCAACAAGGCUGGAGAAGGACCAUUCUCUGAUGCAUCUGACUACUAUAAGGCUGCUGACCCAGUUGAUCCACCAGAUGAGCCUUGCAAGCUAAAGGUGGUCGAUUCCACCAAGACCUCCAUUACCCUGGGCUGGUCCAAGCCUGAAUGGAACGGAGGCAGUGAUGUCACCAGCUACAUGGUGGAAAAGUUGGUUGAGGGUGAGGAAAACUGGGCGCUCAUUACUUCAAAGGGAGAGGUCAAGACGACAGAAUACGUAGUCCAUGACCUGAAGCCAGAUGUCAACUACUUCUUCCGAGUGUCUGCUGUUAACUGUGCUGGUUGUGGAGAACCCCUUGAGAUGACGGAAGCUGUACAGGCCAAGGAUAUCUUGGAGGAGGCCCAGGUUGAUUCAGAUGUAGCCAUGAGAACUCACUAUAUUGUGAAGGCUGGCAAAGAUGUGGAGCUGUCUGUUCCUAUGAAGGGCAGACCUGCUCCCACUGCAUCCUGGAGCAAGGGAGAGGAAUGCAUUGACAAUAACCCCAAAUAUGAGUUCCACCACUCAGACACUACCACAGUCCUUGUUAUGCGUGAGGUAAAUAGGCUUGACACCGGUAAAUACACAGUGAAGAUUGAGAAUGGUGUGGGAGAGGCCAAGACCCUAACGCUGUCCGUGAAGGUCCAGGACACACCCGCUCAGUGCAGAAACCUAGUGCUGAAGGACGUGACCCGUGGAAAGGUCACUCUUUGCUGGGAUCCUCCACUCCUUGAUGGCGGUGCAGAGAUCACAAACUACAUCGUUGAGAAGAGAGACUCUUCCAAGAGAGCCUACUCUGCUGUGACAAACAAAUGCACAGACACAACUUACACAAUUGAGGAUCUCUCAGAGAAGACAUCCUUCUUUUUCCGUGUGUCAGCAGAGAAUGAGAAUGGUGUUGGUGAUCCUUGUGACACAGCUGAGCCAGUGAAGGCUACAGAAACUCCUGGAAGUGUCAAGGAGGUGUCCAUGAAGGAUUCAUCCAAGACCUCUGUUACUCUACAGUGGCUGAAGCCUGAUUAUGAUGGCGGCAGCAUCAUCUCUGACUACGUCAUUGAGAAGAAGCUCAAGGACGAGGCAGAAUGGUCACUGGGAGGUACCAGCAAACAAUGUGAGUUUGAAGUCAAGAAACUCAAGGAGCACUCAAACAUGUUCUUCAGGGUUGCUGCCAGGAAUGAGAAGGGACAAGGUGACUUUGUUGAGGUGGGCCCUAUCAAGGUGAUUGACUACAUCAUCACUCCUGAAGCCUGCCUUGCAGACUACCCAGAUGGCUCCCUCAGUGUUCGCCUUGGUCACAAUGUACACAUUGAGCUGCCAUACAGGGGCAAACCCAAACCUUCCAUUUUGUGGCUGAAAGACAGCCUGCCUCUGAAGGAGAGUGACCAAGUGCGCUUCAAGAAGACAAACAACAAGGCCACUCUAAUGAUAAAGAAUGUGAGGAAGGAGAAUGAGGGUAAAUACACCCUGACCUUAGACAACCAGAUUAACAGGAAGUCCUUCCACAUCCAUGUCAUCACUCUUGGGCCACCAUCAAAGCCCGUUGGACCCAUCCGGCUAGAUGAGGUGAGGGCUGAGAGCAUCAUGAUUUCCUGGGAUGAACCAAAUGAUGAUGGUGGCGGAGAAAUCACCUGCUACUCUGUGGAGAAGCGAGACACUUCCCAGACUGACUGGAAGAUGGCCUGCUCCAGCGUGGAGGGAACUCAGUUCAAGGUCCCUAACCUGAUCAAAGGUGUCCAGUACCAGUUUAGAGUGCGUGCUGAGAACAGGUAUGGUGUCAGCGAGCCUCUGAUCUCACAGAUGGUCAUUGCCAAACACCAGUUUAGGCCUCCAGGCCCACCAGGCAAGCCCGUAGUAUACAAUGUUACCAAUGACGGCAUGACCAUCCAGUGGGAACAGCCCAUCUAUGAUGGUGGUACACCCAUCCAGGGCUUCCAUGUGGAGAAGAAGGAGGCGAACAGCAUUAUGUGGCAGAAAGUCAACACUGUGCUGGUUACUGAGAGGGAGUACAGGAUCUUGGGCCUGAUUGAGGGCCUGGAAUACUCCUUCAGAGUAUACGCCCAAAAUGAUGCUGGCUUCAGCCGCAUGAGUGAUGAGAGCAAGCCCACCAUGGCAGUCUCUCCUGUUGAUCCUCCUGGCCAACCGGACUACAUUGAUGUGACUAGUGACUCAGUGACACUGAAAUGGGAUGCACCCAAACGUGAUGGAGGCAGCAAGAUUACUGGCUACAACAUUGAAAAACGCCAAGGACAGGGUCGUUGGUUCAAGGCCAACUUGACUGACGUGCAUGACUGCCAGUAUACCGUCACUGGCCUCGCAACAAAUGAGCGUUAUGAGUUCAGAGUGAUUGCCAGGAAUGCCAUUGGUGUCAUCAGCCCACCCUCCAACUCCUCUGGCUUUAUUGUCGUCAGAAGUGAGAAUGCUGCUCCAAAUAUUGAGUUUGGCCCCGAGUACUUUGAGGGUCUGACUGUCAAGGCCGGAGACAACAUCAGGCUGAAGGUGACCAUCACGGGCCGCCCUGUUCCCAAGGUCGUCUGGUACAGAGAUGGUGUGGAGAUUACCAAGAAAAUGAUGGAUAUCAUCAAUGUGGCUGGAUCGAGCACUGUCUUCGUCAGGGAUGCUGAUCGUUCACAUCGUGGCCUCUACACUGUGGAGGCUACCAAUGGAUCUGGAGCCAAGAAGGAGAACAUUAAUGUUCAAGUACAAGACACCCCUGGGGAACCAGUAGGACCCAUCACGUUCAGUAACAUCUCUGAGGGCAAGUGCACCCUGUCCUGGAACCCACCAGAGAAUGAUGGCUGCUCUGAAAUUUCCCAUUACAUCGUUGAGAAGCGUGAAACUGCCAAGAUAUCCUGGGCCUUGGUGUCAGAUCAAUGCAAGGAGUGCACCUUCAAUGCCUCCAAGCUCAUCAAGACCAACGAGUAUCAGUUCAGGGUUUCUGCUGUCAACAAGUUUGGAGUGGGCAGACCUUUGGAAUCUAGUCCCAUCAUUGCACAGAUGCAAUACACUACUCCUGAUGCUCCAGGAACUCCUGAUGCCACUGAGGUAACAGGAGAAAGCAUCACCUUGUCCUGGACUCCUCCCACAUCUGAUGGAGGCAACCCCAUCCAGUAUUACAUUCUGGAGAAGCGUGAGAAGAAGACUGUCCGCUUCUACAAGGUGAUUACCAAGAAGCCCAUCAUUGAAUGCGCUCACAAAGUGCUCAACCUGACAGAGGAUAUGGAGUAUGAGUUCCGUGUCAUGGCUGUAAAUGACGCUGGUGUUGGAACUCCCAGCAACAUCUCCAUGCCUAUCAAGGCUGCUGAGCCGAAAGAUAUCCCCUGUGCUCCAUCCGUGGUCUGUGUGUCCGACUCUACUAACACUUCCAUCAGCCUGGAAUGGACCAAGCCUGCAGAUGAUGGAGGCAUGGAGAUCCUGGGGUACAUUAUCGAGAUGGUAAAAGGUGAAGAGGAGGAAUGGAAGAGAGUUAAUGAAGAGCUGGUAGCAGAAACAACCUAUGUGGUGACAGGUCUACAGACAGGAGCUGACUACAGGUUCCGUAUUUCAGCUGUCAAUCACGUGGGUAAGGGUGAAGAAAAGGAGCUGACAGAGCCUGCUAAGGCUGUAGACAGACUGACACCACCACAGGUGGACAUUGAUGCUAGCUUCAAGCAGACACAUAUUGUUAAGGCGGGAGGAUCAGUGUGUCUGGGCAUCCACUUCAGAGGAAAACCCAUUCCCAAGGCCACCUGGGUGAAAGAGGAUGGAGAGCUGGGUGUCUUGUCAGAAAUCAUCACUACAGACGGCUACACUUCACUGUCCAUGGAAAACUGCUCUAGAAAUGACUCAGGAAAAUACACCAUUACCCUGGAGAAUGCCAGUGGCAGCAAGGCCAUUACUUUCACUGUUAAGGUGAUGGACACCCCUGGAGCUCCUCAGUCCCUGGCCUUCAAAGAGGUGUCCAGAGGCUCAGUCACACUGGUCUGGGAGCCUCCUCUCAAUGAUGGUGGAGCUCGCAUUCAUCACUACAUUGUAGAGAGACGUGAGGCCAGCCGCCGUACAUGGCAGCAAUCUGGAGGAAAAUGCACUCAGCAUAUUCUGAAGAUCCAGGACCUGCUGGAGGGAGUGCCAUAUUUCUUCAGAGUCUCAGCUGAGAACCAGCAUGGCCUAGGUGAGGCCUUUGAGCUGACUGAGCCUGUUACUGCCACAGCAGAGCCAGCAGCACCUAAGAGACUGGACGUCCUGGACACCACAGACAACUCUGUGUCUCUGGGCUGGCUGAAACCAGAGCAUGAUGGUGGCAGCCGCAUCCAAGGUUUCGUCAUUGAGGCCAAACCAAAAGGAACAGACAAAUGGAUGGUGGUUGGAAACACCAAGAACCUUACAUAUGUGGUUGAGAAGCUUAACAAGGGUGAUGAGUACGACUUCCGUGUCAAGGCCAAGAACGAAGCUGGCUUCAGCAAGCCCAGAGAAACUCUGGCCUCUGUGCUCGUCAAGGAGCCUCACAUUGAACCUGCUGCCGAUCUCAGUGAGAUUACCAACCAGCUCAUCACAUGCAGGUCUGGCAACACCUUCACCAUUGACGUUCCCAUCAGCGGAAGACCUGCUCCUAAGGUAAGCUGGAGGCUGGAGGAGAUGAGGUUGAAGAACUCAGACAGAGUCGCCAUCAAAGUGGCCAAGGACAGAACCAGCAUCUCAGUGAAGGAGGCCAUGAGAGGAGAUGGAGGCAAAUACUACCUGACUCUCGAGAAUGUGGUAGGAACCAAGACUUUCACUGUCGAAGUUAACGUCAUUGGUAGACCCAGUCCUCCCACUGGACCCAUUGAGAUUUCCUCCAUCACCUCUGAAUCUUGUGUGCUCAACUGGGAGCCACCAGAGGAUGAUGGUGGUACUGACAUCACCAACUACAUUGUAGAGAAACGUGAAUCUGGCUCCACUGCAUGGCAGCUGAUCAACUCCAGUGUGAAGCGCACAUCCCUCCAUGUCAGCCACCUGACAAAGUACAUGCAGUACACCUUCAGGGUCUGUGCUGAGAACAGGUUCGGUGUCAGCAAGUCCACUGAGUCAGAGACUAUUGUUGCAGAGCAUCCAUUCACACCUCCUGGUCCACCAACAAAACCCACGGUCUUUGGUGUCACUGCCACCACAAUGAACAUCAAGUGGGAGGAGCCCUACAGUGAUGGUGGCAGCAAAGUAACUGGCUAUUGGAUUGAGAAGAAGGAGCGCAACACCAUCUUGUGGGUGAGGGAGAACAAGAUCCCAUGCUUUGAGUGCUACUACCGGGUCGAAGGUCUGGUUGAAGGUCUGGAGUAUCAGUUCAGGGUUUAUGCCAUGAAUAGUGCCGGCCUGAGCAAAGCCAGCGAGGCCUCCAAGAGAGCUGUGGCACAGAACCCUGUCGAUCCACCAAGUAAGCCAGAGGUCACUAACGUCACCAGAUCCACUGUGUCCCUCAAAUGGUCCACUCCACUGUACGAUGGAGGCAGUCCCAUCGUGGGAUACAUCAUUGAGCGUAAGCCAUUCACCUUGAGUGGUGAGGGCCGCUGGCUCAAAUGUAACUACACCAACGUGACAGAUACAUUCUUCACUGUCACUGCCCUGGGAGAGGGAGAACCCUAUGAGUUCAGAGUCAUUGCCAAGAACGCCAACCAGGUCUUCAGCUUGCCCUCUGAGUCCACAGGCUCUGUGCAGUGCAAGACUGACUUCGAGCCUCCAAAGGCCCAGCUGGACAGCAAACUCCUCUCAGACACUGUGACGGUCAGAGCCGGCUCAGACCUGGUUCUGGAUGCCGCUGUCGGAGGUCGGCCCGACCCGAAGGCCUCAUGGUCCAAGGGAAACAAAGAGCUGGAGCUCUGUGAGAAGUACCACCUGCAGUACACGCCCACCCGAGCCAUGGCCAUCAUCAAGUUCUGCGACAGAGAUGACACUGGAAAGUACAUCCUCACUGUCAGGAAUGUCAGUGGAACCAAGACUGCCGAAGUCAACGUCCAAGUGCUUGAUACUCCUGGAGUGUGUCAGGGCAGCAUCGAAAUCAGCAAGAUCACAGAGGAGUCGUGCACACUAAGCUGGAAGCCUCCUCUCGAGGAUGGAGGUGAUGAAGUGACCCACUACAUCGUGGAGAGGCGUGACACUAACAGGCUCAACUGGGUCAUCAUGGAUGCCGAGUGUAAGGAGCUGACCUGCAACAUUGCCAGACUGUUCAAGAACACAGAGUACUUGUUUAGAGUCCGGGGAGUCAACAAGUAUGGACCCGGAGUCUAUCUCCAGUCGGACCUCAUGAUCGCCAGAAACACAUUCACCGUGCCAUCUCCUCCUGGAGCACCAGAGAUUUUGGCCUCAGGAAAGGACUUUGCCACCAUUGAGUGGCUGAAGCCAGAGAGUGACGGUGGCAGUGAAAUCAUCCACUACCUGGUGGAGAGGCGAGAGAGGAAGAGCGCCCGCUGGGUGAAAGUCAACAGAGAUGGCGCCCACCUGGACACCACGCUGAAGGUGUCUGGUUUGACCGAGGGCAACAUCUACCAGUUCAGAGUGACUGCUAUCAACAAGGCAGGAGAGAGUGAAGCCAGCGAGGUCUCCCUCUAUGUGGUCUGCAGAGUGCCUACAUGCACUCCUGCUCCUCCAUCCAUCCCUCGUAUCGUCGACACCCAUGCCGACAGCAUCAGCCUGGCCUGGUCCCGCCCUGUGGAGGACGGAGGAGCCGACGUGAUUGGCUACAUCCUGGAGAUGCAAGAGGCCGGAGCAGAGGAAUGGACUAAGGCCCAUCAGAAGACCCUGAGGGGAACCGAAUACGUGGUGACUGGCCUCUCAGCAGGGAAGAAAUACUGCUUCAGAGUCUCCGGCAUCAACGUGAAUGGCACCGGAGACUUCAGUGAGCCAUGUGCCGAGACCGAGCCAGUGGAGAGACUCGAAACUCCCGACUUCGAGCUCCACGAUGACCUGAAGAAGACCAUCUGCCUACGUGCUGGCGGCUCCUUGCGCCUGUUUGUCACUGUGACUGGUCGUCCCACUCCUGCCAUCACAUGGACCAAGCCUGGUGUUGACCUGCAGAACCGUGGCUUCAUCGAGGUCACCAACACGUCCACCACGCUCAUCAUCGACAAAGUCCACCGCUACGAUGCUGGCAAAUACACCCUGGUGGCUGAGAACACCGCUGGAAAACAGGAAGUCAACAUCCUUGUCAAGAUCUACGAUACUCCUGGACCAACUGGAGCAAUCAAGAUCAAGGAACUGACCAAGGAGUCUGCCACCAUCUCCUGGGAUGCCCCGACUGUGGACGGAGGUGCGCCAGUGAACAACUACAUCAUUGAGAGACGUGAAGCUUCCAUGAGGGCCUACAAGACCGUCACCUCCAAGUGCAGCAAGACAUCCUACAAGAUCGACAGCCUGAUGGAGGGUAUGAUGUACUACUUCCGAGUCUUGCCCGAGAACAUCUACGGCGUGGGUGAGCCCUGCGAGACACCAGACGUUGUCCUGGUGUGCGAGGUGCCCCUGCCACCGCAGAAGCUGGAGAUGGUCGACGUUACCAAGACCUCCGUCACUCUGGGCUGGGAGAAGCCUGAGCACGACGGUGGCAGCAGGCUGACAGGCUACGUCAUCGAGGCCUGCAAAUUUGGUACCGAUAAGUGGAUGAAGGUAGCCACGAUGAAGACCACCGACUUUGAGCACACCAUCGACAAGCUGAACGAGAAUGAGCAGUACCUGUUCAGAAUCAGAGCAGUGAACAGCAGAGGAGCCAGCGAGCCCAAGGAGAUUGUCACUGCCAUAACUGUACAGGAACAGAGAGUGAUGCCUGUGGUGGACCUCUCCAGCAUUCCUCAGAAGGUCAUCAAUGUCCUAGCUGGCAAGACUCUGGAUCUGGACCUGCCCUUCAUCGGCAGGCCACCUCCCGUCUGUUCUUGGUACUUCAGCGACAAAAAGAUGAAAGUUUCUGACCGCGUCAAGAUCCAAAGCACGAAGAAGUUCUCUAAGCUCACUGUGUCUGAGACCACCAUUGACGACACAGGAGAGUACACCCUGGAGGUGAAGAAUGCCACCGGAGUCACCACUGAGGUCAUCAAGGUCAUCAUUCUCUCUAAACCCGAUGAGCCAAAGGGACCCAUCAGGUUUGAUGAGAUUGACGCCACCUCAGUCACCUGUAGCUGGGAUCCACCAGUUAGAGACGGCGGCGCUCCCAUCAGCGGCUAUGUGGUGGAGCAGCGUGACGCCCACCGACCAGGUUGGGUGCCCGUGUCCGACUCGGUCAGCCGACCUACCUUCAAGUUUGAGAACCUGAUCGAGGGCAACGAGUAUGUCUUCCGCGCCGCUGCUGUGAACCGCUAUGGCACCGGAGAGUUCCUGCAGUCUGAGAUUGCUAUGUGCAAGAGCUUGAAGAAUGUGCCUGGACUUCCUGGCAGACCCAUUAUCUUCGACGUGUCUCGUGACGGCAUGACCGUGGCCUGGGAGCCACCAGAGGAGGAUGGCGGCCUUGAGGUUUCUGGAUACAUCAUUGAGCGUAAAGAAGUGAGAUCAGACCGAUGGGUGCGCGCCAACAAGAACCCCAUCACCAUGACCAGAUACAGGUCUACAGGGCUGAUCGAGGGCCUGGAGUACGAACACAGAAUCACUGCCAUCAAUGCCAGAGGAAUGAGCAAACCAAGCCUGCUCUCCAAACCAGCAGUGGCAACAGAUCCCAUUGAUCCACCUGGCUGCCCUCAGAACCCCAGGAUCACAGACACCACCAAGUCGUCUGUGUCCCUAGCCUGGAGUCCUCCCGACGAUGAAGGAGACGCCAGGGUGGAUGGCUACAUGAUUGAGAUGCAGAAGGUGGGCACCAUGGCUUGGAUCAAGUGCAACACCACACCUUCUCUGAUCUGCGAGUACACUCUGACCAAAAUGCCUCAGGGCGAGGAGUUCAAGUUCCGCGUGAUGGCCUGCAAUGCUGGCGGCUGUGGAGAAGCCGCUGAAGUGCCAGGAACCGUCACAGUCACAGAGAUGCUCGAAUCUCCUGACUUUGACCUGGAGAUGAAAUACAAAGAUGUGUAUGUGGUGAGGCAGGGAGGAGUACUGAGACUGUCCGUGCCCAUCAGAGGUAAACCACACCCGACCUGCAAGUGGUCUAAGGACAGCGGUGCAGUUUCUGAGAGGGCCAUGGUCGCUUCUACUGAAGAUGCUAGCGAGCUGGUGAUCAAAGGAGCCGAGAGGAAUGACUCCGGAGUGUAUGACCUCCUGCUAGAGAACAGGGUCGGCAAGAAGAAGGCCCAGAUCAAGGUUAAGGUCAUCGGCCGCCCCAGUGCUCCAGAGGGACCAAUGGUCUUCGAGGAGAUUCAGGCGAACUCUGUCAAGGUGUGCUGGAAGGCCCCCGCCGACAAUGGUGGCUCAGAAAUCCUGGGUUACAUUGUGGAAAGACGCGAGGUAACUAGAAACGCCUGGUACACUGUGGACUCCAGAGUGACUGACACUCAGCUGGUGGUGAAGGGCCUGAAGGAAGGAACAGAAUACCACUUCAAGGUGACUGCAGAGAACUCCUUUGGUAUCAGCGCCUCUCUGAAGUCAGAGCAGCCUGUCGUGCCCAAGACUCCUCUGUGUGCCCCUGAACCUUCAAGCACCCCACCAGAGAUCAUGGAUGUCACCAAGAGCUCUGUGGCCCUGGCUUGGUCAAGACCCAAGGACGACGGCGGCUCUGCCAUCACUGGCUACUUUGUUGAGUACAAAGAUGUAUCUGCUGAAACUUGGUCUCGACAUGAGGCAAAGAUCACCUCCACCAUGUUCACUCUGACUGGACUCACUCCUGACACCGACUACCACUUCCGUGUUGUUGCUGUCAACAACAUUGGAGAGAGCGAAGCUGGACCUGUUUCUGACACCGUCACAUGCAAGGAUCCAUUCGACAAGCCAAGCCAACCAGGUGAGAUUGAUACAGUGAACGUGAUGAACAACUUCAUCACUAUUCGCUGGCAAGCUCCAGAGUGUGAUGGCGGAAAGGAGAUCCUGGGCUACUGGGUGGAGUACAGAAAAUCCACUGAGAGCACCUGGAAGAAGUGCAACAAGCAGAGGCUGAAGGAAAAGGAGUUCACCAUGCCUGGACUGACCGAGGCCACUGAGUAUGAGUUCAGAGUGUUCGCUGAGAAUGAGACUGGAAUCAGCAGACCUCGCAGGACUGCCACAUGCAUCAAGACCAAGCUAAGUGUCGAAACUAAACCAAGCCUGAGAAAGGAAAUGGACGAAGUAACCGCUAAGCUUGGUCAGCCAGCUGUCAUGAAAUGCCAGAUCAUUGGCAGGCCUGUUCCUCAGAUCAAAUGGUAUCAUGCCGGCAAAGAAGUCGUCGAGUCCCGCAAGUAUGAGAUGAGCUCUGAUGGCCGUAACCAUUCCCUGUCCAUCAUGACCGACCAGCAGGAGGACGAGGGAGAGUACACCUGCAAGGCCAUCAAUGACGCUGGAGAGGCAGAGUCUACUGGCACCCUUGUGUUGGAGGCCGCUUCCCAGUUCCACCCCGACUACCCACUAAAGGAUACUUACUAUGCCGGUUUGGGAACCACCCUACGUAUCCAUGCGGUCUACAUUGGCCGCCCUGAGCCCAAGAUCAUGUGGCUUCACGGGGCCAAGACCUUGGAGAACACUGAUGACAUCAGCAUUGAGACCACCGAGCACUACACACACCUGGUCAUCAAGAACGUGCAGCGCCGAGUCCAUGGAGGAAAAUACAGAAUCAGACUGCACAACCACUUCGGCAGGGCUGACACUGCAUUCAAUGUUGAAAUCUAUGACAAACCUGACAUUCCUCAGGGUCCCAUUGUUCUGGAGGCCCUGUUGAAGAACUCCGUCAUCAUCAGCUGGAAGGCUCCCAAGGACGAUGGAGGCUGCAUGAUCACCAACUACAUCGUGGAGAAGCGUGAGGACAAGGAGGGCACUGAGUGGGAACUGGUGUCUUCAUCCAUCAAUGGCACAUCUUGCCGCGUGCCCAACCUGAUCGACAGCGCUGGAUACUUCUUCCGUGUGUAUGCUCAGAAUCGCUAUGGCAACAGUGAGCCACUGGAGCUGUCUGCACCUAUCCUCAUCAAAAGUCAGCUGGAGAGACCAUCACCACCUCUGUCACCAGUUGUUUCUGGAAUCACCAAGGACUCCUGUGUGGUUUCCUGGAAGCCUCCAGUCAGUGAUGGUGGCUCCAAAAUCAAGAGUUACUUCCUUGAGAAGAAGGACAAGAAGGGUGAAUGGACUCCAGUGACCACUGAUGAGAUCAAGCAGACCGUGUUCUCUGUCAAGCACCUCACCGUGGGCACAGAGUACAUCUUCCGUGUGAAGUGUGAAAACCUCGGUGGACAGAGCGACUACAGCGAGGAGACCGCUCCCAUUGUCCCAGCUGCAGCAGUUGAUGUCCGUGCUCCUGCCUUCAAGGAGGAGCUGAGGAACAUGAGCGUGAAGCACAAGAGCAAUGCCACCUUGGUCUGCAAGAUCACAGGACAGCCCAAGCCUGUUAUCAAAUGGUUCAGGCGAGGAAAGGAGAUCCAGUCGGAUGGAAAGAAGAUCAAGAUCCAGGAGUUCAAGGGAGGUUACCACCAGCUGGUUAUUACUGAAUGUGAUGAGGAAGACUCUACUGUGUACCAGGUCAGGGCCACCAACCAGGGAGGUUCCAUCUGUGCUACAGUCUCUCUGGAUGUUGAGGUUCCUGCCAAGAUCCACCUGCCAAAGAACCUUAAGGACAAGGAAGCCAUCCCUGCACUGCGUGGAGAGGUGGUCAACAUCAAGAUUCCCUUCAGUGGAAAACCAGAUCCUGUUAUCACAUGGCAGAAGGGUCAGGACCUCAUUGACAGCAAUGGCUAUUACCAGGUCAUCGUCACCAGGUCAUUCACUUCUUUGGUCUUCCCUAAUGGAGUGGAGAAGAAGGAUGCUGGUUUCUACAUUGUCUGUGCCAAGAACAGAUUCGGCAUUGACCAGCAGACUGUUGAACUGGAUGUGGCUGAUGUGCCUGAUCCUCCACGUGGCAUCAAAGCCAGUGACGUCUCCAGAGACUCUGUCACACUCAACUGGGUGGCCCCUGCAAAUGAUGGUGGCAGCAAAGUUACCAACUACAUCAUAGAGAAGUGCCCCACCACUGCUGAGAGGUGGGAGCGUGUUGCUCAGUCCCGUGACACCCGCUAUACUGUUAUCAACUUGUUUGGAGGAACCAGCUACCAGUUCAGGGUCAUUGCCGAAAACAAGUUUGGCCAGAGUGCUCCAUCUGAGACCAGUGGUCCCAUCAUGACCAAGGAGGACAAAUCCAGGGUUCUGCUGUAUGACCGGGAGGUUGAUGAUACUGGCCAUGUCCCCAGAGGCAAGGCUCAACACUCCGGUGCAAACAAUCUUCAUAACAAGUAUGCAAUUGCAGAGGAACUGGGAAGAGGCCAGUUUGGUAUUGUCCACCGCUGUGUUGACACCAGCUCUGAGAAGACAUACAUGGCUAAAUUCAUCAAAGUUAGGGGUUCUGAUCAAGCCAUCAUCAAGAAGGAAAUUGCAACCCUGAAUCUUGCCAAACAUACUAACUUCCUCCUGCUCCAUGAGUCCUUCGACAGCCCUGAGGAGCUGGUGAUGAUCUACGACUUCAUCUCUGGUGUUGACAUCUUUGAGCGCCUCAACACAGCCGACUUUGAGCUGAAUGAGUGUGAAAUUGUUAAUUAUAUCAGGCAAAUUUGCUCAGCUCUGGAGUUUCUGCAUGGUGAGAGUUAUGGCCACUUUGAUAUCAGACCUGAGAACAUUGUGUACACAACCAAAACCAGCACUAAUGUGAAGAUCAUUGAGUUGGGCCAGGCUAGACACCUGACUCCUGGAGACCAAAUCAAGAUUCAGUACACCAUAGCAGAGUAUGCUGCUCCUGAGAUCCACCAGUGUGACAUGGUUAGCACUGUGACUGACAUGUGGUCAGUUGGUGUCCUUGCCUAUGUGCUCCUCAGUGGCCUCAAUCCAUUCACUGCUGAAACUAACCAGCAGAUGAUUGACAACAUUUCCAAUGCAACCUACAGCUAUGAUGACGAAUCCUUCAAGCAGGUUAGCACUGAGGCAUUAGACUUCACAGACCGCCUUAUUACCAAAGACCGCAAGCAUCGUAUGUCCGCUGCUGAGGCUCUGCAGCAUCCAUGGCUGACAAAGCCUACAGAGGAGAUCAGCACCAGAGAAAUUCAGACAAGCAGGCAUAAGAGAUACUACCAGAGCAUCGUAAAGAAGGAGUGGAACACUGUUGUCUCUGCAGCACGUGUGGCCAGUGGUGGCUCCAUCCGGUCCCAGAGAGGAGUCUUUGUCGCCAAGGUGAAGAUUGCUCCAUUUGAGCACGGCCCUCUUGCAGGCCAGGUUAAGCACUCAGUGGUUAAUGAGGGAGACAGUGUCAAAUUCAUCUGCAACAUUGAGAACUAUGACAGCACAACUGAGGUGACAUGGUAUUGCGGUGUCAGACAACUUGAGGCUGGUAACAAAUAUGAGAUUGAAUAUGAGGACGGCCUGGCUGUAAUCACCAUAAACAAGGUCACCAGAGCAGACGAUGGUACAUACAGAUGCAAGGUUGUCAAUGAAUACGGUGAGGACAGUGCCUAUGCAGAGUUGUUUGUCAAUGGCGUCAGAUCUUACCGUGACUUCUUCACAACUCGUGUAGUAAAGAAGGUGAAGCGCAGAGUUGACACUGCAAGAAUGCUUCAGAAGCCACCUGAGUUCACUCUGCCUCUGGUCAACCGCACUGCCUAUAUUGGUGAGGAUGUACGCUUUGGCGUCACCAUCACUGUUCACCCUGAACCUCGUGUCAUCUGGCAUAAGUCUGGACAGAAGAUGAUCCCUGGCUAUGAUGACAAGAAAUAUACCUUCAUCACUGACAAGGGUCUGUACCAGUUGAUUAUCCACAACCUUGAGGAGGAGGAUGAUGCUGAGUACAGUGUUGUGGCUCGUAACAGAUAUGGUGAUGACAGCUGCAAGGCUCGUCUUACUGUUAUCCCUCGCCCCAAACCCGCAGACAACACCCUGAGGCCCAUGUUCAAACGCCUUCUUGCAAAUAUUGAGUGCAAGGAGGGCCAGAAUGUACGUUUUGAGAUCAGAGUUUCUGGCCGCCCCACACUGAAAUGGGAGAAGGAUGGUAUGCCUUUGGCCUUUGGACCAUCUAUUGAGGUUGUCCAUGAGGGCUUGGAUUACUUCAUCCUGCAUGUGAGAGACACUCUUCCUGAAGAUUCUGGUGUGUACAGAGUUACCGCCACUAACUCUGCCGGUUCUGCUAGUUGCCAGGCCAUGCUUAAGGUUGAACGUGUCACUCAUGUAAAGAAGGCAUAUGAGGUGAGCGAGAAGGAUAGGAAGAAGGCAGCUGAGAAAGAAGAAAUCGACAAAAAAGUGAGGUUGUCACAGAUUUUGUCUGGCACCGACAUCAUGCCUCUCCCACCUGUGGCAGUGCAAGCCGUCAGGGAAGCUGCCACUAUGUUCAAACCUGCUGUAACCACUAAGAAGAGUGAGAAGACUGAGGCUGAGAUACAGAAAGAGAAAGAAGAAAGGAAGAAGCGGGCAGAUGAGAAGAGGUUGCGUAUGCCAUAUGUUGUUCCCACUCCUCGUGUUAUUAAUCCAGCUGUUCUUGAGGAGGACAUGGAAAUCAAACACUUCAAACCCUUCUCUGACAUGAAGUGGUACAAGAAGCUACGUGAUCAGUAUGAGUUCCCUGAGCCCAUGGAUAAGAUCAAGCAGAAGAGGAUGAAACGGAUCCGCCUCUCCAGGUGGGAGCAGUUCUACGAGGUGCCUCUGCCUAGAAUCAAGGAUCAGUAUAAGCCUAAAUGGCGUAUCACAUCCAUGACUCAGGACGACUUGGAGACUGUGAGGCCCGCAAGGCAUCGCACUCCCUCUCCUGAGAUGGACGCCUACCACAGGAUCAGAAGGAGAUCUCUGGGGGACCUGUCAGAUGAAGAACUGCUGUUGCCUGUAGACGAGUACCUGUCCAUGAAGAGAACUGAGGAAGAUAGGCUUCGACUGGAAGAGGAGCUGCAGCUUGGCUACUCUGCUUCUCCACCUAGCCUCAGCCCUGUUCGCUUUGAACUGUCUGCUCUGCGCCCCUCAUCACCUAGAAGAGCUUACAGUGAUGACGAACAGGAAAUGGAGGUCCACAGAUAUGAUUCCUACCGUAUACCAUCUAAAUAUGAGGCAGGCCCGAGUUUUAUUGAUCUGCGCCAGCGUCACGACAGGGCCACUUAUAAGCCCCCCAGAGAGAAGCAGAGGGUGUAUGAGGAGAAGGAGGACCAAGACCUGCUGCGCCCUCACAAAACCACUCAGAGAAUCUCCUCUUAUAAGAGUGAGCUCAAACGCAUUGAGUUUGAGGAGAAGACAAAAGUCUCAAAAAGGGAGAAAACUGUUGCCAUCUCUACAGUCUCUGAGGACGUUCAGUCUGAGUACCUGACUACUUUUGCUUCUUCAUAUAUUCCUAAACCAAUCAAGAAGCUCCCAUCACCUGAACCUGAGAGGAGGAGAUCUCCCACCCCCGAAAAGGCUGCCAAAGCAGAUGUGACCCUCCCUAAAGUUGACUACAUGUCCAGGUAUGAGGAGAGGAAGCAAGCUCUAAGAUCAGAGAGGAGAUCAGUAGAGAGGAAGGUAGAGGUAGUAACCCAGGGUCCUUUCAGCUUGGACCAUGUUCCACGUAUUACUGUUAGGAUGCGAUCUCACCGUGUCCCAUAUGGCUCCAACACAAAGUUCACCCUGAAUGUCCAAGCUAAACCUGAGCCUAAGAUCAAGUGGUUCCACAAUGGAAAAGAGAUCCAGCAGGGCACGAAAUAUCACAUGAGCAAUAUGAGUGGAGUCCUGUCUCUCCAGAUCAGUCACUGUGUGACUGAAGAUGCUGGCACCUACCGUGUCGUCUGCAAAAAUGCCAAGGGAGAGACUUCUGACUAUGCCACAUUGGAUGUAGCCGGAGCAGAAUAUGCCGCCUUCUCUUCACUUCGCAAAGAUGAGGAACCUCCAUCCUCCCAUUUGCCUGAGAUGACCAAAACAGAGGUAUAUCAUGUUUCUUCCUCUAAAACAACAGUGAAGGAGACGGUGAUGGAAACAGUGAAGGAAACCACCUCUGUUGUUGAGAAGAAGACAGAGAAGCCCAGUCUUCCUGCCAAAAUCCUGACCAAGCCACAGUCUCUGACUGUGGAAGAGGGAGACAUUGCCAGGUUUGAGUGUGAUGUUGACGGUGAGCCAGCACCCUCUAUCACUUGGCUGCAUGAAGGAACUGUUGUUGGUUCCUCUGUGCGUCACCACAUCGUCUCUACUCAGUACAGUUCCACCUUUGAGAUUUCCUCUGUUCAGAUGUCAGAUGAAGGCAGCUACUCUCUGCUGGUGGAGAAUUGUGGAGGCCAACAGGAGGCUCAUUUCACUCUGACCAUCCGCAAGUCUGAGUCAAGAGAGAAAGUUGUUGCCUCACCCAGAAUCACCUCUCCAGAGGCCAAGUCUCCUCUUGCCAAGUCUCCUGAACCAAUUAAAUCUCCUCAGAGAGUCAAGUCCCCCGAGCCAAUAAAGUCACCAAAGAGAGUGAAGUCUCCGCCCACUCCAAAAUCUCCUACUCCCUCAGAAAGGGAGAGGGUCAUGUCUCCAAUCAAAUCACCAAAGAGGGUGUUAUCACCAACUCUUGAAAAGAAGCCCUCCUUCUCCACUAAGCUGAGUGACAUCACAGCAACAUCUGACUCUCUUGUCAAGCUGACAGUUAAGGUGGCAGGGGAGCCCAAAUCCACAAUCUCAUGGAUGAAGGAUGGAAAGGCUCUGUCUCAAGGUGGGAGGUAUGAAAUCUUUGAGGAGGAUGGCUCAGCACAUCUUGAGAUCUAUGAAUCUGAGGUCUCUGAUAGUGGGGUCUACAAGUGCACUGCUACCAAUCCUGCUGGAGCAGUGUCUACAACCUGCACAGUCACUGUGUGCGGCUCAACAAGCUCCAAAACAAAAACUGAAAUCUCUGAGCAUAUCAUGAAAAAGGAAAUGGUCCAUGAGGAAGUCCAGGCUUAUAUGAAGGAGGUGAAAGCCUCACACACCCAGAUGUCCAUUACAGAGGGCCAGUCUGUGACUCUGAGGGCCAGCAUCCCUGGGGCCUCUGACAUCAGGUGGAUCCUGAACGGGAUGAACUUGGCCAACUCAGAUCAAUACAGAUAUGGAGUCUCUGGAAAUGAUCAGACCCUGACCAUCAAGUCGAUCAGCCAGCAUGAACAGGGGAUCAUCACAUGUCAGGCUAAGACAGAGCACGGUUUGGUCAAGUGUCAGUUUGACACCAUGGUCACAACCAAGCGCUCAGACGCACCCUACUUCCUGGUACAGCCCAGGUCCCAGAAUGUCGACGAGGGACAAAAUGUCAAAUUCACAUGUGAGAUUGCAGGAGAGCCUGCCCCUGAGGUGGAGUGGCUGAAAGACAACAUUACAUUGUCUGUGACGUCCAACAUGCGACUGAGCCGCUCUAAGAAUGUGUACACACUGGAGAUAUGUCAAGCUGCAGUUGCAGACAGCGGGAAAUACACAAUAAAAGCAAGGAAUCAGUGUGGACAGUGCUCUGCAACAUGCUCCCUGAACGUCCUCUCUCUUGUUGAAGAACCAACAAAAAUGAUUAUUAUGGAGCAAAGGGCUUCUACUGAUGCUGCCAGCAUGCAACAAAGUUACUCGGCUUCAUCAGUUCAUAUGGAGACAGCUUCCAUGCAGGCUGCGAGUUAUAGCAGCUCCCGUUCUGCUACUGCUGAGGUUUCAUUUGAGAGCAUGUCAGCGACUAGCAUGUCUGCCAUGAUGGCUGAGUCAAUGGUUUCCAUGAGCUCCAGCAGCAAAAUGAUGGAAAUGUCUACUCACUCACAUGUAGAGGCCUCCUCCUCACUGAGGGCCCUCACCAAAGGGGUUAAAGGCACUCCACCAAAGAUUGAGGCUCUUCCAGAGGAGGUCAGCGCUGAGCCAGGAAAGUUCCUGACUUUGGCAGGAUCCUUUUCUGGAGACCCAGUUCCCUCUGUCCAGUGGGUUCGCUCGGGCAGGACUCUUCCCAACGGGGAUCAGAGAUACCGUGUGGAGAACACUGCUGACCUCACCACCCUCAUGAUCUCUGCAGUGAAGGAGGACGAUGCCGGAGCCUACACUCUCAAGCUGUCCAAUGAGCUGGGGUCCGACUCUGCAACUGUCAAUGUUCACAUUCGGUCCAUGUGAAAAAAAAAAAAAAAAAAAAAGAUGGAAAAACAUCAGCAAGUUAAUUUCUAUCCCCAUUUCCCUCAUCCACAACCUUUUUAUUUAUUGAAUUAGCAAAAAUGAUCUUUACAUGAUAAAGACCAGGAUUUCUGUUCUUGUAAAUAUGAACUAUUUUUAUACCAAACUUGACAUUAAUUUAUGCCAAACUAGACUAAAGUCUAAAGUUGUUAUAAAAUGUGCCAUAUUGGAUAAUUAUGACUUAGGAUUUUUGAACCACUUUUCUGUGACAUGUACAUAAUGUAUAUAGCCGAAUUUAACGGUUAUGGGAAAUGUAUGCAUUGUUAUUUAUGACAAUAUUAACUGAAACAAAAGAAAGAAUGUUUUAGCAGGAGAAAGUUUCACAUGAAACGAAUACCCUACUAAACUUAGAAACUAAACACUGUGCCUCAACGAUAAGUUGAAGUCUUAAGAUUGCCUCAACAGGUAGAGAGGCUCCCUGUUGAAGUUCUGAACGAGAAACAGAAAGACAAUGUUAUUGUCAUGAACACGCUUCUGCGCGUUCAUUAUUUCAGUACUCCUAUGAAUUGUAACAUGAGCGUAAGACCCUGAGUGCUGCUUACAUUUACCCUCAUGUAAGCAGGACGACUAGGCCUUGUGCUCAGACUGACUAUGUCAUACCACCAUUUUAUUGACAUGCCCAGAGUGCAAGCGGCCUGCACUUUGGGCUUUAGAUAAUUUUAAUGUGCACUGUUUCUGGCACAGGACGGUUGGAUUGGCUUUUCAAAAAUAACAUCUCCUGGCCAUAAAAAAGAAACCAAAGUCAGUGCAAGCUCUCCUUUGCAGAAGCAGUGCCAUCUCUUGGAGGAUAGCUAGAUAAUGUGUUGUGUGUUUGAGUGUGUUCUUAGCUGUUAGUAAUUUCACCUUGUCACUAGUCAGGGUCUUCACCAAGCCAGUGUACCACAGCGAUUCCAUCUCCUGUGUAACAAAAAUAAAGCAGUUUGCAUUUAUGUUACGCCCUGCACUUUGAUUUAAUUUAUCUGUUGAUGUAGACUUACCAUUAUAUACAUCCUCCUUGAGUUUUAUGCAUUACUGAUUUAAUAAAGCAUGAUUUCAGCACUA